CUCAUCCUUCCAGCACACUGGGACCCACUCCAGACCAUUCAUCAGCUGACCAUAUGUGCUUCCCUUAUACAGAGAAUACCUUAAGCCUCAGGAAUUCCACUUGCUCUCUUGCUGACAAUUUAUUUUUGUAACACGGGGUGUGUCUUUUUUGCCUGGCAGUGAAGCUUGAUAGUAUAGCGACUAUUUUUUUUUUUUUUAGCUUGCCUCUUCUCUUUUCUCCCUAACUUUCAUUUGUCGCACCGGUGCUAUUGGAUCUAACUUGAAAGGGAAGCUGGACAAAGACCAGGUAAAAAUCUAUCUAUUUUCUAUAAUUAAAACCAAACUGGAUAAAAGGAAAUUUCUUUCAACUGACAAUAGCAGGUGCACUGAAUCUUCAGUUUAUUUAUACCCUUGUUUAUUUCUAACAUUGAAAUCUAAAGAAAUACAUGGAAACAAACUGUUUGCUAAUUAUUAUUAUUAUUUUUUUUAGCUACACAACAACAUUUUCAAUACUUACAGUACCGUAAAAGAGACUAAGUCUAAGAUCUAAAAUAGUAUCUUUUUUUUUUUUUUAAAGCUACUCUGGCAACUGUGCAGAUUAAAAAUAAAAAUAAUUUUGUUUACAGGUUAGUAUGUUUCAUAUCCAAAACCGUAUGGCAAAUGUCUUCCCGUACAGAAACGUUUGAUAUUUAAUUAGUGGUUCUACUGUCUUCUAAAACCUUUAUAUUUUAUCCACAAGCAAAGAAAAAUAUUUGUGCCUCAAUGGUUUUACUAGGAGUUUCUAAGUGUAGAAGUAAUUGUUAAUUACCAAAAUUGUUCAAGCACAUCCUUUUUUUUUUCUCCAAAAUAAGUAUACGCUAUUAUAUAUGUAUAUCUGUCUAAAUAUUUUAAAAAUUGCCCUGCACAGUAGGUGACAUCAUCUGUGCAUUUUUCUUUCUAAUUUGUGUUUUGGAUCUUUGGAUCAGUAUGUCUGUCUAUCCAAACAUAUAUUUGAUGGGGUCACAUUACAAAGUAAAAAACAUUUUUGUAAGACUCUGAAUUGAAUCUUUGUUUGAUUGUAGCCCAAGUGCAUGUUGACAUGUAAUUGUCCUUCAUUUGACUUCUACUAGACCAUUGUAUAGAUAUUAAUAUAUUUGCAUUUGCAAAGUGAUAGGGUAGUCGAAACAAAAAGUAAAAUGUGUUUUAAUCUGUUCAGUGAUUAGUGUAUUUUAUUAAUAUGAACUAUUUCUAUUAUUUUAUAUGUCUAUUGUUUGCAGUGAAGUACUAAUAGCUAAUUAGCACAAUUUUUACAAUUCCAGGUUCUGAUUGGAUUUUAAGGUUCAUAUUCUACCAGCUGCCUUUCUAUUUUAAAUCAUCUGUUACUAAGGGUUACAACAUUGAGAUGCAGAUAUUGGAUGACUAACCGUGCACGUUGAGGGGUAAUCACAGCUAAAUUUUUGUGUAACUUGAUUAGAAUGAAAUAAGAUCAUCUAUGAAAAAGAAUCUUUAAAUGAUUCAUCUAAAGAGAAUUGCAGAUGACAUGGCCAUUUUAAAUUUAUACCAAAAAUGUACUCCAAUUUAUGACAGCUAUGUUUAUACACACUUUUAUCUUAUAUUCAUAUAUUUUUUUAAGCUAUUAGAGAACCCAGUUUAAGAUAGGAUUUGUUUAGUUUGCGCACAUAAUACAAUGAUUUUAAAGCCAGUGGGACAUUUAACUUCCUCCAGUGAAGUCAAACAGUAUGGUGUGGGUUUGUAACUUUAGUGCAUUUAUAAUUGUACAUUGCAAAAGGGAGGUUAUGGAGUUUGGUGUGUCAUUUUCAAGAUUCUCAUAUUUUAAUACACCUUAGGAAAUAUUUAUUAAGGCAAACAGGUGCUAUUUUGAGUCAAAGUGCUAAAUAAAUAGCAGUCGCCAUGGAAACCAGUAUUAUAUCUCUCAACAUACAGCACUUUGCACUCAAAAUCACACCUGUUUAGUCUUGAUAAAUCUCCCCCCAUUAACUACAUAAUUCAAUAACAUGCAGGUUUUACAUUCUUAUACAAGCAUACUGGAACAAUGGCUGCAUGAUUUCAUUCAUACAAAGAUGUAAAAGGUUUUUUGAGUGUUUAGAGCAGUGGUUCCCUACCCAGUCCUCAAGUACCCCCUAACAGUCCAGGAUUUAGGGAUUACCCUGUUGUGUUUAAGAUGUUUUUAGAAAAAAACACUUAAGACACAACAGGGUAAUCCCUAAUCCUGGACUGGUAGGAGGUACUUGAAGACUGGGGCUGGAAACCACUGGUUUAGAGGAACACUCCACUGCCCAAAUACAAAAAGGGAAAACAAAACCCAUGAAUCUAAUUAUGCCUUUGUUUAUUGGGUUAUAUCUAAAAACAGCUUGCAAAAACUGCAGAUCUAUUGGGUGAAGCCUUUGCAAGCCCUCCCCUGCUAACCUUGCCCAGACUGGUUGUGGUUGUCCAAUCACAGACUUCCCAAUGUCCCAAUGCAACUUAAUGAGAAGUCUUUGCAAGGCAGAUGCUCUGGGCAAUUGCUGCCUCCUGAGUUUAGCUCUAAUGAGCUAAACAAUCAGGAAGUAGCAGGACAGAUUGUCUGAUUGACAUACGGGGGUGUAGCAAGAUUAAUUUAUAAAAGUGUCAGUUUUGUAAAAUAAAAAUAAGAGGACACACUCUUCAUAGUACUUUAGGUGUCUGCAGUAUCCUUUUAACGUUCACUUGAUGUAUUCAAUUAUUAUAAAGGAACAAUCUCCCUUCUGAAUGCUUGUGUUGUACCAUGUGCUAUUUAAUUACAAAGUCAUACAAUUUGUAUAUAUUCUACUGCAAUUUCUGCUGAUAUAUAUCCAUUAGAUACAUACAUUAGAGUGUUUAUUCACUAAAUCAUAAUGUUAUAUUCUAGUUAGUUAUUUUCCAGCAGGGCUAUUGUGGUCUACAUUUUGCAAUUCUGCUCUCUACAAUUCCAAUUUAGUGAAUAAACCAUAUAUGUACGUACAUAAACAAGUGUAAAUUAACAAGGUUGUUUUCAAAUUUAAGGCAAGAGUAGCCAAUCUGAGAUCAUAUAUUUCACAGUUUAGCAAUUUUCAACUUAAGUUUGAAAUUCACUUUCAAUUCUCAAUUUAGUAAAUAAGGGAUACCUCUCUUUUAGUACUGCCAGUAAAGCAGUGUAUACACUUCUGCAGGCCGUACUGUUUGGAAUAGUGCAGAACAGGAUACUGCAUCCGAAAAUAUAAGUGUCAGGUAAAAAUCUGCCCUUUAUGUGCAAUGCGUUUUAAAUUGUGUGAGUUGACACAAUUAUAGCACAGUGCAUGAUACAGUGUAUCUACAACUCUCUAUGGAAUCAUAGAUUUUUUUUUUACUGUAAACAGUGACACAUAAGCAUGGCUUGACCUACCAGAUCCAGCAUCAGUCACUCAUUGUUGGGAGCUAUGUAAACCUAAACUCCUUCCUUCACAACUUGCAGACACUACUGGCAUUAUUUUCCAUCCUAAUGUCAUUUUAAGAAAUUCACAUUCCUAAAAACUCCAUCAGGUGCCUAAGAAGUACCCAUAAACAGGAUAUGAUGGUUUUUAUUAUUAUUUUUGUCACACCAACUGCACGAAAAAAUGUAUAUUUCUGCCUCUAUGUUAACACCAUAUAAUUUUAAAACUCUCUAAGCCUCCAAUAUUUAUGUAAAAGAUCAAUAAAUGCAUAGAUGAUGAAAGCAACGUGUGUACAUAUUGCUGCAUUGCACCACAUUUGGAUGCUAUAGAUAUCCUUCAAUGUUUCAAAUACACACGGGAUGCAAAGCAGUAUUUUUAUUUUUUUAAUUAAAAUUAACUUGAUAGAGAAGGGGUUAGAUCCAACUCAAUAUCUUGCAAAACGUCAGAGCGUUCACAACUACAAACUUGCUCUCUAAAGCAUCAUUGGUUCUAACAUUGAAGAUGGUGCUAUGGUAAAUAUACGUAGAAAUUAAAAUUUAAAAAUCAAACUCUUCAAACGUAUUCUCAUGUAAACAUGGGGGCUAGAUUCAUGUGCAUAGCAUGCUCUGUCUGCUUCAGUGUGAAUUAAAAUAUCAAAAUGAUUGAUCAUUUAAAAAAGUAAACUGUAUUGCUAAAUUGUAGUCGUUGUCCGUACAAAAAAAAAGAGAGAGAGUUUUGCUUUAAUUUAAGUUUUUGUUAAAGUCGAUUAAUCCUCUGCUUUAAGUAUAACACAGUGUAAACGGCUUAUUUAUAUAAUUUCAUAGUACAUGGUGUCGUAGGAGCGGUCUUUGGUCAUUUUAAACCUUAGGAGGUGUGCUAUAGGGUGUGAUAUCACUAGAAGCAGAGUAGCUCUGCUAUGUAAAGAUAAAAACACACAUUUUGGAAGAUCACAAGCUAUGUCAAUGAGCUGCUUUUGCACAGCUUGUGUCUGGUUUUUUUUUUCUUCUUCAAGAAUCUACACAUUUGUCUACAUUCUGAACUCAGAAUUAGUGACUUUAAAACCAGUAUGAGCAAUAAGAGUGGAUUUGCUCUUUUGUAAAGAAUAACCUUUAAAUACAGUGUUUACAGGUUUUUUUUUUUUUUAAUACUUACAUAGAUAAGAGAUCAUUUAAAAAUUGCAUAAAAGAUAAUGAAAUGAAAGGUAAAUCCUAAAGCUCAACAGAAGCUGACCUUUAACUGCAGAUAGACAAUUCCUUCACCAGGAAGCAGCUCCUCCAAUCAGGCGCCCCUUAUUCUGGUUUAUAGGGUACAAUCUUAUCACGUGAACGUCUGUCCAUCAGGAAUUCUUGGGGGAUCUCGUUUAUCCGAGCCACAAUUACUCUCAUCAAAUAGGAUGAGUGAAACUGCUCAAGAAGCAGUUAGCCAUACUUACAUACAGCCUGGGUAACAGUUUUUUUGAACCAAGGUCUUAAUUUAAUAUUAUUGGAUAAGCUUUUCAAAUGAUUCAAUAUUUAUGAAUAACCUUUUAAUAUUAUUUAUUUUUUCAAAAUAUUAAAAUAUCAAAAUAUAUCAUAUAUAGACAUAAUUAAAAUAUUAUAAAAUGUAAAUAUUUUUCAUAUUAAAUCAUUUUAAUAGUUUAUACAAAAAUAUUAAAUCAUUUGAAAAAUUUAUCCAACACUAUUAAAUCAAGGCCUAUGUUGUGAGUAGCGAUCUAGUCUAUCAUCUCACAUAGACUCUUUGUACUAUAACCACUACACUGGGCUGUAGUGGGCUGGUGCGUAGAGUGCCCUUUUAACAUAAACGUAUUGUUCACAUGCCGUGUUUCGCUUUCCGGUGCUGCUGGAAGUCUGAGUGUUAUUGUGCCAAUGCUUUCAUGUAUUCAGAGUAGCUUAUAACUCACAUAGCAGUACAAAUAGUCUGCACCAGCGAGAGGUGCAGUCUUGGAACAAUAUGUUCCCCACUUGCUCAUGCAGCCUUAGACUGUCCCUUUCGGUCUGGUAGUGUUAGAAGUGGAUUGGCCUUGACCCAUUGCAAUUGCAGUCCGCUGGAUAUUAGCCUGGUUUGCCUUGUGAUGUAAUUAGUUAAUGAUGAUGAUGAUAUAAUGAGCGACUCUGUAACGAUGCUGCACGCCAUCCAUUCAUCAUUCAAAUUAUAACUAGAAUUGUUCAGAUUUGGGAUUAUAUUUCCACCUUUUAAAGUUUUAUUUCAGUAGCUCUAUUGUUCCACAGCCUAUGAAUGGUUUGUAGUAGAAUUAUUUGAUUUUCUUGUUUGAUUGUGAGUACACUCAGGUCACAAAUACAGCUUUUAUUUUCACUUUAAGAGUUUAUUCUUCUACAAAGUCAACAUAGAAACUUAAACUAAUGGGUACAUUUGUAUCUGUGCGUUGCCACAUUGGGAUUGCAUGGAUGGCAAGCAUCUUAGUGCAAAUCACCAGAUGUACCUUCGGAGACGUACAAUGUUUAUGGAAUUUACUUUCCAUUGAUCACUUACACGUUAGACACGCGCAGUCGUUUUCAGUCAAAUGGCAAAGUGAACAAACACUUUCUGUUUUUGUUUAUUCCAUCUAAAAACAAAUACCGAAUCGCCAUAUAAAUGAACAACUGAUUAGACCAAAUAAGUCAUUGAAUGAAUUUUGUUUGAUUUCAUUCAUUCAUUUUUUAUGCAGUACAAACAGAUACUUUGUAGUAAAAUUCAGUUACAAACUACUGCAACAUACAAAUAAAUAAUGAAUAGUUCUUCUUUAGGUUUCUUUCUUAAGGAACUUUUUGAUGCCUUCUCAUUGCUGUUCCAAUAAAAAAUAAAACCUUAAUAUUAACUAGUUACAAGACCUGCAGCUGAUGCUGAACUAUUUGUCCCAUCACCCAUAGCCAUCCUUUAGGAUGUGCUGUUUAUCAGAUGACUGUAUUUACAUUGUUUAAUCUGACAGUAUAUAGUGUUUCCCUGAUAAUAAGUUUGCCAUAAUUUUUAUGUGUAGGUGAGGUUCCAUUACAUGGCUUAUAUUACAGAUAGGUUUUUUAUGUUAUAUAUUUUAUGACUAAAUAUUUUUACCAACAAAAUUCAUUCAUUUCUACGCAGAUUAAUGAACUAAAAUGUUUAAUGAACUUUGAACAAACCGAAUAGACAUGUGAACCAAUAAACACUUACUACAGUGUUGUUAUGGUCCAUGGCAGAGGACUUCCACUGGUUUUGUUUCUUAAACCAGCCCAAAAAGACUCAAAUACUGCACAGAUUAGCUGCUUUGUAUUCAUGGCACUAUAGUAUCCCUUUAAUAAAUAUGUAUUUGUGAGGUCUGAUAACACAAAAAUGUGGAAAUCCUUUAUCCUGGAACUGGGUGGCUCCAUCUUGAUUCCCUGUCAUUCAAUAUCAUCAGCUGUGCCUUUGGCACAUGCCAGUCAGCUAAGAGAUAGCAAGGAAAGAAAAGGAUAAACCGAAACAAUGUUUCAGUUUCUUGUCCUCUAAUGCAAUAUGUGUCCUCGAUGCAGUGUCGUAUUUUGACCUAGGCGUGUGAAAAAAGCAUUGUGGUGACUUCUUCUAGCUAUUUUAUGGUCCUACCUCACUGCCCAAGGCCUGUAUCCUUAAGAGAAGAUCAUAAAUAGUAUAUCAGUAAAUCAAACAAGUACUCUUUACUUAUUUCAUUAUAUACAUAAUUGAAUUUAUGCAUGUCUUGUCCUUGUCCUUGAAUAGGUCAGAACUGUCCAUCUGUUCUUACAAUAAUAGCGACAUGCUCUAAAGUCCUAUGAAUUUACCUCUUUGUGAAAUACUAACCUUCCCACGCAGAAGUGUAGGAGGUGGAGAAUUUUGGUACAUGUCUAUAUGCACAAUUAAAAAGAUCUACAGAAUUUGUUCAAGUUCAUUAAAACAAAAACCUUAAAUAAUGCCAUUGAAAUAAAAAAAGAAAAUUUUUGUAUUUUGUUGCUUUUACGUUCCAUGUAAUGUAGACUGACCAAAGGAGAAUAGUGCAUGUUAUAUAUAAACACAUCUCACGACGGAAUUCUAUGUGCAUACAAUUACUAAAAUUCUAUUAAAGAAAAAAAAAAUGCUGAGAAAUCCUAAAGGCUGUCUUAAAAUUUAAUGAGGAUUCCUGGCUUCCUUUUACAAUAAACAAGGUUUAAGGUUAAACAUUUUCAAUUCACUGCCUCCAUACCCCAUGACAACACGUAACACCACAUGGGUGGGGAAUCCCUAUGCAUGUCUGCUUAGAACUGAUAAUAUUUUACUGGGAUACUGAAAACGGACUUCGUCUCGCACCAAUGAUAGGACAUGCUGACGAAUACGUGUAUAGCUUUACAGGGAGGAUAUUAUGUAUUUUUAUUUAACGCACAAAUCCAAUUUGAUGAGCAAUGCGAAUAUCUCUUUAAAGACAAGUUGUCAAGAAGGCAUACCUAAGUACAGUUAUGGAUUUAUUUUGUGGAAAUAACCCCACUAAAUAAAACAUUGCAAAUUACCUAUAGCUUGUUUUAAUCUGUUUUUCAUGUGAUUCUCUAUAUUAUUUUUAUUUUAUUUUAUAUUAAAGCGGCUUUUUAACUUCCCUAAAAUCUUUAUGUAAUAUUCACAGUAACCAUGUUAGAAUUUCACUGAAAUUCCAAUGCAGUCAAAGGAUAUCAUAUGGUAAAGUAGAGACUGGUUUGUCUUAUGUAAUAAAAGGUGGUGCCAACGCUGUCAUGUUUUGUCAAUUCCCCCAGCCUUCACUAGCGAUGGCUGGGUAAAAAAAGGCAUUGUCUCUAUGAUCGCACUCUCGCAGGAUCCUCCAUAGACAACAGAAUUGUAUUCUUGUGCCUGCGCGAGAGUAGAUGUCCGAUCCUGGGGGAUUGUGGCGGCCAGGUAGGUAUAUAUCAAAGACACUGUACCCCAGGGCCUGCACGCUAAGUAAUGAUGUCACCCUUAUAUGCCCCUUUAUAAGAUUUAUAAAAUUACAGUUCAUUCUAGGCACAGCCAGGGCACACAUUGUAAUUAAGAAGUAGAAGCAUAAAUUGUUUUCCAUCUCUCUAAAUGCUUUCUUUAUGCACACUGACAAGCAAAGGGCAGUGAGAAUGCCCUAUUGGGCAUUACAAUUAGGCCCCCCUGGUAAAAUGCUGCAAAAAAAAAAAAAGGUUUAAAACUAACCUGACAUUUUACAAUGCCUGUCAAAUUUGGAAUUCUGGAAUAGUUGUGGAAACAUGAUUUCUCUGAGUUUCUGUGCCCAAUGUGAAAUUUUCCAAAGUCCAAACUAAGAUAUGCAGGUGAUGCAUAACAGUAUCUUUUCUAUGUGCAGCAAAAUGUGGGAAGUUUUUUGGUCUCAUCACAAGUGAUUUGGUAGGUAGAUAGAUGAUAGAUAAAUAGAUGUGUGUUGUGUAUUCAUAUAUGGAUAGACGCACACCCCUAAUAAGUAGAUUUCAGAUUAACAAACAGUAAAACAUUAAUAAAUAUCCCAUGAAUCUCUAGUUAUUUUCUUUACUUAAUUUUCCUUUCCUUUUUAUUUGACAAUGUUUGAAGAACUAGUCCCGUAGAUAUGCGUGGCGUGGGUGUCCUGUCCAACUGUGGAACUCUGUCCUUCAGUGUUAAUUCUGGGUACGUAAAGAAUUUGGCAGCUGUCACUGAGAUCAUUUUAGCCCAGCUAUUUAAAGUAACACUUCGGGAAUGAGAGAUACACAUUUUACAUUUUCUUGUUGACGUGUGAGUGUUGUAGAAAAGAAGGUAGCAGCCAGGAAAUGGCUUUUUUUCUUUCUUAUGCCAAUGAGAUUAUGUUAGUUAGUACACCACCUGUAGAUCUUCCCAUACCUGUCAGGGGUCCGCGGGCAGCUGUGAGAGGAGGCUGCCUGUCGGCGAGCAGCGUCUCCUCUCCGCCGUUUGCCGCUCGCGUCCUCCACGCCUCCCAGCGGCAGAAUGCAUAACGCUGCACGCUAGGAAGUCGCAAAUUUAUGCAAACGCCAGGGUCACUCACGUGACCCGGUGAUAAAGCAACACUACCACAAUCACAGUGGGAGGCGUAGAUAUCUCCCAAGUGUGAUUGUUAAUUCUGAUUGGAAGUUAUCCAAUCAGAAUUAAGCAAAGGGUAUUUAUACUUACCUUUCCUGUCUCUCAUUGCCCUGUUGUGGUCUUGUGAUACCUGUAUUGCAGUUUGCUCGUGUUUCUCUCUGGUUACCGAUUAUUUGGCUUGUUAUUCCGAUUAUCUUGUAUUCUCCACUCCUUUGACCUCGGCUUGUUUCUCGUUCUCCCGUUUUCUGGCUCCCUUUACUUUUCUGGCUCCCUUUACUUGGCUUGUCUCCUGACCAUUCUUACUGUGCUUAGCCCGGCCACUCUAAGGACCGGUAUAGCAUCUUUCCUCUCUGUGUCCUGUUAGCGUGUUAGGUUCCAGAAUCGUGACAUUACAACAGGGCCACCAUGGAACCUGCUGACAUUCCACAGUUGUUAGUAAAUCAGGAGGCUAGAAUGGAUGGUUUAGACCACCGUAUGGAUCAGUUUGCCAAGGCUUUACAAACCAUACUGGCUCGUACUGCCCACUUGCAACCUGCCGUUCAAGAAGCUGUUGCUGCUGUUCCAGAACCCAUUCCUGAUCCAGUACCCGCUCCUGCUCACGUGGUUCACAUGACGCCACCUCAGCGCUAUAGCGGUGAUCCAGCGUUGUGCCAUGGUUUCCUCAACCAAAUUGAUAUUCAUUUGGUGAUGAAUCCUCGUUCCUACCCCACUGACAGAACCAAAAUUGCUUUUCUGAUCAACCACUUGUCCGGGAAAGCUCUAGCAUGGGCCAAUCCCAUGUGGGAGAAUACGUCCCCAAUGUCCUUUGGAGACUUUUUGACAGCUUUUAAAUGUACAUUUGAUCAACCCGGCAGGGUUGCUUCUGCUGGCAAAGCUCUGCUUAGGGUCCGACAGGGUAAUAGAUCUGUGGCGGAUUAUACCAUUGAAUUCCGCACUCUGGCAGCUGAAGUGGUUUGGAAUAACGACGCCCUCGUAACAGCCUUUCAGGAGGGUUUGGCCGCUUACAUAUUAGACAAAAUAGCAUCCAGGGAAUUGCCUGUUCUUCUGGAUGAUGUAAUAGAUUAAAUCAUUCUUAUUGACAACCGUAUUAGAGAGAGGCGUAGUCAAAGAAGGAUGAAUACACAGGGGUUACCUGCUUUACCCAGUACUGCAUUACUAGCAUUACCUCCCCCUAAUCAACCACCUCCCGAACCCAAUUAGGUGCUGUAGGCUUAACUGAAGCUGAAAGAACGUACCGCAGAAGGGAGGGCUUGUGCCUUUAUUGUGGAAAGAGGGGGCAUAUCCGAAGAAACUGUCCUAGUUUGCAGGGAAACUUCAGCACCUAAUGCCUAGAGAGGGGUCGGCCUCAGGUGUUAUGGUUUGUUCCCCUCAUGUGUCCAUCUCCAGACCAUUUAUUACGGUUACUCUUUUGGUCAAUCAAACCACUAUAACAACUAAAGCCUUGAUCGAUUUAGGUGCUGCAGACAACUUUAUGGAUGAGAACUUUGCAAAAACCGCAGCCUUGAAUCUGAUCCAAAAGGCCACACCCUUGGCCGUUGAGGCCAUAGAUGGUAGACCACUUGAUAAACCUCUGGUGACCCAUGAAACCCAAGAAAUGGUUAUGGCCGUGGGUGCCUUACACAAGGAAAGGUUAACCUUCCAAAUAAUUGACUCCCCUACAGCUUCCAUCGUUCUGGGCUUUCCCUGGUUAGUUAAGCAUAACCCGGUACUUGAUUGGGGUUGUCUAGAUAUACUCUCCUGGGGGGAAUCUUGUCAAUAAGACUGUAUGGCCCGUUUACAUCCCGUUUGCUUACUUAAUGUGCUACAGCUAAACUACUUUCUGUUUCUGUCCCUCCUGUGUAUGCAGACCUCGCAUUGGUCUUUGAAAAAAGGGAAGCUGAUAAACUACCCCCACACCGGGAUUAUGAUUGUGCCAUAAACCUGUUACCUGGUACUAUGCCUCCUAGGGGUAAGGUCUACCCGCUUUCUGAGAAAGAAAACCAGGUCAUGGAGGAGUACAUACAGGAAUCCUUAUGUAAAGGUUUUAUCAGAAGGUCCUCCUCUCCGGCUGGUUCUGGUUUCUUUUUUGUUGCCAAGAAAGAGGGUGAUUUGAGGCCAUGUAUAGACUACAGGGGCCUGAACAAUAUAGUUAAAGUUAAAAAAGCUUAUCCUAUCCCUCUCAUUACUGAGUUGUUUGACCGUGUUAAAGGUUCCAGAUAUUAUACUAAACUAGACCUCAGAGGGGCUUAUAACUUGGUUCGUAUAAAAGAGAAUGAUGAAUGGAAGACAGCGUUCAAUACACGCAGUGGGCAUUACGAGUAUAUAGUCAUGCCUUUUGGACUGUGUAAUGCUCCUGCUGUCUUUCAGGACCUCAUAAAUGAUGAGAUUUACUGCAUGUCUGUGCCGUGGUUUAUCUCGAUGAUAUACUUGUAUAUUCUCCUGAUUUGGAGUCACAUCAUGCCCAUGUGAGGAUGGUACUUAAGAGAUUGCUGCAGAACGGUCUUUAUUGUAAAUUGGAGAAAUGUUUAUUUGACUAAAAAUCAGUACGAUUCCUAGGGUACAUCAUUUCUGAACAGGGAUUCAGCAUGGAUCCUUCAAAAUUAGAAGCCAUAUUGUCUUGGCCUCUUCCUCAAGACCUUAAGGCAAUACAGCGAUUUAUAGGCUUUGCCAAUUAUUAUCGCAGGUUUAUUAAAAACUUUUCAUCAGUCAUUUCUCCUAUCACGAAACUGACUAAACAGGGUUUGCACCCCAGGGUUUGGACUCCUGAAGCUGUUAAAGCCUUCGAGACUCUCAAAAAGGCAUUUGCCACUGCCCCUGUGCUACACCAUCCUGAUCCUUCCCUUCCCUUUGUUAUGGAAGUAGAUGCUUCAGAAUCAGGUGUAGGAGCUAUAUUAUCACAAAGACUAUCGUAUAACGAACCCCUCCAUCCCUGUUGUUACUUUUCUAAAAAGCUGUCUGAUUCGGAAAAGAAUUACGACGUCGGGAACAGGGAACUAUUAGCUAUUGUGAUAGCUUUUAAAGAAUGGAGGUACUUAUUAGAAGGAGCUAGACAUAAAAUCCUGGUUAUAACUGAUCAUAAGAAUCUCUCCUAUAUAGCAGAUGCUAAAAGGUUGUCCUCUCGUCAAGCCAGAUGGUCCUUAUUUCUUUCACGCUUUCAGUUCAUUAUCACAUAUAGGCCUGGGUACCGUAAUGUCAAGGCUGAAGCGAUCUCCAGACAAUAUGAACCUUUUGAGUCAAUUGCCUCCGCCCCUGAACUCAUUGUACCUACAUCUAAGAUAAUAGCUGCUACCCGUUUGAUUAUUUUGUCUCUUUUCCUUGAUGGUAUCAAGACAUACCAAACCCAAGCACCCUCUGAGACACCUUGGUAGAUUAUACAUGAAAGAAAAAGAUAGAAAGAAAUUGUUACCUUUAUUUCACACCGCCAAAACGGCUGGUCACCCAGGGGUUACCAAAACAUACAAGGGUCUCCUUCAACAGUUUUGGUGGCCCUCACUUAAGCAAGACGUAGUGGAUUAUGUGCAGGCUUGUCGUGUUUGCGCACAGUGUAAGUCCCCUAAUGUUAAACCCCCGGGACUCCUAAUGCCUCUAUCUGUGCCCAGGAAACCAUGGACCCACUUAUCCAUGGACUUCAUUGUAGAUCUUCCUUCAUCUGGUGGACAGACUAAUUUUGACUGUGACUGAUAGGUUCUCUAAAAUGGCACACUUUAUUCCACUUAAGAAACUACCUUCUGCGGUUCAGUUGGCUCAAGUAUUUGCCAAAGAGGUGUUCCGCUUGCAUGGUAUACCACAGGAUAUCGUAUCUGACAGGGGUCCUCAAUUUGUCUCUCGGUUUUGGAGGGGCUUUUGUGCUGAGAUGGGGAUCUCCUUGUCAUUUACGUCCUCCUAUCAUCCACAAUCUAAUGGAGCCGCCGAACGAGCAAAUCAAUCUGUAGAGUUAUAUUUACGCUGUUUCACGAAUGCACACCAGGACAACUGGUCUCACCUCCUCCCCUGGGCUGAAUUCGCCAGGAACACCAUGACUCAUUCGUCCACUGGCUUAAGUCCUUUUAUGGUUGCUUAUGGGUUCCAACCCUCUGCCCUUCCUGGCGUGUUCUCCGACAAGGGAAUACCCACUUUGGACGAGCACCUCACCUCCUUACGGAAGAUGUGGGAUCAGGUCCUUGCUACUCUUUCUCGUGCGACUGCUACUCAGAAGAGAUUUGCUGAUCUUUGUAGGGGUGCUGCUCCUUCUUAUGUCCUGGGUGAUAGGGUUUGGUUGUCCUCUAAGAAUCUCCGCCUCAGGGUCCCCUCAAUGAAAUUCGCGCCCUGGUUCCUUGGCCCCUAUAAGGUAUUGCGUAAUGUCAAUCCUGUGUCCUACUCCCUGGCCUUGCCUCCUUCCAUGCGUAUACCUAACACUUUUCACACCUCCCUUUUAAAGCCCCUGCUCUGUAAUUCCCUCCGUGCCGUAUCCAGUGACGUGUACGAAGUGGCUGCUCUGCUUGAUUCUCGUUUUUCUUGGGGUCGGUUGCAGUAUGUGGUAGAUUGGAAGGGUUACGGCCCUGAGGAGCGGUCUUGUGUUUCUGCCUCUGACUUGAAUGCACCCUCUUUGAUCCGCUCCUUUCAUGCUCGGUUUCCUUUGAAGCCUUCGGCUUCCCGCGAGUUGGGCGGUCCUCGAGGGGGGGGGGUUAUGUCAGGGGUCCGCAGGCGGCUGUGAGGGGAGGCUGCACGCCACUCCUACCUGUCGGCGAUCAGAAUUAAGCAAAGGGUAUUUAUACUUACCUUUCCUGUCUUUCAGUGCCCUGUUGUGGUCUUGUGAUACCUGUAUUGCAGUUUGCUCGUGUUUCUCUCUGGUUACCGAUUAUUUGGCUUGUUAUUCCGAUUAUCCUGUAUUCUCCACUCCUUUGACCUCGGCUUGUUUCUCGUUCUCCCGUUUUCUGGCUCCCUUUACUUGGCUUGUCUCCUGACCAUUCUUACUGUGCUUAGCCCGGCCACUCUAAGGACCGGUAUAGCAUCUUUCCUCUCUGUGUCCUGUUAGCGUGUUAGGUUCCAGAAUCGUGACAAUACCUCUUCAAACCUCAGGGCACAAGUAUGGUUCCCAUGGUUGAAGAAAUAAUUACAAUUGAAUUCUCUAUUUAUUACAUCUAUAUCAGAGAACGUACUUUAAAAUUAGAGAACUUUAAAUGUGUAAUUCCUGGUGAAAUUCUUUGAGAUUUAUGAAGUCACUGACAUUAAGCUGUUGUGUGGUCAUUUCCAGCAUAUUUCUAUUCUUCUCAAGAUAAACUAUAAUCAUUAAACAUUUGGUGUAGAAUUAAAAAGUGAAUUUCAAAUUUUAGGUUACCAUAUCUCAGCUCGGAACACAGGUCAGUUGGAGAAGGUGUCCACUUUUACUGUAACAUUUCCAUUUAUUUUCUCAGUUAUUUAGAAUAUCUAGUGAAUAUUUGAAAACCCAGUUGGCCAAUUAAGGCCAGAAGUUUCCUCACUAAUUCUAGUGAAUAUGCCCCACCAUGUGUAUGUGUGUGAAUAUAACUAGAGACGUGAACAAACAACUGAUUGUGGGAGUAUUUUUAUUCUGCAAAGCUAUUGGUCAAUGUGAAUGAACAACAUGGUUUAACAUAGUUCCAGAAUGUGGUUAUGUGAACCCACAUGGGUUUUGCAAGACCACAGGCUAAAAUUGCUUAGCUUCCGACUGACUCACACGUCCUUGUGCAAGGCGAUCAAAAUAUAUAACAUGAUUCCUAGAAUCACAUGAUGCACAGACGCAACAUGCUAUCUGUCUGUUGAGGAUGGGUAACAUUUAGCACUUCUGAUCCGGUUUAUCAGUCUUUAUACCCAGCGUAUUGGCCUACAUUUACACGUGGUUUUUUUAAUCUACCCCUUUGUGUUACGAGAAUUCACAGUCUCAUAUUCAUGUCAAAUUCCAGACAGUGUUAAACAUGUUUCUACGUCACUCAGAGAAUCACUCAUAAUGACUUGCAUGUCUGUUAAGCUCUGUUCCCGCGCUCUCUUCUCCAUCAGGUGUUAUCAAGUAAAACCAGAUUCAUGUGGACAGUUAAUGUGAUAUCAGUGGCUCAGCUUAUCCUUAACAUUAUACUAAGAAUUCACUCACCAAACUCCCUGAAGCUCUACAUCCUUAGCAAUAACAUAGCGAAUUUAGCUUGGGUAUUUGAAGAUGAAUCCACUAAACAGAGUAUUAAUAAAUAAAUAUAUAUUUAUAAAUAUAUAAUAUAAUAGAGUAUGAAAUAAUAUUUGUAUAUAUUUAUAUAUUUAUAUAUAUAUAUAUAUAUAUAUAUAUAUAUUCAUACCCUGUUAUUAUAUUAUAUAUUUAUUAUAUACAUGUUUUAUAUAUUAUUGUAUAAUUAUAUAUCUGCUGGUUAGAACUGUGAUAACGCUAAUGCCUUAGAACUGGGCUUUGAUUUAAUAAACUUUCCAAAUAAUUCAAUACUGUUAGAAACACUUUACAAAUGAUCUAUAAAAACGUCACCUUUUAAGUCUAUGGAUUGUUUGUAGAUAAAUCAUUUGGAAUGUUUUUCCUUAUACAGUAGAUGAGUAUUGGGGACCCAAUAAGCAUGCUUUCCUAUGGGGGUUUCUGUGUCAGGUGAUCAAGUUUUACUCUAGUGGCUAUCAGUAUGGCAGACUAGAGGAUAAUUUAACCCUGCAAUGUACAUGUUUUACAUUGCAGGGUUACAAGGACAUUGAGAUGAAGUAACUUGGUUGACAUUAGUGGUCCUUUAAAUUGAGGCCUUUAUUUGAAAAUCUGUACAGAAUCUGAUAAAACAACUUCUUUAAGCAAAGAAUUAUUAUUUUUUUGUUCUAAAUGUAAAGAAUUCUGCUGUAGGCAAAAUCUUUGUUCAUGACUAAAUGGUCAAACUCUUCUCUCUUUGUCGACUCUCUUUGUCCAGUCCUACUAUUGAACAGGUUACCAUAAAUGUAAUUCAUAAAUACUUUUACAAUAUAAAAAAAUAGCAUUUCAAAAUAUGUAUUCAAUCAGUAAAAUGUGAAGAGUAGAGAAUUCAGGGGAAUUUACAAUUUUAGGCCAAAUUUCAAACUGGCUGACUUGGGAAAAAAUGUAAUUCUGCUAAUCCUGUAUUCCUGACUAAUUACUCUUUAAAACAUAUUUACUUUAAGUUACUCUUUGAAUUGGUUGAUUUUUUUAGGAUAAAUGGUUGCCUUUAUUUUUAGAAUAAAUUGUCAAGUCACCAUAAUUUGGUCUAAUGAGUGACAAACCCCAAUGAAUAGCAGUAGGUUCACACUUUUUUAGAGGAAUUAUGGGAUCAUUUGACGAAAAUGCAAAACUACACCUCCGCCACUAUUCACUUUUAGAUCCUGAAUCCGUCACUAUUAUUUUUGUUAUACAUGUUUAUAUGCUCUAUAACAUGACAGGUUAUAUUUGCUAACGCAUUCUUCUAAUACCAGCUGUAGAUUGAUUUUCCAUAUUAGUUAAUAUAGAAAAGAAAAAAUGCUUAAAUAAUUUGUUUGCAAUUAAUCUAGUCACUAACUUUCUAAAUGAUUACUGGUGCUCUGGUUAAUCAGACACUUAACCUAAAUAGUCUCACUAUUGUUGUAACGUCAGAGUUCCAAGGAGUCUACUGUACACCUACUUUUUACUGCUAAGAGACCCAAAAGCUCACUGUUCUAUAUCUUUAGGUGUUUAGUUGAAAAUAAAUAGAGAUCUGUACUUUUAAUGGUUCUAAUCUAUCUUCCCCGCUACACUAACUGAGCCAAAGGCCAAAUUUAUAGUAAGUCAUAUUGGCAUGUCAUCAGUCACUAGUUAAAAGCCACCAAGUUUGAUUUGGACAUAAUUGGUAAGGAGAAACUGCAAAAAAAAAAAUUUUUUUUUAAAUAUAUAUAUAAUACAUAUUAAUGUAGGUAUUACUGUAUAUUUAUAAUCUGAUGCAGGUAAUAUUUAGAUAUUAUAUUUAUGACAGUAGAGGUCAGUAUUCUCUUAAUUUAGUAAAUCUAUCUUAGUCACCCAGGCUUAUACACUUAGUAUAUACUAUAUGUGUAGUCUAAACAGACACACAUACCUUUAUAAAUACUUAUACAAUAUAAAAAAAAAUUUUUUCAAAAUAUGUAAUGUGUUUUUUUUUCUUUUCACAAGACUGAGAACUUCCUGAGCUGACCAGUUAAUUGCAAAUUUUCAGAAAAAUAUCUAUAAGCUAAAAAAUAAAAUAAAAAUGAUAAAUACAUUUUAAAAAAUCCAAGUUUGAAAAUUUUUCAAUUACGGCUAUUUUGGCCUAUAAUUAGCAACUCACUGGUCAUUUCUGGUUUAGUUAAUGAACUCUUUUCAUCUCACUCAUGUGUUACAAAAGCAGUUCAGUCCGCAAUAUCCUACGCCACUGAGUGUAUGUAAAUCAAAUGGUCAAAGAUAAUUGGUCAGUAAGAUCCAUGUGAGAUUUGCAUUUAGAUAUAAGUGAUGAAAGAAAUGUAAUGCUUAAUUUUUACCGUUCUUUCUAGGAUUUGGUCAUUUGGGCUGAAAGGGAAAAGACCCCCCAAAAAAAUGCAGACCACAGAUUUUGAUAAUUCAGAAAUUGAGCAGCAGUACAGCCGAGUGAAUUCCCGCUGGGAAGCCACAGAAGAUGACCUUGACAAUGAUAACUGUUCUGCCAGAAUGUUUGAAAGGUCCAGAAUUAAAGCUCUGGCAGGUAAGUUGUGGACAAAUGUAUAUAAAAGGUAUCAAUCUUCUGCACAGAUCUGAUUUAAUUUAGUGCAUUGUGUCACCCCCACACCCAACAAUACAUAUUUGGUUUGGUAAAUUGAAUAUAUUUCAUUGAUAAACAUAUCUUUUUCUUUAGUUGGUUUGCGAUACCUAUGCUUUAUAAUAUGGUAAUUGAUAAUCUAAUUGAUAAUCUAUGAAAGAUAGUUUUAAUUUCUUGCAGUUUGUAUUCUAUGUUUUUUCGUUUACAUAAAACAUCUCCAAGAAGCAUCAAGUUUACCCAAGACAAAUCCAGUGGAAAAAUUGUAAAAAUAUUUCUGUUUUGCUGUAAUCUAGAUGAACGUGAGGCUGUUCAAAAGAAGACAUUCACAAAAUGGGUAAACGCAAAUUUGGCUUUCGUAAGUUGUCGUAUUUCAGACCUCUACUUGGACCUCAGAGACGGGAGAAUGCUACUGAAACUACUUGAAGUGCUUUCUGGAGAGCAACUGGUAUGCUCUAUAUUUCCUUAUUCUAUUUUUUUGAGUCUAUUUUUUUGAGUCUAUUUUUUUAGUAUUAUGUUAAUUUUAAUGUUCGUAUGUCCCAAAUCUAUAGUUGGCUCAACUUAGACCCUUUUUUUCACAUCUAGUCAUAACAUUGGAUCUUGUUAAGAUCUUCUCGAGUGACCUGAGGUCAAACUUAAAGUUUCUUUCUGGCUAAGCAGAAUAAAAUAUCAGCUGAUUCGUUACUCCUGUCCUCAAACAAGCUAUUUGACAAUUUUUAUUCAAUUUCUUAUUAAGAGUUACCCCACACGACUCUAAUUUGGUGGAAGAUGCAGAAUCAGAAAUGCAUAGUAAUAAAUCUUGCAGGUUUUCCCCAACAUGUAAUCAAUCUCAGCUCCCUAACACUGUAAACAAAAAUUAAAAAGAGUUGUAAUUAUAUGAAAAUCAAAAAGUGAAUUUUGUAGAUAUUGUAACAGACACAAACAUAUGUUUUAUUUUAUAUGUAAACCAAGCAAACACAUACAGCAUUUAAAAUAAGCCAUUAGUCAGACUACAUAGGGCAGGAAUAAAAAUGGCACACAUAAAAGAACCAAUCAAAAUAGGAGUUGGAUUUUCUUUUUUUUUUAUAUAUUUUAUUUUUAUUGGAUUUUUUGAGUGCAUGUCUCCAUGUUUCCGGAGUACGGUAAGACCCUGUAUUAUAACAUUGUAGUAACACAAAACGUAGUGUUAUAAGGAAAAAGAAAGAAAGAAGAAGAAGAAGAAAUACAAUAUCGCAACAUCACAGCACUGAAUACAAGAAUAACAUUCUCAGUAACAAUUGUAUUUGGCCUAGGAUACACAUUGGUUUCAUAUCUAUCACGGUAAACCUGCCGCCUUGGUCAUUGAUUCCUAUGUGUGUGUGUGUGCGGUAUAGCAUGCGUCCAAGAGUUGUGGUAUGUCGUUCUGGGUAUCGCUGUGGUUUGGCCUUUUAUACCCAGUUAGUUAGAUUGUUGUGCCAUAGGCAAAGAAGAGGACCUCCCAUGCACCCUCUGUCCCACCCCCUGACCCUGUUCCUUGUCCCUUUCCUGGUUAGCUUCCCCCCCUCUUAGGUAGAUACGGUGGUUAUUUAGUUUAGUCGGCCUGUCUACCUCUUAGCAAUUCUUUCCAGGGUUGCCAUAUGUCUUUGUAUCUGUGAUAUUUGUCUAACGAUCCCCAUCUUAGUUCCUCCAUCUCAUGAAAAUGUUCUAUUCUUUGAAACCAGUCUGUUUUAGAGGGCGGGAUCGCCGAUUUCCAGUGGUUCACUAUCGAGCUUUUUGCCGCUGUCAGCAUAAAGUAAACGAGGGAAUGUUUGAAUUUACGGUGUGGUAUUUCGAAGUGGAGUAGUAGGAGUGCCUCUAGGUUGUAGGGUAUGGGCGUGUCUGCUAUCAGAUUGACCGUGGUCCAGACUUCUUUCCAGAAGCCCGAUAGCUCCUCACAUGUCCACCAUAUGUGCUGGAAGGUGCCCUUGUCUGAGUUGCAUCUCCAGCACAUUGGUGAUGAGUUGGAGUCGAAUCUGUGAACAUCCAACGGGGUGGUAUACCACUUGGAGAUGAAUUUAUAGUUAAUCUCCUGUAGUGGUAUGCUAGAGUGCGCGUGGAAGAUCGUUUGGAAGAUAUUCUUCCAGUCUCCUGCUUCUAAAUCUUUGCCUAAGUGGUCCCUCCAUAAUCUGGUAAAGUACGGUAAUUGAGUACUCGUCUGGGUUUGUAACAGUUUAUAGCAGAGGGAUGUUGGCUUGUGAGGCUUUUUUUCUCCCGAGCAUAGUAGUUCAAAUUUGGUCCUGUCCCUUGGAGUCCAAUGUGAUAAACCCUGUGCAGUCAAGAAAUGUCGCAUUUGUGCGUACUGAAAUCUCUGCAUAAGGGAUGGGUCUUUCCCUUCUGUCAAUAGUGUGAUUGGCGUCACUCCCCCCUCUCUCACUACCUCGUCUAGUGUCAGAUGUGCCUUCCGUUGGUCGUCUCUCAUUGGUUUCAAUUGGAAGCCCCUUUUCCCUGCUAUGAAAAGGGGGUUGUUCGUUAUAGGGUAUUUCGGAGAUGGUGUUGGGGCAAUGUCUGGGUAGCUGCGUACUUUUUUCCAUAUUUGUAGGGUUGGUGUUAUCGUCGGGUGUGCUAGUGUCGUCCAGUCGUUACCGGAGGUCAGCAGCCAUGGAAUUGCCUUUAAUGAGUCGCCUAUCUGAACUUGUUCUAUUGUGACCCACUCUUUGGAGGCGUUUUGGUAUGUCCAGUCUAUGAUUCGGCCUACGUGUAUCGCCUGGUAGUAUAGCCAGAUGUCCGGCAGGCCCACCCCCCCUAACUCCUUAGAUCUCGUUAGUAUGUUGUACCUUAUUCUUGGACGUCUUUUGGCCCAUAUGAACUGUGUAAAUAAUGUCUGAAUUUUCUUAAAAAAGGUUCUCGGGAUGGCGAUUGGGAGAGUGUUUAAUAGAUAUAGUAGUCUGGGGAGUACAUUCAUUUUUAAAAUAUUUAUCCUCCCAAACCAUCGGAAGUGUGGUUUAUUCCAUGCUUCCAGGUCCGCACUAAUAGCUCCUAAGAUUUGUGGGAAGUUAGCACCAUAUAAUAGCUUAGUGCGUGGAGUUAUAUUGACUCCUAAGUAUUUGAUGGACUUUGUUGCCCAUUGAAAUGCAUAUCGCGUUUGUAGUCGUGUCUUGUCCUUGUCUGGUAAUGUGAGGUUCAGUAUUUCACAUUUGUCAACAUUGAUUUUGAAGUUGGAUAGGGCACUGUAUUCGUCUAAGAGGUCCAUCAGUGUGGGAAGAGAUUCUAGGGGGUUAGUGAGUGUAAAAAGUAAGUCAUCUGCAAAUGCCGAUACUUUGUACUGGUGUGCACCCACCCUUAUUCCCUCUACACCCGGCCUGUUCCGUACCGCGUUUAGCAAAGGUUCCAAUCCCAAGAUAAAAAGCAACGGAGACAGGGGGCAACCCUGUCUCGUGCCGUUCGUUAUUUGGAACGGAUCGGACAGUAUCCCAUUAAUUUUAAGCCGUGCCGAGGGGUGAGAGUAGAUUGCCUGGACCCACUGCAUCCACCUUUUCCCAAAGCCUAGUGUUUCCAGUGUCGACAACAGAAAACUCCAAUCCACCCUGUCGAACGCUUUUUCCGCGUCAAUAGCUAACAUGAUGGAAGGGGCUUUAUUGCUGAGAGCUUCAUGUAUCAGGGCAAUGAUCUUCGUGGUGUUGUCUUUGGCUUCCCUAGAGGGGACAAAUCCCGCCUGGUCGGGGUGAAUCAGGGUUGGGAGCAUAGGUUUCAAUCGUAAUGCCAACAUUUUAGUAAAGAUUUUGAUAUCUACAUUAAUCAGCGAGAUUGGUCUGUAACUGCCGCAUAAAUCAGGGUUCUUUCCAGUCUUGUGAAUAAGAGUAAUAUUGGCCUCCAGACUCGGUUUAGGGAGGGGUUUGUCAGGGCUUAUGGAGUUAAUCGCUUCCAGAAGGUGUGGGCCUAGUUCUUUCAGAUACGUCUUAUAGUACGUAGCCGAGUAGCCAUCUGGACCUGGGCUUUUGCCCGAUGGGGUGGUUUUAAUCGCGUUCAUGAGCUCGGUGAGAGUGAAGGGCUCAUCUAGGGAUCUGGCCAGUGUUUGGGGUAGUAUUUUGUCAAAUUUAUCGCUUAGGUAUGCCUUGAUCCUAUCCUUGUCCUGUGAUGUACUCGUUAGAUUGUAGAGUGAGUGGUAAAACUCCCUAAAUGUUUUUGCUAUCUCACUGUUUGAUUGUACAAUGUUGUUGUUUGCUGUUUUAAUCUGGGGGAUGUACGUUCUCUCCUGCUUAUGCUUUAGUGCGUUUGCUAGGAGUUUGCCGCACCUAUUCCCUUGGGCAUAAAAUAACUGUUUAGUCCAUACCAGUGAUUUUUUAGCCUUUGAUUGUAGCAGAAUUGUUAGUUCGGACCUAAGGGACAGAAGUUUGCGAUGAUCGGAUUCAGACAUGGUUUCCUUAUGCGCCUCUUCUAAGUUUUUUAUGUCUGUCAAUAGCUCUGUCUGUCUCUUAAUUCUCAUUUUUUUAAGAAAGGAGCCCCAUUUUAUUAGUUCCCCUCUCACUACACACUUAUGUGCUUCCCACUGGAGGAAAGGGGUUGUGUCUUGUGUGUUAUUGUCUAGGAAAUAUUGGGAGAUAGUUUCGGCAAUAGCUUUUUUAGCCGUUUCGUCAUGCAAUAUAGUGGUGUUUAGUUUCCACUGGCCUGUGCCCUGAGCUAGGGUAGGAAUUUUGAGCUGUAUCUGAACCGGGGCAUGAUCGGACCAGGUGAUGUUGCCGAUUGUUGCCGAGGUUACGAGUGAAAGGUCUCUGUGUGUGGUGAUGAAAUAAUCUAUUCUAGUGUAUGUGGAGGCUGGUCUGGAGUAAAAUGUGUAGUCUUUCGUGGUGGGAUGGAGUGCCCUCCAGCAGUCCACUAAUUGAUGGCCGUGCAGUAGUCGUUUAAUUUGCGUUCUGGUCGGUUGGAGAUGGUUAGGGUGUCGCGCCGUGCUAUCUUUUUGAGCAUCUAGAGAUACGUUGAAGUCUCCCCCUAUAAUUAAGGUCCCUGUUGUAAGUUGUUGAACCUUGUUUAAGAUUUUACGGAGGGUGUGACAUUGUCGUGUGUUUGGAAGGUAUAGAUUGACCAGGGUCACCGGGUAGUUGCUAAUCUGUCCCUGUAGUAUAACAUAGCGGCCUGAAUCAUCCGCGAAAUGCUGGCUGUACACAAAUGGUAUCUUGGCUCCUAUCAGAAUGGCAACCCCGCGGGAUUUGCUAUGUGUGAAAUUGUUGUAAUACGCGUGGGGGUAGUGUCUAUUGGUGAGUUUUGGUGCCGUGGGUCCUUUAAAGUGCGUCUCCUGCACGAAAACAACAUCGGCUUGUAUUCGUUGAAAGUCCCUCAGUGCCAUAUUCCUCUUUUCAGGAGAAUUUAGUCCCCUGACAUUGUAUGAGAGUAUUUUUAUAGUAUCUAUGGUAGGUACGUGUUUAUUGACCGUUGCUAUGGCGGUACCUCUUGUGUCCAUGGUAAAGUCGUGUCGUUGUGGGGCGUAUAUGCCCGGCGGUGUGUGCGAUAUAAGGUAUAGAAGCAACAAAAUAUCUAAACUUAGAUGUAAGAAAACUUUUUAACAGCGAACUUGUAAAAAUGUGACUCCUAGAUCUAGGGGCCACGUAUAUCCGUUAGUAUUUAACUAACUAUGCAGGAGUCGGUGCUUAGUGUCAGUCACCGUCGGCCUUAAUCGCCGAAUCGGGAAUGAUGUCUGUCAGAGUGAAAGAUGUCAGUGCACCGCUCGUAACCUUAUUCGGUUACUUGGGGUGUUGUGUAUAUCGUUUAGCGUAAUCCUAGAAUGAAAUGUGGCUUUCAGUCGUAUUUGUUUUCCGGUGGUGUGUCAGUCUGUAUUUCUGGUCUCUGCGACCGUUCACAAUUACGCUUAUGUUAUAGCGCCGCCAAGCGCCGUAAAUGGAGUACAUGGGUUUCUUUUGAUUAUCCUUGCAAAACAUGGCUUUUGAGCACCGCUAUGUACUGGUUGGGGUGUUUAUUUUUUUUUUCUCGUUUCGUUUUAUUUUUUUAAUAUUUUUUUUAUUUUAUUUUUUUAUUUUUUUUUCGGCAAAACAGCCUGAGUGAGCAGUGCGCAUAGUAUGUACAGCGAGAGAUCAUUACGUCCAAUGUGCUAUACUAUUGAGAGGUGUAAAUGCUUUCUCCCCUUUACCCCUAUCGGGCGUAACAACCACCCUUAGUGCGGAGGCGUGUCCCGGAGGGGCCUCGCUUGGCCGGACCAAACUUUGAAUCUAAAUCAAUGUGGUUAAGAUUAAUAAUAGCCAAUAUUUAAUAUCUAUAGACAUAUAUAUAUAUAUAUAUAUAUAUAUUUUUUUUUUUUCCCUUUUUGAGAUAGAUAUAAAAUAGCUCGUCCCGCUAGUUGGUCCUGACUCCCCCCUUAUCUGAAGCCUCAGUCCCAUAACCGUCUCCCGGUGUUAAUGUGUGGUAGACUAUGUGUGCCUAUGUCCCACUUUACAUCAGCUGGUGUAGUUUACAAUACUUGCGUCUUAAGGUAGCAACGCCAGUCAUCGUCGUUCCGUUAGGAGUAGCAUCCAGUUGUAGUGAGUCUCUGUCCUGAACCAGGGACACCACACCUCGGGGACUUAAAAGGUCACUGAGGUGAAACAAGUCUCUCUUGCGGUGGGUGGUUAGGUGGGUGGGUGAGUUGUAGUUCAUAAUUUCAGGGUGUAGAGAGUCCAAUUCCCGUGUCUCGUCCCGCUGCCCUUGAUCUUGAAGUUGGCGUGAAGGGAAGCCGUUUCCCAGGUGUCCGUUUCCUCUCCGCUGCAUUUCUCCACCGGGCUCUUUGCGGUUGCGCUUGUAUGGCUGCUUGGGACCCGGGGUCAUACCAGUCCUGGAUCUCCAUGUGUGGUAGGUCAAACGCCUUUAAAAAAUCUGGUAGAUCUUGUAUCGUUGCGAUGCUAUGUUGUACUCCUUGAUGUGAGGCGAUCAGAGCAAAGGGGUAGCCCCAGCGGUAGCGGAUUUCUUUGGCUUGCAAGGCUUGGAUGAGAGGCCUCAGGGCCCUCCUCCCCUGGAGCGUUUGCCACGCCAAGUCUGGUAAUAUCUGGAUCUGUGUAGCAAACAUAGUUAAGGCCGGUGAAUUCCUCGCCUGCUUUAGUAUGUCCUCUUUUAGUGUAUAGUAGUGAAUUCUACAUAUUAUGUCCCUGGGAGUCUCUUGUGGUAGCCCCCUGGGUCUUGCCGCCCUAUGCGCCCUGUCCAUUAAUAUCGGGGUGUCCGGGGCACGCUUCAGUAUGUUAUUGAAGAGGGCCUGGAGAACAUCCUUGGUAUUUUCCAGUUCCCCUUGUGCCUCUGGUACCCCUCUGACCCGGAGGUUAUUCCUCCUGCCUCGGUUGUCGAGGUCCUCUGUGUGGCGUAAAAUCUGUACUAGUUUGGAUUCAUGGGCAUCCUGCCUCUGUUCCAUAUUGUGCAGCCUGAGUUGCAUGUUGUCUCUGUCCCCCUCUAGGCCUCCCACCCGGAGCCCUAUCUGGCGUACCUCUGUUGUGAUGGAGGACAAUCGUUCCUGCAUGGAUGCCUCAAGCUUUGCCAGCAUGGAGGCCAUGUCCUGUUUUGAGGGUAGGUUUUGCAGCAUCUCCUGCAGUGUCGCAUUCCCAGGUGGGUAGAGAGAAUCGGAGCUUGCUGGGCUCUCCGGCGGGGAGACACGUGGCGAAGAUGGCGGAUCCUCUGUGUCAGCCUCUGUCAGCGCUCUCACUUUGUCUCGGAAAAAUCUGUCGAGAUCCCCGCUUUUCUUGCCGGUACCGGGACCCGGGGUCUCUUGGGAGGUCUGUUGUUUCUUCUUGUUGCCCAUCUUGCUUUAUUCUGUCGCUUGGCGGCUAAAAUAAACCCGGAGGAACGGGAGCUUCGCAGAGAUGCGACCGUUCACAUGUAGAGUCAGGCCACGCCCCCCGGAGUUGGAUUUUCUGAUGCUUAGUUUUAAUAAAAUAACAAUUAUUUUCUCAGUAAAAGCACUUCUAGUCUGGCUGGUGGGGGUGGGGGAGAGGUUGAUGAAAGUUUUUGCUUUCAUUUUAUUAAAGAUAACAAAAUAGACAUGAUAUAUAAUUUAAUGAACAGUGAGUGAGGACAUGACAUAAAGGUAAACUAUACAUGAACUUACAAAUCUGUUGUAUUGAUUAAAGUAAAGCUAAUGAUGGAGGCAGGCUGAAGACAAUUAAAUAAAAAGGAUAGGAAAAUGUUGAACGUAAAAGAGAAGAGGGUCGAUGAGAGCCAAAAUCCACCACAGCACUACCAUGGAAACUUUGCAGGGCUAAAAGAGGUUUAAUAAGAUUCAAGGUCACCUAUGCCUUGUCCAAAGAUUACAAAUGGAGUGAUAUUUUGGGUACCUUUGAUGUCCAAUAGCAGAGAUAUACUCCACAGCUAAUAUAUACCAAAAUCUUACCUUCAUCCAAAUUGCUACUUUUUAACAGUAAGCUAAACCAGUGAUACCUUUAAAAUAUCAUAUAAAAAUUCAUAAUUCUUGAAGAUAUUGAAAUCUUGAACCUUUGGUCAGAGAGAGGAUUCCUAAAGGCUGUUUGUGGAUAUUUAGAUUGUAUGUGAGGUUCAAUGCAGUCCCUUUAUUGGUGUAUACACAUUAAAUUAAAAAAUGUUAACUUUUGUACCCAUUUUAUCAUUGUGUACUUAUGUGCAAACUUUGUUAAACUGAUCAAUCUUCUGGAAAACAAAAAGUUCAAUAAAAAAAUGUAAAUACAUUUAAACAUUUCAAUUUUCUACUUUUCUGUAGCCAAGAAGAACGAAAGGGAGAAUGCGUAUCCACUGUUUAGAAAAUGUUGACAAGGCUCUUAAUUUUCUGAAGGAGAAAAGAGUCCAUUUGGAAAAUAUCGGUCCUCAUGAUAUAGUUAAUGGUAAUCACAGGCUGACGUUGGGUCUCAUAUGGACCAUCAUAUUACGAUUCCAGGUAUGUGGUCACAAUUUUUCACAUAUACUUAUUGCGGGGCUAUGUCUUGAAAUGGGCAAAGCAAUGUUACAUUUGUGCCAAUGCUCAUGGGUAUGGAAAGCGGGCGAGACAAACCCCCACCCCCCCCCCAAAAAAAAAUAAUAUAUAUAUAUACUGUGAGGUGUAUUCCCCCAAGUCAUGAAGUUUAUAGUUUUAAAAAUCAUAUGUUUUAGUGGUUAAGAAAUAUGAAAAUAUAUAUGUUUCAAGUAGAGGAUGCAAAAAUAUCAUGGCCUUUAUUGAAUAAUUGAUUUUUGUUUUUGUAAGAAAUUGCAUAUUUGUAUAUAUCAAGGUCAGGUAGCUUAAAUUGGUCUAUAUUCAAUUUUCUCCAGUGAUGGUGCAUCAUGUUGCCUAUAGAAUACUGCAUAGUUUAACAUCCAAGUGCCAUAUAUUUGUUAUGAAAGGUUGACCCAAUUUUCUUUGGUUCUUAUGCCGAUGCUUAAGCAUGCUUUAAAACAGUUCAUUUAAAACAGUGUUUACCAGUCUUGCAUAUUUCUCAAUGGUCUAAGCAUAUGGCAGCUGUUUUUUUUUAUUUUUUAAUGCACUGUGUCUUGAUUGUGCUUGUUCGAUCUCAUGACUGUAAAUACCAUCCCUUUUCGAUUAAUGGAUGAAAUGAACACUCAAAUAUAAUGAUGAAUAAUAUCCCUGGCUCAUUUAAAAUUGUAUUCUUUUAAUAAAUAGUUGUAUUAAGAACUCAAAUAUAAUAGACAAUGCUAUACCAUAUGCUAGAAAAUAAAAUUGUAAUGAAUUCUUACAGAUGAAAACCAUUAAACAUAUGGUCCAGAGGAAGCUUUGGCACGAUAUAUACAAUUCACUAUUAGAUCUGUGCCCUGAUUAACAACUAGAAUCAGAAACACAAAUUCAGGUUUUGUUUUUGGGCCAAGCAUAAUUUUAAACUCCAGGCUCAUGAAACCAAUAAUCCACCAGUAGUUAUAAAUUUCCAGAUUAAUUUGUUUUAACAGAAAGAUUGCUAUGUGAAACCCAUUUGGCUUUUCACAAAAGGCAUUUCCAGUUAGCUUCCAUUGGGUUAGCUGUUAAAAUCAACCAAAUUACUAUAUAAAGUGGUCCUAUAUCUACCCCUUACUAUUUUGCCUCCUGGACCAAUAGCAAUAUCCCAAGCCUAAUUUCUCCCCAAACCCUUCUCUUAUCUUGACGGCAUAAUUUUUUUCCCCUGUAGCAAGAAUAUUUGGCUGGCGUUUUCAUUUUGCGCUAUUUUCAAAUAAAUCUCACUGCAGUAAAGAGAUCUAUUUGAAAUUAGCCAGGGAGCCAUUCAGCUGAAUGCAGUUUCAACUCAGUUGGUAAUGAAUAAAGUGAACUACAGAGGAAUUUUAUCAUUAAAUCGAUGAGAGUUAAGCAAGAUAAAAUUACAUCAUUUAAUGAAUCAAAUCCGUUUCAACUUCAUGUAAACUGCCUUCUCCAUAGUAAAAAUGGACUACACUAAAUAAAGUGUUUCAUAUCUCUAAAGUUGUUCAUCUAAAAUUUUGUUAAUUUUAGAAUAUUCUCCAAGGUUGAAACUUGUUCCCAAAUGUUUUUUUUGUUAUCAUUUUGGAGUUAAUGAAUAAACUAUUUAAUCUUUGUUAAUAUAGAUACAGGACAUAGUAAUUGAGACAAAAGGAAGUGAGACACGUUCCGCCAAAGAUGCCUUACUUUUGUGGUGUCAGAUGAAGACAGCUGGGUAAGAAAAUAAUCAUUUCCUCCUAUCAUAGCGAUCGUAUGAUGGGAUAACCAUUUGAGAGGGCCAGAUGCAGUGUGCUGUUAAAGGGCUGCAGUACCCAAUCAUUGAUCAGAGAUGGGUUCCUACAAGCCUAUUGGCCCUGGGGCACCUACACUGACUGAACCUCCAGUAGUUUCGACCCAGGAAUGCAGAACAGGUCUAAGGACCAAUUUUCGCUAGGACUGGAGUAAAAAAAAAUAGGACUGCCCUGGCAAAAAUAGGACAGGGAUGCCAGUCUUUGUUAGUUGCCCCAUUUGCUUUCUCAUCCCUUUCAUUAUUUAUAAACAUCAUGCAAAUUUCCAGCAUGAAAUGUUAAAAAAACAACUGUUACCUAACUGUUACCUAAACCUAUUUUAUAAUAUAAUGAUUUUAAAUAUAUGCAGAAUUUGAUCAAGGUGUGUAUAUCUAUAGUGGGUAUAUGUUGCUAUGGUAACCCUAUUAUUAUUAUUUAUUAUUUAUGUAGCGCCUGCAAAUUUCAUAGCGCUGUACAAUGGGAUAUUGCCUAUUCAUUCUGGAUAAUACUAAAAUAUGUAGACAACCAAAUAAAACUGAAGAAGUGGUUAGUUAAUAAAAAGGGAAAGAAGAGGGGAAAAAGAAGGGGUAAAGGAACGGUAGAAAGAGAGAAAGGAAAUAGAAUUAUAUAUAUAUAUAUAUAUAUAUAUAUAUAUGUAUGUGUAUAAAUGAUAAAGAGAGAAAAAAGAGAAAUGAAUAAUACAUAUGAUGAUUUGGUAUUUGAUCCCCUCUAUUAUGAUUAUACAAGGUAUGAAAUGACAAAUACCACAUUCUGAUGUUUAAAUUUAUGGGGAAAAAAAAUAAAAAUAUGUAGACAAUCAGCAGCAUACUAAUGUGGCAGUCCCACUGGUACAUGUGCGGGACGGCUCUAGUAAUACAGCCAAGCAAGAACCAUGGCUUUUUUGCACAAAGCCUGCUCUAUCAGUGAAGGUUCAAGAUCUGUGACCAAGCUUUGUGUGGCAUGGCAGGAUUGACACUUACUGUAGUAUCAUACCUCUCUAUCCACUCAAGGGAUGGAAUGUGGAAUGAUAUGACGUAUGUGUUAGUGUUAUGGAAUAUAGAAUAAGGGCUGAUGGACCGGCAUAUUGAAUGACAAGUCACGUGUAAUCUAUAUCAAAUUAAAUUUUACAUAUGAGAUGAUGGGAUUAUAAUGAUAAUGCUAAGUGUGAUAAAUUAUAUCAUAAUAUGAAACAUAAAACAGAGAUUGUAGGAGAGAAAGCAACAGGUUUCUAAAGAGAAAAUGUGAGACUGGCAAAGUAGAAGAAAAAUUAUGUUGUUAUUCUAUUAUUUCACAGGUAGUCUGUAGGAUUAGAGAUAUAUUUACUAAAUAGUGAAUAGUAAACUAGAUGUAACUGGUCAGUCAUCUACUCAGAAGAUCAUUAGUAUUGCUGGUGGCUUUAGAAGCAUUUUUAUAACUCUCAAGGAAUUAUACAAAGCGUAAGGCAAGGUUGUCCAUUUGGGUAAAAAAAACAGUAGUUUUAAGUGCGUCAACAGAGAUACUAUAUCUAUUUUUUAUUAUUACAUUAUUGUUUUGAGUCUUUUCACAAGAAAUUAAUUUUAGGAUUCUUUAUUAAUAUUAGUGAGAAGACUGCUAGCCAUUGUCAUGUUUAUAAAUAUAUAACUUGAAAUAUUGAAAUUCAGAAUCAUAUUACAUUUUAGGUACCGCUACUCUUUGUAAAAAUGAAAACUCAUUAGUAUAAUUAAUUGAUAAUACUUAAAAUUCUUAUUCUUUAUUAUUUUUAUAGAUACCCCAAUGUCAAUAUAACAAACUUUACAUCAAGCUGGAAGGAUGGAAUGGCAUUUAAUGCUUUGAUACAUAAACACAGGUAAGAUAUUUUCUGUGGGAAUUGGGUUAAAAAUAAGCAAACUUCAUUUAUAUGCUCAUAUAAACGAUCUGCUAAACUUACACUGUCUUUGUUUUUUUGCAUUAUGAAAGUUAAUGGAAAUCUAUAGAAAGUAAAACUGCAUUACUUACAUGUGAAAAUCACAUUUGUAGCAGUUGGUAUAUUUGUAGUGAAAGAGAGGUGGGUAUAUGAUGUUUUAUCAUGUUAAACUCCUAAACUUACAGCUUUGCCGCCUUGCUUAAAUGUUGCAGCUGAGGCUAUGGAAAAGGGCUCAGCCAUUCUAGAACAGGAACGGUAAUCAAGAGAAUAACCUAAGGGGAAUUAAGAGAAAACUAAAGAAGGGGAAUAGGUAGAGAUAGCUAUGGUGGAUUAGUGAAAGAUAACUAAGAGAGGGGAACGAGUGAGAGAUGGCUGGGAGGGAAAAAAGAACUAGGAGAGACUUUGGAGAGAUAGCUAAGAGGGAAGUAGAGGGGCAUAUGCAUUUUACUUGACGUAAAUCAAACCCAGUCAUCAUAAGGAUUGCACUUUACAAACAUCUGAAGAGGCUGGACUUUAAAGACUUCGUGAAGUACCGUUCCUAUUAUGCUUAAUUAGCUUGUAAGCUUGUUCGAGAAGAUCCCAUGUGAGAAGAUGAUUUGUCCACUGACUAUUAGGGAAGUUUGGCUUUAGAUAUGGUUCAGAUAGGUUUAAUAUAUAUUUAAUAAAUUACAUAACUUUUACAGAUGAUUGUUCGAUGAUGUCUUUGGCAUGAGCCAGUCACAUGGGAAUAUGUAUAUAUUUUGAAAAUGAGUAAAAAGUUAAAGGUUUGCAAAUUGUGAUUUUCAUGAGAUGGUUCUUACUUCAACAAGGUUGGCCAUUUCAUGAUGAAUAGUUUGUCUACAGUCUCAAAUACUCUACUGGUACAAUAAUAAUAAACAUAAUGACCAAAUAUGCAUAGGCAUCACAAUACCGUAUAUGUAUUAUAAAAAACAUUGGUUGUAGCUGGCCUUUAAGGAGAAAUCCAUAGGUGUGACAUUAAAUAGAUUUUUAUUUUAAAUAAACCACGACAAGUCCUAGUAGCUUCCCUGGAAGAUGGUGCACACUCGAGAACAUCUCAAAUUUGUUCUAAAGAGAAAACUUUUCCAGCACACUUGAAAUGAUAAUUCUCAAAUUACUUUUCUCUCUGGUCACCUCUGCCCCAAGAAAAUAGAUCCCAUAGCAUAUUUUCCUCCAUCUACUUUACCUAAUAACAUAAUAUUUGCUCACCUGGAAAGCAAAGUGUUAAAAUAUUUUGGAAGCAUCAACAUAAUUACUCUUGGAACAAAAAAUACAAUUAAGAAAAAUUAUGAAUUAACAAAGAGUGAAAUAGGGGCCAAGAACCCAAGAGAACGCAGGCAAGGCACGUGUUAUUUGUAGCAGGGAGAACGAACCUUCUAACAACAAUGUGAAAAGUCCACGAAGAUAGAGGUGAUAGCUGGUUGCUAAUUUUCCAUGCAUGUCCAAUUUAAAGUUUCUUGUCUUAUUGAACUUAUAAGGAUAAAAUUGUGAGUAGACUUUAAGUAGUAUCGAACUUGCAACUCUAAGAUACUGCCACUGGAAUGCUACCCACUCCAUUGCCAGAUAUAGUGGAAUGUAUGCUUAUUUUAUUGUUAGAUUUCAGGGACACAUAGGGCUGUUUAAAAGUAUGUGUACUAUGUGUUUAAAUUUGAUGUACUAUGAAAGUAUGCUCACAGGAAGAAUUCAGAAUGUUCAUGUAGCUAUGACGUACAUCAAUCAGUAAACAGAAUUAGAAUGGAUAGCAUGGACGGGUUAGGAUAACAACCCAAUUGUAUUGUAUACAAUAUGGAAACACCAUAGAUGGUGCUAAUGCUAAAAAUAAUAUGUCUUCUUUUCAACCAGAUGUCUUGCUUUCAUUACUUAUAUACAACGUAAUGGUUAACACAUUUAAAGAUGUAUAAAUUGUUAUUACAGUAAUACAUGAGUCUAUACAAUCUAUCCAAUAAUCUGCCAACCAUAAUAAUAUUUUAUCUUUCAGGCCUGAUCUGAUAGAUUUUGAGAAACUGAAGAAAUCCAAUGCUAGACAUAACCUUGAGAAUGCCUUCAAUGUGGCCGAUCGACAGUUGGGCAUAACGCAGCUUCUUGACCCAGAAGGUAAGUUACAAGUUAUAUAUAUUUAUUUAUUUUUGUCAAUCUUUAUUUAUAUCGUGCGAGUAGGCCUUCCCGACUGACUAUUCGUGCUAAUUAGUAAAUUUGCUCAGGCUAGGCAUGGCUGUCUAGACACAUGUUACUGUGCUUAGAUUUUUGUGCUACGUAAGUUAAGUGUACUGGAACUAUGAAGGUUUUGUCAUGGUAAGUGGCAGCAGGAGCAUGAGUGUGUCAAGACCUUUGCCUAUUAUUAAACUAAGACUAGAAUUAUUAGCUACAAAGUGUGUAGCAUAUCGUCAAUAAGGUGGCCCAGGAUUACUGUGAAAGUCUACUGGAGCUUUGCCAAUUGUGUCACCUGUCCCAUCUGGUCUUGCAGCCUGAGACCUCUGUGGUAUACCUGCAGGCAGAUUUGCAGUGUCAUCUGGCUGUGGUCUGCUCCUGCCUCCCACCAGCAAUCGGUAUCAGCUUCUUAUUGCUAAGUCUGGAGAUUACCACGCUGCCAGCCCCCAGCACUUCAUGGGUCCGUUACCUGUGCCCUCGGUUUUGGCUCCUUACGGCCAACAACUGGAGUCCUAGGGAUGUUGGUCUGUCCAGACUUGGGCUGUGGUGUGAGGUUUCACCUCUGGGGGCCCAAUGCCUGGAAGGCAGUUGUGGGGAACAGGCCCGAUCUGUGGGUAAGUAGGCAAGGGCUUCUGAGGGGAUCCGUUGCUUGUUUGCCAACUUGAGUAUCCUGGACAGGGGUCAUAGUCAGCAUGUUGUCCUGUGGGCAUAGCUGCUUGCAGGUAGGCAAAGUUGUGUUGCUCAUCUUUGGUCGCAUUGCUGCCAUUUUGGUGCCCAGGCGUGGGAUGCACAGUGCCAAGUAGGCUUGAUGGAGGUCCAGUGUUAGGCGGUGAAUCCCUCCAGUGGGGACCGGGAUAACCCCUUAGUCCAUGGAUGGGGGGGGGGGGUAGCAGGACACGCGAGACAUGUCGCAAGGCUAUUGCACGGCAGCCAGGCUCACAAACAGGACGGCAGCAGUCCGCCCCGCUCUUCACCCUCAUAGGCCGCAGACCCCGAAGUCUUGUAAAGUCUAAUUUGGCCUUUAUUAAUUAUUAUCAAUAUUGAUGGUAACAGUUAUAUAUGGCUGACCUUAAUAAUACAUUUAUUCGGUUGGUAUGUGUAUCUAAACUUUAUAUAUAUAUAUUUUUUUGUGAACUUAGCUCCACUAACAAUACUAAAAGGUACAAAUAAGUGAGGAAUUGGUUUCUUCAUGAAUGUGUUGUUUCAUCUGGUUAUAAAUACACAGGUCACAAUUUGUGUGAAUAGGUUUGCCAAGAGAGGCAUUGUAAAGAGAGAACAAAAGAUGACUGAGAAUAGAGCCUUGAGGAACUCUAACUGAGACAGGAAGAGGGGAGGGUGUUAUUAGAAAAGGAGACACUAAAUGAACGUUGGGUGAGAUAGGACGAGAACCACGAGAGGAUGGUGUCAAAGAGACAGAGGGAUUAAAGAGUUUGAAGAAGGAGGACAUGAUCAACUGCGUCAAAGGCAGCAGAGAAGUUAAGAAGAAUUAUUAUUAGUACAUCAUUGUACAUUAGUACAUCAUUUGCUACUUUAAUCAGAGAGGUCGCAAAGUGGAGGAGGCAGAUUAGAUAGGGAUUAAGGAGAGAGUUGGAAUUGAGAAAGCAAGUCAGACUGGUAAAAACAAGUUGAUCUAGAAACUUUGAGGAAGAAGGGAGCCAGGAUAUGAGACAAUAUUUGGAAAGGGAAGACGGGUCAAGAGAGUACUUUUUUUUAGGAUGGAUACAACAGCAUGUUUAAAGGGAGCAGGCACAAUGACAGAAGAAAGAGAGCAGUCGUAGAUAUGCAUUUAGGGUAGCACAAGACAAGGGGAAAGAUAUCUGAUAAGUUAAGAUGGGGCAGAAUCAAGUGGACAAGCGGUGGAACAAGAGGAAAGGAAAAGCUCAGCCACCUCCUCUUCAAUAACCGAGGCGAAAACAUGAAGUGUAGGAAAGAAAAAGUCCAAGUAUGGAUAACAGAGAGGUGCUAAGGUGGAGAAUUCUUUCCUUACCGUUUUAAUUUUGUCAGUAAAGUAACAUACAAAGCUAUCGGCUGAAAGUUUAAUUUGGGGUUUAGUCAUAGCAGGGUGAAAAAGAGAGUUGAAGGUAUUAAAGAAAGACCUGGGAUUGUUGAGAGGAAAAGUAUGAUUGUUUAGCAACGGCGAUGCCUGCGCUAUACGAACGCAAGAUGAAUUUAUAUUUAUUUAUAUUGGAGAUAGUCUGAAAAGUGGAGCGUAUAGAAUUAACCCCCUAUGAACCAGUAAUGGAAUAAUUUUUGUCUUGCAUUCCAGCCUUUGAAGAUCUUGUAUUAAAUUGGAAUGCCACACUCAUGUAACAGUGACAGGGCCAUAUAGAUCUGCAAAUGCUAAAUAGGUAGAACAUUCCAUUCUGACAUGGGAUCACUAGGGACAGCAUACAAUAUAAUUAUUCCUUAAGUGGUUAAUAGAUUUAAUAGUUUCCCAUAAUACUUUGGUAGCUGAAUUUCUGCCCGCACCUGGGAAGGACUAAAUAUAUUUGCGGUUAACUUGUAGCCAACACAUCAUCUGUUGUAUAUUUCCAAGCCUGAAGCACAUUGUUCCCCUCCUCCUGAAAUUCCUUCUUUUAAAGAAUUCUCACACCUGUGCCAAAAUUCAUCAUCACCUUUGUUAACUAUUAUUUUCUAAUUAUUUGCAUUAGUCGACUUAGUACUGAUGUAGUACAAAUGACUAUUUAGUGGGUUCGAGCUCGCCAUUGCUGCUGUACUAAGUAGAAAAAUGCCCAACACUCCUCAUUGUGAAAAAUUAAAUUCAUUAAUUUGCUGUUUUGACAAAAAAGGAUAAACAUUUUUUACAAUAAGGAGUGCUGGACAUUUUUUCCAUUUAUUAUUGAAUAUUCUACUGGGAAGGCGUAGGUAGAGUCGUAUAGAAAGUGGGUGCUCUCUCAUCACUUGAUUGCUGGUGUACUGAGAAAUGUGGGGUAUAAUUGCGAAACAUAGCACUGUGUUUAUUUUAUAAAUCUGUUUUACAGACGUCUUCACUGAAAAUCCUGAUGAAAAGUCCAUUAUUACCUAUGUAGUAGCAUUUUAUCACUACUUUUCCAAGAUGAAGGCAUUAGCUGUAGAAGGCAAAAGAAUUGGCAAGGUAAUUUCAUACCCCGACCUAUCUCCUUACCAAUUGCUAAAACUGAAGUUUUAAUGUGUGAAUUUGGUGGUGCUCAAUGCAGAUUUGGUGGUGAAAAUAAGGCAAUAUCAAAAUGUGUUGAUUUGGAAAAGAAAUUGUGGAGAAUUCAUAAGAAAAUUGCCAAUUUAUGGCCAAUAUAUUAUCCAACUUUGCUGUUUGUUCAGCUUGCAAUUCCCUUGUAAAUUCUCAAAAACAAUCACAGUUUAAUAAAACCCUUUUCAUUUUUUCUUAACAGUAUCUUUAGAGUUGUUUACGUUUCGAUGUGUAACCUGCAAAUACUGCUUAAUAAUUCUAGCUGAUCCCAAGGUUAUCCCUUGUCCUACUGGAGCAGCCAAAUGGAUGGAAUGCACUUGUGGUAGAAAUAGUUACUGAUAUUAGGUCAUAUGGAAUGUUCUCAAUUAAGGUGAAUUUUUGACAUGUGACAGAUUCACUUUAACUAAAAAAAAAAAAAAAACACAUUUGGUGAAGGUUACAUAAUGAAAACAUUGCUUAAAACUUGAGACCAAAAUGGCACAAUCUAAAAAAAACAACAAAAAAAACUGUAAAGAAAUCUCAAAAUGAGCUAUUUUUCCAAGUAAAUAUUGUGGUCUAAAUUUUCAUUUACAAUUUGUAUUUUACUGAAAAUCACUUUUCGUAAAGAAACCCAAUGUUUUUCUCUGAGAAUAUAUAUAUCCUUAAAUGUUAUGUGACUUUGCAGAAAUUUGUAUUUGUAAAAGCAAUGGACCCUUCUUCGCAUAUUAAUUCUUAUUAAGGCACAUUAUUGAUUUUAAAUAUUCAGUUUAACGUGAAUUGCUGUUUGCUUCUAUUGUUGAGGUUUUGGAUGGCGCCAUCGAGACAGAAAAAAUGAUUCAUAAAUAUGAAAGACUUGCCUCUGAUCUGUUGACAUGGAUUGAACAAACAAUCCUGGCUCUGACAAACUGGAAGUUUGCAAAUUCUUUGUUGGGGGUUCAGCAACAAUUACAGUCAUUCAGUGCCUACAGAACCACAGAGAAACCUCCCAAGUAAGUGGCUGUGAUAGCUGAGUAACCAAAUCUAAUUUGGUUAACAUUUUAUUGGAAUUAGCCAGUUGAAUCUAAACCACCCUUUUCCAAUUUGGAAAGUUUACUGGAUCAUAGCAGAGUCCCUAAUUUGUCAAACAGUUCCAGAGCAUCUCCUGGUCAGGCAUUCCAUGUGCAGGAUGGGUCCAGGCAAUCCCCACUGGUCUCCUAAUUCCAGCUGUGGUCCAGAGUAGGCAUCCAGGGUGUCUCCAUAACCCCUUCCCUUAGUGAUAAUAGCCCUUUUAAAUCCAUGUCCUUUCCAUUGUGAUAAUAGCCCUUUUAAUCCAUGUCCUUUCCAUAGUGAUAGUACCCCUUUUAAAUCCAUGUUGAAAUGGGGUUCUGUGACACAUGUAAUACUUUGAAUUGUGUCACUAUGUAAUUUAUAGAACACACUAUGUUUUAGGGUUGGACAUGGGCCUGGAUGAAUGGCUUAAGUCAAUAGAUGUAGGAAGGACCAUAUAAUUUGACCUCGGGCUGAAGCCCCUGGUCUUUGUGCCAUCUAGUAACACCCCUGUGGGUACUCCAAACAUAAUAACCCCUACAGUGUAAUGCAGCUUUAAAAAGAAAUAAUAAAUAAAUAAAAUAUACUUAUGGCAUUGUUUUUGUACAAUUAAAGGAACACUGUAGCAUUAGGAAUACAAGUCCCUAGUUAUAUACAGGCUACAGGUUACCUUUUUUCCAGGGCGACUCCAUCAGUGCUUCUCACCUCUCACAACAUUAUUGAUGUGGCAUGGGCUCCUUCAGAGUUGGUCCAAUCCAAUACUCCUUAUAGAGCAGCAUUAGGGACCUGAUGUGCAUGUCCCUUAGGAAGGUAUUGAAUACAAUGCUUUCCUACAAGCUUCCACAUCAGUAACCAUGUUUUACUCAGUCAGUGCAGCUGAAGCACCUCUAGUGGUUGUCAGUAUAAAAGUCAACAUGUAGACAUUCAGUUCCUGGAUAGAGCGAUGUGGAAAAAAAAUUUCUCUCACACCUUAGAAAUCUAUAUUUCACAAAUAUAGGGGAUUAGUAAUCAUAAUAUAAAAAUCCUGGGAAAUCAUUGUUCCCCCAUUAAAGGGACACUAUAGUCACCAAAACAAUUUUAGCUUAUUGAAGCAGUUUUGGUGUAUAGAUCAUUUCACUGCAGUGUCACUGCUCAAUUCUCUGCCAUUUAGGAGUUAAAUCACUUUGUUUAUGAACCCUAGUCAAAGCUCCCUGCAUGUGACUUGCAUAGCCUUCCUAAACACUUCCUGUAAAGAGUCAGCUAAUGUUUACACUUCCUUCAUUGCAAAUUCAAUUUCAUUUAAAAUGUAUUAUCCCCUGCACUGUUGAUAGUCAGCUAGACCCCACAGAAGCCUCCUGUGUAUGAUUAAAGUUUACUUUAGAGAGCAGGCAAUAAUAACUUUUAAAGUAAGUUACAUCUAAUUGAAAGUGAAACCAUUUAUUUCAUGCAUGGUGUGUGAGUCACAUCCAGGGGAGGUGUGACUAGGGCUCCAUGGACAGAAACAAAAGGGAUCUAACUCCUAAAUUGCAGAGAUUUGAGCAGUGAGACUGCAGGAUCAUGAUCUAUACACUAAAACUGCUUCCUUAAGCUAACGUUGUUCUGGUGACUAUAGUGUCCCUUUAAGGACGAACAGAACUCUGUUAAUUAUAUUAGCUUACCAUUACGUUAGUAGCCUCCUUCCAGUCUGUAAGCACACAUAAUAUAACCCACAAACAUUUUAAUGAUUUAUUUACUACAAAAUUUUAUUGAGUGUUUAAUUACACAGUGUGGCAUAUUAACCAGGGGCAGGUGUUGUUUACUAAAUUCAUGUUAUAUCCUGAUUGACUAAGAACACAGUUUUGGUAUUUGAAAUCCUAUCAUUUGCAGUAACCCGAGAUCACACAGACAUUAAGACACGAGGGGCAUAUGGUUAGCAGUGCAUUAACCUACAUAACACUAGUGAUUAGAGGAAGCAUUUAAACUUGAGGACACAUUUCCAACAUAACUCUUUGUACUCCAAGGGCAUUUAUCCCAGUGGCCAACUAUGUAGGCCUGCAUGGCUAACUCAAAGUAUGGCUGUAUCAGAGUUUGACAUUUAUUUGGGUACACAGGAUUGACCAUUCACUGUUUCCUUAAAAUCUGGUUCAAUACCAUUGUCUUCUUAACUAAACGAAGCAGGGAUUGCUUAAGUCAGUACUCGUUGUUUUAUGGGAUUUUUUCAUUUUUGUAGCUGAGAAAGGCAGAGUUUUAUUUUAGUAUUAGACACAUUACUUGACCAUGGUAUGGGGCAUUUUCAUGUACCUCCUACAUGAGCUUUUUCUGGCUUCCUAUGACAUCUUCAAGACAUGUAGAAGGAAGAGGAGUCAUUGUGUAUUCAUCAACUUUGGUUCUCUAGAGAACCGAAAGGGUUAUUUAAAAAGGAACUGACAAACAUGAAAGUGUAGGUAACUUAUACUAUUUACGAAGAUCUUAUAAGUUUUUUAAUAGGUGUGGACUUUUCACCUUCUUUAGGUCUAGCUAAAUCAACUGAAUGUUUUAGAAGAGUCUAAGUUAUUAACAUGUGAUAAGACUUAAUGACAAUGUUAAAUAUCAAAAGAAUUAGGAUGCUUAUUUGAUUUCUACGUGGAAUUUACGAUGUAAUAUGAUGAUUUUUUAAAAUAUAUUUUUCUUCAAAAGAAGAGUUAAAUGGUACAUGUGUAGAUAAGCAAGAAAAAUUAAGGUGUUCUUUGCGCAACUGGUAGGGAAUACAUUUGUAUAUUAUGCAUUUCCUGUGUGCCUUGUGUGUGAUGGAAAUUAAUGUAUGCAAAAUAUAUAUGUCUUUUUUUUUUUUUAAGAUUUCAGGAGAAAGGAGAGUUGGAAGUCCUUUUGUUCACCAUCCAGUCCAAGAUGAGGGAGAAUAAACAGAAAGUAUAUGUACCUCAUGACGGAAAGCUAGUAUCGGACAUCAACAGGGUACGUUGAAAAUAAUCUUAGAAAAUAAUCCUAGAUUGUCAUAACUAGAAUUCAAUGAUCUGAAAUAACACCAGGCAAGUAAUUCUGUGCAAACUUUAAAUUUACAUUAGAGUCCAGGCACCACGUUUUUGUAUUCUCAGGGUGACUGUGGUGCUGACAUUUGGAAUAAGAACCUUGUGUUAGUUGAGAGAGCAGUACAAUAAGUAACGAACCAGGCACAAAAUUAGAUGGAAUCCAAUACAGAUUUAUCGAAAUGCAGAAAGCAAUGUUUUACAAGAGGCUUGAAAAAGAAUCAAAACAUUACUUUAUACAUUCCAAUAAAUCUAGAUUUAAUCUCAUUGGAUUUAAUAUUAUUUUUAAACUUGGCCUAUUACUUCCAGGAUUGCUGCGGGAGCGGAAUCUGCAGAGGACUGGUGGCCCUUAAAUGACCCUGUAUCUGUGUAACUGCUCUUAUUUUCUCAAUGAAAAGAACAAUAAGCUAAAAAUGUCUGUUCGAUAGGUUGUUCACACCUGCAAGGUGUGAACUGGAGGAUUAAGGGGCAUUAUUCUGGAGAGGAAAAGCAAUAUGAUAGAAGGACCAAUUGCAAAUUAACAUGCUAUUUUUCUCAUAAUCACAAACAGGCCUGGGGCCGACUUGAAAAGGCAGAGCAUGAGCGAGAGACUACCUUGAGGGCUGAACUCAUUCGUCAAGAAAAACUCGAACAGCUGGCAAAACGCUUUGACAGGAAGGCAGCAAUGAGGGAGGCCUGGGUGGCUGAGAAUCAACAUCUAAUUGCUCAGGUAAACUUCCUCUGAUUAAUUUGCUCUGUGGCAUGUUAAUCAAUCAAUGUUUUGCAUGCAUCACCAUUGCUUGUAAAGUGGUUUGUUCAAUAGCAGGGCAACAGUGGAAGCAGUUUCAGAAAAGUAUAGUUCCAAAACAACCAGCAUCUCAGUAAUGUUCCAAGAGCCCAGAGUUCCAAUGUUCCUUUCUAUUGAUGGUAGAGGGUAAAACAACAAAUUUGAUUGGCUAUCAAUCCUUCUAAAUUAAACCAAUAUGAAAAGGAACGGUUGAUGUGAGGGUGAUUAUACACUAUGAAUUGUGAAACAUAGGACCUUUUUCUACUCAUGUUCUAAAUCAACAUUCUUGUGACCUGAAGUAACCAAGAAAUGUUGGCUGUAAAAAGAAACACACUUGCUUUCUACGCACUAGUUAGAUAUCACAUACAGUUAUAUGGGAUAUAAUAUUUCUUCUUGUCUUCUACAGGAUAACUUUGGUUAUGAUUUGCCAUCGGUGGAAGCCGCCAAUAAAAAGCAUGAAGCAAUUGAGACAGACAUUUUGGCUUAUAAAGAGAGAGUCCAGGCUUUAGUAAAUGUGGCCAAAGAGCUGGAGAACGAGAGAUACCAUGAUAUAAAACGGAUUAAUGCCAGGAAAGAUAAUGUUGUUCGCCUCUGGCAAUACCUUCUAGAAAUGCUAAAUGCUCGGCAUCAGAGACUCAACAUGAAUUUGGAGCUACAGACCCAGUUCCAGGAAAUGUUGCACACCGUUAAUUGGAUGGAUGAAAUGAAAGUAAGGAAAUUCAAUAAUCAUGGCUUUAAGAUUACUCUGAGUAUAAAUAACUUGGGGCAUCAGUGGAAUUUUACACUGUGUAUUCUUUGACUUUGUGUCGUCUGUCACAAAGACAUAUAUUUACACUUGAAUACAUAAGGGAAACGUGGUGAUAAAAUAUAGUAAACUGUACAAUAGAAUGUUGACAGAUGAUGAGAAAUAGAAUACUAGAAAAAGAACCUAUGCUAUGACAUUAGUCUUAAGUCAGUUGCUAAGUUUUUUAAUGGUUGGACACAAACAGAGUUAUUUACUAAAGUGAGAAUUCAAAAUGAAUUUCAAAUGUAAGGCCGGACUAGCUGAAUUAAAAGCACAGCUGGCUUAGAGAAUUUAAAAAUUCACUUUGAAUUCUCACAACUAAUUUUCGACCAUUUACUUAUAGUUCUGAUAUCACCCAGUGACCCACCUUUCUUCAAGGGUUUGAAACUGGCAAAAUAUUUGAUAGUUUUAUGAAGGUGUAUAUCUGAAAUUCAGAAGUUAUACAGUUUGAUUCUUUCAACAGAUCACAGAUGGAUACUGUAGUUACAAUGGAGAGAAAAUAAACAUACAUUCUACACAGUGUUGAUAUUAUGGGCCUAUCAGUUAAUGUUAUAGCAGAUUUUCACUUUUCUAUUCAUAAAAUAUAUGGCUACAAAUCAUAUUUUCUCCUUUAUGCUAUAGGUUGGUCUAUUAUCUCAAGAUUUUGGGAAACACCUUGAUGAGGUUGAAUAUCUCCUUCAAAAGCAUGCUUUAACUGAAGCUGACAUAGGGGCUCAAGAAGACAAGGUGAAAUCUUUUAAGACGUCAGUGCUUAAGUUUGUUGGUGGAGAUGGUAAGUUGGUAACUGCCUUUCCUUUGACGUUUUUAACACAAUGCAAAAUAAAGAAAAUCAAGAAUGGCAUCAACACUAGGAUGACUAUUACAUAUAUUGCAGAUCACGAAUAUAAUAUCUACACAAUGUAACCAGUGGCAUUGCUUGGUACCAAUAAGACCAGAGGCUUCCCUCCUUGUCAUAGCACCUCUCAAAUAUAGAUUUAAGCAAUCUAGAAACUCCGCACUCUAUCAUGCCCAUUGUCUACAUACUCAGUACUUAUUAUACAAAGUACUUUUGGGAGAUCAAGGUGCCCGGAACACUCACCAUAGCACCACUCUGCAAGGCAACGUAGAAAGUGUAACUUGUUUGCAAUAAUUCCUUGCCCCUCUACAUAUUUCCCCACUUGACUACAAUUUCAAUGCAGUCCACAACAGCAGAAUGCUAGAACAAGAACUUCAAACGCAGCACCCUUUCCUGGCCAAUGGUCAAUUUGACCAUUUUUAUUUGUUUUGCAUAGGGCGAUACAAGAGAUAAAACAUACAUAUCCAGAGUCUUAAUGUCGUCAUACAACAUUCAUCAUUCCUUUUGCAUCACCAUCUUUUCUAGCUAUGAGUGUGUCCCACAGUACCUGGGUGUGCAAGGUCGCUUUAUUCAUGUAUAGCUAUCUGCCUGCCAUACCUUCAUAAGACCAAUUUAUCGAAAUUUGAUCACAUAUCUUUUUAUGAUGGAAAAUGUUUGGAUUUCCAGAGACAUGUAACCAAAAUGUUCGCUGCCAUUAAAACUUGGUAAAAGGGUUCAAAGGGGGCGGAGCCUGACCACCAGGCAGAGCAGACGUGGGUCACACAAGCUCCCGCCUGGCAGACAGAAAUUGGGGCAAAAUCGGUGGCUUUACAGCCCAAGGAACUACCAGGGUGCGCCAACCAGAUCGGGGGCACAACACUGAAUCAAGCGACACCUUUCUGGAGCCUGUCGGGACAGAACGCCACGUGCGGCCUACUGGGAUUUGAGCCGGGGAGAGGCGGCCGCUCCCCCCGACACCAUCACCCUCGAGCGACUUUGCUGGUCCCCUACCCCCCCCCCCUUUGGACCGGUGGGGGUUAUCCCGGUCCCCACUGGACACUCAGACCAGAACUGUUGACAAGCCGGCUACAUAAUCUGUGGGGGCAAUGGACUACCGAGGCACUCGCAAGAUGGCGGCUCAGCGCAAACCGCAGACAAAGAGCACAUUAACCCAGCCACCUAUGCAAUCUCUGGAGGCUUUCAAUCGGCUCUGCAGGAGAUUUUGGUCAGUGCUCUGCCAGCGUGGAAUGCCCUACUUCCUAGCAGUCAAAACAGUGGCCUCCUGGAUCCGCCCUGAGACCCGGCGACGCCAAUAUGUGCACUUAAUACACGAAUCCAGAGCGCUCAUCAGGCUGAGCAGACGACAAAGCGGGAAACGGCAACACGCCACUCAGACAGACUCUCCCGCUCACAUGGGAGCUGCUGCAUCAAGCAAGCCUCAUCUGCACGCCACCCACCCGACCCAAGACUCACAGAUCAGCACAGCCCCAUGCCACUGCACUGCUGAACAGGAGACCAUCAUGCCGAACACCGCUGGAGCAGGAACCGAGCCCAGAAGCUCCAUUGGAGGUGCCUGCUGCGACAGGCCAGGGGACAUUCCAGCACUGGGCAUAGGCUGAGACGCCCAUUACUCAGCCCCACAGCCGGCAAGCCGUAUUUCACAUCGCGUGCACACACCUUCCGGCUUCUGUCUAACCUGCAUGAACUGACACUUGUUUAAUGUACGACCCAGAGGGUUACAGCUCCCCUUCUCUAGCCUGGGUUAACCUCCCCUAAUAUUACAGCUUACUGCCCAGUCACCUCUCAAUACUAGGCACACUCCUAUAUUAUUAGCCACGCUAAUCUAGGUACACUACUUGACACUGGGCUCUCCCCCAUACACUAGCUCAAGGGAGACACUGCAUGAAGGCAAACUGGCAGACUCCAAGUUUCUGCUGCAGCUGAGUUACUGCAUCGCAGCAGCUCCCUUCAUUUCACUUUAACAAUACUCUCUGCACCAAUACUGACUCUCUGCACCAAUACUGACUACCAGUGGUUUUAUAAUCUGUUAGACGCUACAUUAGAUCUAGAUGACGCAUACACUUUAAAUAUCUAGAUGACACCGAGAUGCAACAUAAAUAUUAAUCUUCAGCUAUUGUUACUAAUCGACAAAGAAAUCCAUUAUGAUAGAUGUAGUUACCCAGCUUGUACUCAGCUUGUAUUGUUAACCUAAAAACAAAUUGUGCGUUUGAUCUGAAUGCUGUACAACAGUCAACUAAUAUGUGUUUUCAAAUUGUUUAAGUAUACUGUUAUGGCAUUGAUGACAUGCGAAAGUUAUUUCAUGCACAGCAAAAAUAAAGAAUUAUAAAAAAAAAAAAACUUGGUAAAAGAGCAUAAUGGAAGACCUGUGGAGGUCAGUUGGCAUUAUGAACAACAAAUUUAUUAACAGUGUAGGCUCUAUAUUACACCUCAAGAGGUUAACAGUUGUGUCACCAUGUUCCAAUAUGGCUUUGUAGCUGGGCAGGUCCACCAUGUGUGGAACAUCAUAUCAACCGCCGAAUGGCAACUCCAGCAUUUGUUGAACAACAGUGGGAAUAAAUGAGACAUCCACACUAGUACCAAGUACCAGAUAUACAUGAUUGCAACUCUAUUUGUGAUGCACAAGUAGAAGUCCCUUGUGUAUUUCAUAUGCGUUGGCCCAUUUUUCUUGUUCAAUAACCCGGCACAGGUCACUCUGGCCAUUUUCUGAAAUGUGUCCAAUAAUAAACUUCAUUUCUUGUAUACUCAACAUUUACUAGAGAUAAAGCCCCAGUCUCCAGUAGCCUUAAGCUGGGCCUCCAAUGAUGAUAUGGAGAAGGUGGAACUAUGCUUCUCUUCACACCAUACCAGUUGUAGUGGGCUGUGAUUAUUUCAGAGCAUCAACCAAUCACAGCUGCAAUCCCUGGUAUGAUGAUUUCUUUGCCAUGUCAUCAUUGAAGACCAAGCUGCAGGCUGCCGGGGACUGAGAAUAUCGACUUAGCAGUCAGUAAACCAUUUAGUAGUGGUGCAGGACCUGUUGCCGAUGAACGAUAGGCAUCAUAACCACUUCAAUAUGUUGAAACGGUCAUGGUUUCUGCAGUGUCUCAUUAUUGUUAGUGUAAAAUGGAUGUUAGAAUUAGUUGUAACACCCACUCAUAAAAAGAAAACCUUGUGUGUUAGUAUUACCCGGAAGAAAUAUAUUGUAAUGAUAAAAAUAAUGGAUAUUAGGAGAAUAAACUUCUACUGGUAUAAACGUCUCAUGGCAUUGUCUUUUGCAGGAUACCAGCCAUGUGACCCACAGGUGAUUAAAGACCGUGUUCGUCAUCUAGAACUGUGCUAUCAGGAACUUGUCACACUAGCAGCACAGAGAAAAGCUAAUCUACUGCAGUCUAGGUGCUCGUGGAAGUUCUUUGGAGACAUGGAUGAGGCAGAGAGAUGGAUUAAGGAAAAAGAACACAUUUAUGCUUCAAUGGAUUAUGGGAAAGACCUAACAAGCAUUGGCAUUCUUCAAAGAAAGCACAAAGCGUUUGAAGAUGAACUCAAAGGUCUUGAAACCAGUUUACAACAAACCAUUAAUGAUGGAGAAACAUUGAUUGACCAAAAACACAACGAAGCUGCCAAGAUUAAAGAAAGAAUUGAUAAAAUCAAAGAAGAGUGGUCUCAGCUUAAAGAAUUGGCUGCCUUUCGCUUAAAAGUACUAUGUGAUGCAGAACAUUUCUUCCAAUUUCAAGUUGAUGCUGAUGAUUUAGCCGCAAGGAUGCAAGACACCUACCGUAUCAUGCAAAGUGAAGACAUUGGUCAUGAUGAGUACUCAACUAAUGUUAUGGUGAAAAAGCAAAAAGAUCUUCUAGAUGAUAUUAUGUUGAACAGAAAAGUUCUGGAGGGUCUGAAACAGGUAGUGGAAAGCUUUCCGGAGGAAUUCAAAAUGUCACCAGAGAUAGAUAGCCGCUGUCAAAGGUUAGAGUCUCUCUAUUUUGAUAUGGCAUCACUGGCUGAUCUGCGUUCUCAGAAGCUUCAAGAUGCUCUCGAGUUUUACACGAUUAUUGGUAAAAUAGAUGCAUGUGAAAUGUGGAUGAAUGAGAAGGAGAAGUGGCUGGAAGAAAUGGAGAUUCCAAAUUCAGUAGAGGAUAUGGGAGUCAUUCAACACAGGUAAUACUCAUACUUACACUGCUUUUCUAUUUAAUUGACCUUCAUUAAAUGUGGUUGCUCCAUCCAUAUAGUGCAAACAUUAUAUUAUCUUAUAAUGAGAUAAUCCCUUGUACAGUGCCUCUCCAGUUUGUGGAUUGUGUCCAAAGGUACACUUCCUGCCCUGUGGUGUAGCACCGAAACACUGUUGAAAGUCGGCUCAGUACCAGGUAAGGUGAGCUGUAGCACCUUUCCUAAAAAAAAAAGCACAUAAAGGAAAGGCUAAAAAGAUAUAAUGGGAGAUACAAUCUGUAAAGCCAAAGUGAGGGAAAAUAUGGUGGAAGAUGUGGACUUUUUUGAGAUUUGACCUUAUGGGCUGGCUUAGCAUCACUUUUGAUGUGUUUCUGCAAUCACAAUAGUUUUCACAUUUUUACAUUUAUAUGUUUUCUUGUUUUGUUUUUUUUUUCUAGAUUUAACACACUUGACCAAGAAAUGAAUGCACUAGGUUCUCAAAUCCAGAAUGUAAACAUCGAUUCCAAUGCACUUAUUGAGAAUGGACAUCCUAACAGAAAGGAAAUAAAGCAGGUCCAGGACCACAUGAACACUCGGUAAUUCACUGGGGAAAUUAUUAUAAAAUAUUUUAUACUAGAAAAAACUCAUAUGGCAAACAAAUGGAAAAAAAAAAGAAACAGUGCUUUGUUUUUUUUAAAAUAAACUGUGAAUUGUGAAUAACUGACAAGGAAAAGUUUUCUGCCAAGAAGAAAUCAAAUCAAGCUUAAAAUUUGCUUUUCCAUAGUUGGUUCCUGGUAAUUCGCGUUUUACUGAAAAACCUUGAAACUCAAACAGGUGUGAGAGAAGCCCUUUGGCUGCUUGAACAUAAUGGGAGUUACCACCCACUUCAUCUGAAGUGUGAAAGGCUGCCCAUCCCUGUUCUUGAACAUGACAGGAGCAUACACAACCGUUUACAGCCACACCACAAUUCAUGUAUUUUCCCUUGAAGUUGUCUUAUGUAGUAACACAAUCAAUAUUGGUUUGCACAUGAAAAACAAAAAAUAAAACACGUAUAGAGUAGUACUACAAAGAUUUAUAAGUGCGGAUGUAUGUGCAGGUGUAAUGUAAAUUAUUGUUUUCAACACUCUACUUGUGUUUAAUUUUUUGUUUUUCAUUUGCCUACCAAUAUUAUUGUGUUAUUACUGGAUUCCCUAUGUACGUGAGUAAAGUGUAAUCCACUUUACACAAAAAAUGCACUUUUUAUACAUUUUGUUGUAUAAUGAUUAUCACAAUUUCACAGAACGAGUUUCACUUUAUGAUAAUUAUUAUAACACAAACCAUUAGAGCGAAUAAAUUCAUUAUUUAAGGUUUAAAGAUAGAGUGCACCUUUUUUUUGUUUGAUUUUAUGUAAGAUAAAGCUUACAGAACACGUCCUAAUUUUAGAUGGGGUCUAACAUUAGGACAUUCCUUUAUAGAAAGUGAUGUUUUAAUAGCAUUUAUAUAAAGGAGCUGGAAUCAAUCUCUGGAUACUGGGGCAAGGUAGCAAAAAUUUAUUGGGUUAUAGACAUAUAGGGUUUUCUGUUUGUAAAAAUGAAAUCAAGAAUGUAGGUUAACUUUUUAUUAAUGAACAUGAAAACUAAAGGGACAGGAUCGAUUUCAAUCUGUUUUUUUUGGCAUAAUGAACAUAAUUCAAUUGACUUUCUUAACCUGUGCUCAUAUUAGGUUCUAUUGAAUAUUUCUAGAUAGUGAACACACCAAUGUAUUUCUGGACCAUUAAAGCGCUAAUAAUAACAUUAAUCUAAACAAGCCAACUGAUGUUUUUCAGAUGGACAGUAAUUCAGGAGAUGGUAACACAAAGGAAAAGAGCCAUUGAUUCUGCCCUUGGUCUUCACAAUUAUGGCCUAGAGUGUGACGAGACCAAGAAUUGGAUACUUGAGAAGGUCAGGGUAGUGGAAUCCAUACAAGACCUUGGCAAUGACCUUGCAUCUGUGAUGUCCGUUCAGAGGAAGCUAUAUGGCAUUGAGAGAGAUCUAGCGGCCAUUGAGGCUAAACUAUUAAGUCUGCAAGAGGAGGCACAGAAAUUAGCAAACCAACACCCAGAUCAUGCCCAAGAAAUCUUGGACAGAUUGAUUGAGAUCAAUAAUGUCUGGCAAGAUUUACAGACGGCUUUGCAAAAUCAAGAAGAUUCAAUAGGGGAAAGCAGCAAACUGCAGAAAUUUUUGGUUGACUUGUAUGAUUUUGAAACAUGGCUCUAUAGAGCCCAGCAAGCAACUGCUUCUGAAGAUGCACCAACUUCAUUAACAGAAGCUGAAGAGCUUCAUAAUAAUCACAGUGCACUGAAAGAUGACAUUGAACACCAUGUUGCGGACUUCCAUGAUGUUGUUGACACUGGUAAUGCUGUAACAAGCGGCCAGACUGAUCCUCAAUACCAAGAAUUGAACCAACGCGUAAAGGACAUAGAAGUGGGUUGGAAUGAUCUCCACAAGAUGUGGGAAAACAGAGAGAACUUCCUCUCUCAGUGCCUCGAAUUCCAAAAGUUAUUGAAAGAUGUCAAGCAAUCAGAAGCUAUCUUAAACAAUCAGGUAUAAAACCAAAUACAAGGCAGUUACUUUUUCAUAUGUGCACCUCUACAUUUGAAAUUUUUUAAAACUUUUAAAAAAAAUUUUUCCCAAAAAUCAUACACUAAGACAAAAUUUGGUGUAAUAUUUGUUUCAACACUUGUGAAACCAGUUUUGAGAUGUAUUUAGUUCAUAUGUUUCUAUGGCCACAAGUUUUUAGAUAAGCUUUUCAAAUUAUUUAAUAUUUCGAAAACUCAUUUUAAAAUUUGAUAUUUUUAUAUAUUUUUGUGUAUAUUUAGAAUAUUUAGAAUAUUUUCUAAAAAUUAUUUUAAAAAUGUUUAUAAAAAAAUAUUAAAUCAUUUGGAAAGCAUAGUAAAAGAUAUUAAAUAGAAGCCACAGUUAGAAAAAACUAACAAACAGUAUAUCCUCAUGGCUUACAAUAAAUUGAAAUGCCAUCUAACUAGUAGAAGACAAGGUCUUAUUAUGCAUCGCAGGUUCAAAAGCAAUAUCUAUAUAAUAAAAAUGCUAUGCUGGGAGGCUACUUUAAAAUGUUGUAUGAUUUGCUAAACAACUCAAUGGAAUUUGGUUUAAUGAUUUUUUAUUUUUUUUUAAAUCAAUGUAUCCAACUUAGGUUCAUUCUUAGACAUAUGCUCUCCAAAAUAUCUCCUUCUGUCAUCUCGCCAUCAACAUUAACUUAUUCUACCAUAUAAAGUACUCAUUAUAAGUCCAUGCAUUGAGAACAGAUUUCCUAUAUAUUCUAUUAUUGUUUUUAUUAGAUGGCUAGGUGUUUAUAGAUACCUGCAGAUUGAAUGACAAUGUGUGUUCUGGUGUUUCGGAACAUUUAUAUCGCUGUUUAAACACUGUAUAAUAUAGUAUUUUAACCGUUUUCUUUUUAGGAAUAUGUCCUUACUCACACUGAUCUCCCCAACACAUUGCAAGCUUCUCAAAAUAUUUUCAAAAAACAAGAGGAUUUCAUAGCCACAAUGGAAAAUAACAGAGAGAAGAUUACAGGGCCAAUUGAGACUGCAAAAAAAUUGGCCGAAGCCAAAAAUAUUUAUGCUGACAAAGCUCUAGAAAAAGUUUCAUCACUUAAAGACAGGUAAAGCAUAAAAGCAAAAAAUAGAUACAACUUACAUUUUUAUGGGUUCCUCCAAAAAUUCAUGAAAGAUACUCAAUGUAAAAAGUGGAAUGUAUAUUAAUAAGGGUCUCUAAAUUUCAAAUCCUACACAACUAGCUUGUCAGGGUUCUUACCUGAGAUGGGAGUCUGUAGCGCAGAUAUGUUAGCUCACCCUUGCAGAUAGACACAGUCCAAGAUGACCAGAUAAGAAGCCACCUGGACUGUGAAUCUGUGCACAGGGGCUGUGCAGGAAAGGAGAUUCCAAUGCAGUACCGACAAGGACACAAACAGCAUGAUAGUCCAGGGUUAGCCAAAGUCAAAGGAUGCCAGAGAUCAGGAUUAACAAAGUCAGAAUCCAUGGUCAAUAUGGAGUUGAAGAUCAAGAGACUGGAACACAGGAACUAAACACACACAACAGGAUCAAAGACUUGAUAAAGUUCCCAGGCGAGGCUGUGUUUAUAUACCCUGCUGAUAACUGAUCAGAGUCAGGUGAAGCACAGCAAUAGAUGCAGUCCAGCCCCCAGUACUGCAGACAAGCCAGGAUGAACAGGACUAGAAUAAUUCCAAGGACUAGGAACUGCUGUGGCUCAAAGAUUGAUAGCAGGCCCAGGACUGCAAAGUACCAGGUUCAAUCCCCUGUUGAGCACUUCUGGGGCGAUCACUUCUGGGGCGUCUGGCCAUCUAGAUGUCACGGUGAGAACUGUGACAUAUACAGCAAGCCAGGAGGGUCCAUGGCAUACUCAUCAGGCUUGAAUUUCUAAUCAUCAGGCCCGAAUUUUUACUUGCUAAUGGCUAGUUAGAGAGUAAAAUGUUGAUCCCUACGUAAAUACUUUUAAAACUAAUUUAGGUAUUUUUACAAAUUACACUUUUCCCCCCGAUUAUAGAUUAAUUUGCUCUUCUUAAAAAAAGAAUUAAAAAACAUACUUUGUAAGGAAAAAAAUCAGGAUAAUAGAAAAUGUUGUUAUAAAUAAAAUAUGUAUAAUUUCCCUUUGCAUAAAUAAUUAUUCUGACAUGAAUCACACUCUACACUAAUAACAGUUUAGUGAAUAUGUGAUCAACUAGCAUUCAUAAAAGGUUGAGAUUGUUUGUGCUGAUUCUAUUCUGUAACGAUUACAUAAGGAUUCCAAUCAAAUGUAUUACGGUUAGAGUGAUGUAUGAGGUUAUUUAGAUUAUAGACUUAAUCCCAGAAGUGAUAAAAUAAAAGAUUAAUUUAUGUUUAGUCUCCUUGCAUUCCAUUAUCACCACUGCUGCCAUUCGUGCCUGCUAGGGUCAUAACCACUGAUAAUCUCAGCCGGAAGCUGGGUUUAAUAAACAUGUUUUAAAUGGUUUAUGACACGUAAUUUAACUGAAUGGCAUGUGAAAGUGAUAAAGUUACCAGUUAAGAGACACCUCGAAAAGAACUCAAAAACAUAAACGUUUUCAUGUAUUUCAGAUACGCUAUGAAUGCGAAAAAGGCAAAGGAAGUUAAUUCAUUACUGAGGGAUCAUUGCGACCUGCAGAAUUUCUUAGAAAACUGUGAUGAGGUAUUUUAAUUAUUUAUUACCUUGUGGUGGGAUUUACUGUACGGUCAGUUCUACUUUCUUCUUCAUCCUCAGGUUCUUACUUGUAGUUAUUAUAUUUGUAUUGUGCAUUUUAUAAUAAAUUCCUGUGUUAGCUAAUGGUUGAUCUAUCUUUUUGUGUUUGUGUAGACUAUUCGGUUUCUUUUAGAUCUCGUUAGAUACCAUGGAAUUUCUUUUUUUUCAUAUUUUGAAAAUCAAAAUAAUUAAUUUAAGAAAUGUAAGAUGAGUUGCGUGGUAGAAAUUAGUGCGUCUUCAUUGAAAUAAAUGUAUUAUAUAAAUUUAUAUUUUAGUUAACCCUAUGGAUCAACGAAAAAUUGCUGACAGCUCAGGAUACCUCAUACGACGGAGCCCGCAAUUUGCACAGCAAAUGGUUAAAACAUCAAGCUUUCAAGGCAGAACUCGAUUCCAACAAAGAGAGGCUCAAGAAGAUUGACCUGGUAAUUGUUAUCACUUUUCAAAUAUUUAUAUAAGUAUUUUUAACAUGUAUUUAUUUAUUUUUUAUUUAUUUGAAAUUCUUUCAUAGCACACAUUGUAUGGUCCAGACAGACAUUUUUAAGAAUAAAUAAAACCAUUAAGUGUGAAAUGGUGCUUUUGGGCAGCAGCACAAACCCUAAGAGUUGUGUUUCUUUUUUUUUUUUUUAAUUCUUUAUUUAUGAAAUGAUCAGACACCACAACAGUAUAUGCAACAUGAUGCAAUAAAGAACAACAUCGCAAUCACCAAAACAAUACGCAUUACUUGUAAAAAACAAACAAUAUUGCAAAGUCUGACUACCAAUCACAAACAGCAUAUCUAACAUAUGAAUGUCGUCUUUACGAGUUUGAUUACUGCGGUAUCCCACCCAUUUUAUUUUAAGUAAGACAAUAAAUUCCCAUCUGAUAGUGAAAUACACAAUGAUAUUUCACGCUAUCCAUCCAUAGCUACCCCUAGAAUGCAGUAAGAAUUUGGCUAGGUCAAUGAACUAAAACUCAGUGUACAGGGAUGACAUUUAUGCGAAGAUAUUUUAAUAAUAGCCUACCAAUAAACACCCCUCGACCCGCCCCUCCAAAUAUAGCUUCAGUGAGCCAUAUGGUAACUGGGCAGUAACCAGAUAGAUGGGAAAAAACAAUAAAAAGAUAAAUAAAGAAAAGAAAAGGUUAACCGAAAGAGGAGUACCAAAAGGAUAGAAGAGAAAGAAGGAGAGAGAGUAGGAUUGGGAGUAGGAUUGGGAGGGGGUAUUAUAGUGAUUUUCCCAGAAUGGUAAUGAUGCCGAUAUGAUCAGAUAGCUGGAUAGCCACGAGCCGGGAUGUUUUUAGCAAGUACCGCCAUGCCAGUGCGAAAAACUAUAAACCGUGAACAUCUCGUGGGAUCCUGAGGGUCCCGCUUCGGAAGGGGGAGUAAAAGUGUGCUAUGCAUCCUGUCAUCAAUAGAGGUGUUUCGGGGUACGCAGGGAACGAGCCCGUCCCCCACUCCCCUAAUCACCCACCCCACUAGCCACCCACGGGCUCCAAAUCUUUUCCAUUUUCUUCUUAGUGCCCCGGACCCUAGCUGUUAACUCGUCCAUUAUGUAUGUAUCCUUAAUCUUUUGUAUCACCACCUCCAUAGGGGGGGUCUCUCCCUGUAGCCACACUUGGGCCAUGGCCCUUCUGGCAGCCAGAGUCACCUUAUGUAGUAAAUUUUGUUCCGAUCUGGACCAGUUCUCCAGCGAUCUGGCCAGGAGGAAAACCCAGGGGUCUGGUUUGAUCACCCUAUCAAAGAUAUUUCCCAGUAAAUCCGCGACCCGUUUCCAGAAUUUUUGUGCCUCUGGACAGACCCACCACAUAUGUAAAUACGUCCCUUUCUGGCCACAUCCUCUCCAGCAUAAAUCUGUAUUAAUUUUAUUCAUCCGGUAAAGCUUCGCCGGGGUAGCGUACCACCGGAACAUAGUCUUAUAGGCUUGUUCUUGAAAUGUGACACAAAUAGACGAGGUCGCCGCUGCCUCCCAGAUCUCUUGCCACUCAACACCCUCCAGUUCCUCAUUCAGAUCCAUUUCCCAUUGAGACGUAUAAUGAAGCUCCCCCCAUUCAGAUGUGGUCGUACUGAGGUGCGCGUAUAAGUUAGUGAUGAGGCCUUUCGGAAAUUGUUCUUGAAUGCACAUUCUUUCAAAAAACGUGAGUGGAGUCAAGGCGCUAGUUUUAAUCUGUGGGUUAUGGGCGAAGUCCCUUAACUGGAGGUAUCGAAAAAAAUCGGAGGGACGUAGAGUAGCUCUGGACUUCAAAUCAUCGAAGGAUAUAAAAGCACCCCCCUCAUAAAGAUGACAUAGUCGUUGUACCCCUGUGCUCUCUAUGCCCUUAAAGUUUCUGGCUUCCAAUCCCGGAGGGAACGCUCGAUUCCUCAGAUAAGGGGCCAAUGGGGACAGAUGGGGGGAUAAACCAUAUUUGGUCGAUGUUGCGUCCCAGAUUUUCAAAGAGUUAGCGAUAGCUGGGCAAUCGACGCGUAUCAAUGGUCUGUGGUCCCUAGGGACCCACAUAAAGAAUUGAGGGACGUCGGAACCCAGAAGGGUGGCCUCCAGGUCGACCCACCGCCUCUCUUCCGGGGGAGCAUGCCAUAGUGCUAUUUGAGUUAAUUGGGACGCUAAAUAAUAGAAAUAGAGGUUUGGUAGACCUAAGCCCCCCCUCGCUUUUGACCUGUAAAGAACGUUACGCGAAACUCUAUGUUUCCUGUUCUGCCAAAUAAAUUUCCCAAUGGCCUGCUGGAGCGUCCCUAGAUCUGACUUGGACAGCCGGACCGGGAGAGCUUGAAAUAGAAUCCUAGGGAGAAUAUUCAUUUUCACAGAGUGAAUCCUACCAAUCCAGGAGAUCGGCUUAUCUAUCCAUUUCUCCAUGUCUCCUAUCAAGGUGCGGAUCAUAGGAACAUAAUUUUGCUGAAAUAAUUGGGUAGGGUCCGCUGUCAGCCGAACCCCCAAAUACUUUAUAUGAUCGUUUGCUAUAUGUAUCCUAUAGGUGUCUCCGAUGUGGGCGAUAUCCGUGUCGCUCAUGCUUAUGGGAAGUGCGCUUGACUUAGUUAAGUUCACCCUAUAUCCGGCCAAUUCGCUAUAGGCCUCCAACACUGUCGCCAAUGCCUCCAUAGAAUUUAUCGGAUCCGUCAGGGUUAGCAAGACAUCGUCAGCAAAGCCAGACACCACAUAUCGCUGCUCCCGAAUCACGAUCCCCUUGAUGUCGGAGCUAUUUCUAAUUGUUUGUAGGAGGGGUUCCAAAGAGAGAGCGAACAAUAGAGGUGACAGCGGGCAGCCCUGCCUAGUCCCAUUCCCCAAAUUGAAAGGUUCCAUCUUCGCGCCCGAAAUCCGGACUCGAGCCCGAACGUCAGUGUACAUUGCUUGUAUCGUAGUUAUAAAGGGUUCAGGGAUACCAAACUGUCGGAGAGUCUCGAAAAGAUAAGGCCACUUUACCCUAUCGAAAGCUUUCUCCGCGUCGAGUGACAAUAUCAACGUCGGGAUCCCCCUAGUUGCCUGCCGCCAGAUAAGAUCAAUGUUGCGUCUAGUAUUUUCAAAUAGCUGCCUGCCAGGCACAAAGCCCACUUGGUCAGGGUGUAACUAUCGUGUUAACAAGGGGUUCAGCCUGUGUGCCAAUAUUUUGGCAAGGAUUUUGGAGUCAUGGUUUAUCAAAGAAAUCGGGCGAAAGUUUUCGGGGACAGAAUCAUCCUUGCCGGGUUUCGGUAACAGCACAAUAUCCGCUAUUGACAUAUCCCUAUCUGGCGUUCCUCCCUCCAUUAGGUCGUUAAACCACUUUUCCAUGUGGGGUAUAAGUUCCUCUCGAAAUAUCUUAUAAUAGCUGCCGUCGAAGCCAUCCGGGCCCGGAGCUUUGUUACCCUUUAAAGCGGAUAUUGCAGCAUCGAUCUCUUCGACCGUAAUCCUUUCUCCAAGGGCAGCUGAGUCUUCUCCCCGCAACAUAGGUAGCUUCAAUUGAGAUAAAAAUGCCUGCGUAUUGUCCGUGUCACUCCUCUGGGUGCUUGUAGCCCCGCUGGAAUGAUUAUAUAAUUUGGUAUAGUAAUCUGUAAAAACCUUAGCAAUAGCGGAAGGGUCUGUGCAAUACUUACCUGUAGCGUCUUUGAUUCUUGUAAUAUGGGAGUGACUCUGUCUCGGGCGAAGAGAUCUGGCCAACAAGGUAUCCAUUUUGUUGGAUUUUUCAUAGUAAGUCCUCUUGGACCAGACUAAAGCUCUAGCAGUCUCGUUGAGGAGCGUUUCGCGGACCGAAGCCCGCAAUUUCCUUACUUCCUGCAAUGUGGUAGGCGACGAGGCCGCCUUGUGUUUUUCUUCCGCUUUCCCCAGGGCUUCCAGGAGAGAUGUUAGUAAUUGUGUCUUACGUUUCUUCUUAAGCGUGGCUUCGCGGAUCAAUAUACCCCGGAUAACCGUCUUGUGUGCGGCCCACACCGUGGCAGGCCGGGGACCAGAGUCCGCAUUCCUUGUGAAGUACUCAGUCAGUUCCUUACGCGUGAUCUCCACCACGGCUGGAUCCUGAAGCAGAGAGGUGUUUAGUCUCCAGGUCCACGGAGAUGCCAUACUUAAUUUAUCCAGAGUCAUCGUGAUGUCAGCAUGGUCCGACCAAGUGAUCGAACCUACUGAAGUUUUCGACACCUUUGGGACCGUGUGGGGAUUCACCAGAAAUAAGUCUAUCCUCGAAUACGUAUCGUGAGGUGCUGAAUAAAAAGUGUAAUCACGGUCGUCUGGAUGAUGAGCUCUCCAGAUAUCGACCAGGCCUGUACGAUGCAUAAAAGUGCGUAGUAUUUUAUCUUGACUACCUCUCCCGUGGGACCGCGGCAACCCGUCGCCAGGACCCCUGUCAACCGCAGGACACGGGGUGGCGUUCAGGUCCCCCCCCACCACCGUCAUUCCGUGUGGCAGAGUGUUCACCAUCUGCGUUAUUCCGUCCCAAAAAGCAACAGAGGGGUCGUUUGGGGCAUAGACAUUGAGGAAAUGCACUGCAUGAGAGUGCAAUCUCCCCGAAACCAGCACGAAACGGCCACUCGGGUCGGCUACCACGUUUUCCACCCUCAGCGGGCAUCUAUGGUGUAUAACGAUAGCAACUCCAUUCCGUUUAUUUAAAGCCCUAGCUUCAUGGACUGUCCUGAAAGUGUGAUCCUUCAGGGCGAAUUUAGCCGAUGCGGAUAGGUGCGUCUCCUGCAAGAAGGCAAUAUCUGGGCUCAUGCGUUUGAGAUCCCUGAACAUGAGGCGGCGUUUACUCGGAGCGUUCAGGCCCUUAACAUUCAAUGAUAAUACUUUUAAAGGUAUAGUUUCCAAAAGGAGGGCAAGCCAAUGCCUCCUAGCAGCCCACUACUGGGCCAGUAAGGAGAUUGCACCACAUAUCUCAUCUCGGUACCAUGGGAGCCCGGCUCCGGACCAUCCAGACAGAGUUCAGCGGCAUAACUGACCUCUUCUGUUCCCCCUCCCAAGGGAGAUAGUAAAGAUUUAGAACUGGACAACAAACAAGAAAUAGAAAAAAAGAAUAAGUUUAAAACAAAGAAGGACACACAGAACCUGUGUAUCUGGUGCCUGGUCUUACCUAUAGCCAGGCUUAAUUGGGGCACAUGUUCCAGCCCCUCCGGAAUCCCAAAAAGUCUCCAGAGAAGCGGGAGCAUACACCAACAGAGAAAAGCACCCAUAGGGUGCCCACACAGACUAAUUAUGAGACACAAUGAAAUACAAUAAGAUGUCAGAUAGCUGCAUUACCUACAUAUACACAACCAAAAAAUCCCCUCCCCCUAGGCAGAGAUCCAAACAACUUCCCCCCCCCGCGAGGAAAACCCCCCCAAAAAGAGAGGCGGGGGCAAAACAAUAUGGCAUAAUCUGCGCAGUUAAAGAAUGAGCCCAAAAUCAAAAUCACCCGCUCCCCCCAAGAACACACGCCCCACUGUUCCCUUAACCCACAAUAAAUAACAUAAAAUGUGCCCGGGAGGCAGAAAGAGCCCGAGAGUAUGGAAAAUAUACAUAAAAGAACGCCUUAGCAUAAACAUAGCCCCGUGACCCCAAGACCUCCCCCCCAUAGCUGAACCCACAGGCUCCCGCCGAAUCCCAUCCCCUGUGCGUAAUAUCAAAUGUAAAUACAGUGUGGUACAUAAGCUAAUUGUAAAAGCAGGGUCAACCCUAUCAACCACCCGCCCUACAUAAUAAACACACAUCCCGCCACCCUCCGCCACCCCAAAACUAUACAGGGAAAAAAGGUAUAACAGAAGACAAGGUUAAGCAAACAUUUCAAGUCAAAAUACGUCCCCCAACCACAAUUCGGGCCGGAGCGGGCGUCCCGAAUAACCGUGAGGGCCCUGCAAUGUUAGGACGGGUGUUGCCCGAAGAGAGGUACAAUCCCUGAGCCCGGUCAACCUCAUUAGACGAUUGCAGAGGGGGAAAAAAAUGAAGAACACAGGAUGGGAACAUUUAGGAACGAAGGGAAGAAAUCCCUAACCCGCCCCAUUCAGGAAGCAACCCAACCCAUGAACUGGCAACCAAACCCAAGCAAUCCCCAACAAGGGAGCCAAGCCAGCAAUAAAUAAAAAUAAAAAAUAAAAUUAAAGAUAAAAAAAAAAGGGGGGGGGACAAGGGGACCCAUCUCAACCCACCCAAACAACACAGGCCCUCCCGUAGCACAGCACCAACCGGAGCCGUAGAGAUCCGACCUGCGAGACCGGGAGCAGAAUUCCUCUCCUCACUCACCCGCCUCGGACCAGACACGUGGAAGGGAUCCCAGCACCUCCGCCGUCGCCAUCGGAACCACGAAACCUUCAGGGGCCUGAAUCCCCAGCUCUCGCAGGAACGCCGCUGGAUCACCGUCGGGAAACAAGAUCUUAGUGCGGCCGUCUUGAAAGGCCAUCAGACGGAAAGGGUGACCCCAGGCAUAUUUGAUCGAAUGGUGUUGUAAUACCUCGGUCAUGGGGCGCCACUCUCGCCUUUUCUGUAGUGUGGCCGGGGUCAGAUCCUGGUAGAGGGCCAGCUCCACUCCUUUAUAGGUGAUAGGGCUAUUUCUGCCCCGUUUCAUCAGGGCCUCCUUAGUUUGAAAGCAGAGGAAUUUAAUAAUUACAUCUCUCGGCCGCCGAUCAUCUGACUGCUUAGCCCGGAGAGCCCGAUGCGCCCGCUCAAUAUGCCAAAGCUGGUCCGGCAUGUCGGGGAGAAGCGGCCUAAGGAUGCCCGAAACGACCUCAAUCAGAGACCCUUCCCCCUCCUGCUCAGGCAAGCCCCGAAGACGAAUAUUGUUUCGGCGCGAUCUAUUUCCGAGGUCUUCAAUUGCCAGUUCAGCAGAGAUCAGUCGGGUCGUCAGAGUGUUAAUCUGUGCGGCAGCAGCGUUGUGGGCCACAACCGUGGACUCCACCCGCUGUUCCAAUGCAGCCGUCCUCGCCCCUACAGCCUGAAUCUCCGCUUUCACCUCGUCCGAGCUCCUGACUAUUUCAGUAGCGAGGUAGGAGCGGACCUCCGCUAAUUUGGCCAGUAUCUGGCCUGUAUCUGUUUCACGAGUACCUGUAGCCGCACUACUGCCUGGGCUUAAUGGCGAGCGCGGCGUUCCCUGACCUUCCCGUCCGCCAUCUUGGGUGCUGAGACGCACAGCGCGGGAGGCCGCGAACAGCUCCGAGACGGUGGCACCCGAUUCCAUCGCUUUUUUCCCCUGUUUCCUCGGGGCCCUCUUAUCCAUCAUGGGUCUCCUGCCUCUGCAGGUAUUUUUUGCAAUUAUAUCUCGGCUGUAGUUAGCAGUUGGCACCGUGGCUGCAGCAGAGCUUUACAUGGACACGUCCAUCUUGCUCGCCUGCAAACCACGCCCCCAAGAGUUGUGUUUCUCUGUAGCAAAACAUAAGACCAAGUAGAAAAGAGUUGUUACCAAUUUUAAUACGUUUCAUUAUAAAAUUGAAUAACUUAUUAAACAUUGGUGAUAUAUAUUACAUACUUUGAUAAAAUAAGUGCAUUUCUUUUUCACUUGUUUUUUAAGACACUAAAUGCUGAAUUUUUCAAAAGGGAAAUUGGCCACACUUCAAUUAAGUAAUAUGUAAAAGUUAAAUCCCAUCAUUAGUUCCUGUAAAACAUUUUUACCUCAGUAUAUCUGAAGUACGUCUUCAUCAAUAGAUUUGACGUUUUCAGCCAGAUUGACAAGUUAUUGCUAACGCUGACUGGCAUUCUAAUUUUAGAAGUAGCAUGUCAAAUACGAGAAUGGCAAGCCGAGGUCAAGGUAUACAGAGAGACAACAGGAUUAUAAGACAAGCCAAAGGUCAAAGAGCACAAACAUCUGGAUAGUCAAAAAAUCAGGUCACGGUCAAAUUCCAGAUUAAGUAAACACUGUAAGAAUGCACUCUCUGGCUACCAGAAACCAGGACAGGGCACAGGUCCUCAUUUGAGUGAGUUUAUAUUGUUAUGGGCAUAUGCAUAUAUUACAAGUUUUUGGAACGAAACGUUGUAUUUCUUAAACGUUGUCUUUAGGAGAUUUUGCGAACUGACAAUUUAUUAUAAAUAAAAAAUAUUGUUUGUCAUACAAUGUUUCUUUAAUAAAUGACCGCUUACCCAUAUUCAGUGAACAUGGUGAUUAGUCUUUAGAAUGCCAUUUUGUCCUAGGUUAGUGGACAGAGAAUUUCCCAUGUCAGGAAAUUUCCCAUGUCCCAUGCCUACCUCAAGUUUUACUCCACACAUAGAUACGAUGUCAAGGUCAUGACAAUAGACCUUGACAAGCUGUUCCCAUGUGAAAUGACCAAGUCAAAGUCUUGUGUCUUUGCCAAGUUAAGGUAGGUCCUAAUAUGAGCUAAUUGAAAAUCUAAGGUAUAAAUAUGUGUACUUAUUAAUAUUAGAACAAAGAGGAGAGGAUUUUGGAAUCUGAUCAAUUUUAUCAUGACUGAGAGGUUGACUUGUUCAAGAGGAUAUGUUAUUCUAUUGAUAUUGCAAGCAUAUACUUUAUUCUUAUAAACUCUACUAUAAAUUAUUGUAAUGGAUUAUUACAUUUUUAUAUGUCUAUAUUAAUAGUUUUAUUGAAUAAAAUAUUUUAAAAGACAAAACUUUAUUGCUUCCAAGACAAUCCCUAUUUUUACUGUAUUUUCAAUUAUUUAUAUAUUUUAAAUAGAGGAACUAUUUCUAACUAUAUAAUAUAGUUAAGAUACGGUUGGUCCUGCUAAAAGUCAAUAUAGCUCUAGAGUCUGACAGUUGCUUGAUUGGUUUGCGAUGUCGAAGUGACACCUGCGUAAUUUUUGGUUACACAUUUAGUGUGAACAUUGCUCUCCACCUCGUUAUCAAUGCAGGGCUGAUGCGAGGUUGGGAUUUUGGUUAGUCCUUUUUCUUCUCACUGAUAUGGACACAAGCAUGAUGAAAGACUGGGAGUUUGUUCACUUCUUUAAAGAAUUGCAAACCAUAUAAAAAAAGAUUUACUUCUGACUUUUUUCCCCUGCUCUAAGGAAGGAGAACAGCUGGCUAAAGAGAAGGACCAAUUUGUACCAAUAAUUUCAGAAAAACUUAGUCAUCUGCAUAAGCUGUGGGACGAGCUGGAAACAACAACCUUAAAGAAAGAACAGGUCCUUUUUGAUGCAAACCGGUCUGAAUUGUAUGAACAACGAUACGCAGAUAUCACGAAGUGGAUAAAAGAGAUGGAGCAGCAUGUGGCAUCCGAUGAUUUUGGGAAUGACUUGACAAGUGUAAAUAUUCUUCUAAAUAAGCACAAGGUAAGAGUGAAACUUUUGCAGGGAUGAGUUUACCUAGAGCAUUUAUCAGCAGAUAUGAUCAUUAUUGAAUGUGAUAUUCAUUUCUAGAUUUGUGCACAAUGGGAAUUAUUGGGUUGUCCAAAUUAAUUUGAACAAAAACUGUUUUUGUUAGUUCAAACGGAAUGCCAUCCAGUUGCUAACAUAAUAAACUGGGGCUCCUCCGUGCCUGCAAUGUGAGGAUAGUAAAAAGGCUAAUAAAGCAGGAACAUAGUGGCCAGUGGGUAGGGGCUAUUAAAUAAAAUGAACAGAGGAACCUAGUGUGUGUCCCCAGCCUUCACUCAUGAGUGGCAGUUGGUGGUAAAUACAAUAAUGGGGGCACUUAUUUCCCCUUCAGAUCCCAGCAUUGUCCCUCCCAGCCUUCAACCAUUGGCACCGAACGUAGGCUAAUAAUAAAAUAUACCAGGUGUGAUGGACAUACUAUUUUCCACAGCCCAUAAAAUGGGAAAAUUCACAGGCAUAACUCAAGAAAAGUGAGAUUUGCCUAUUAGAGCACUCUUACAAGCCAACCAACAAGAGCGCUCUGACUGAUUUUGCAUAGUGUGGAAAAGUGUUCCCACAAUGCAAGCUUAGUCUGCAUGCAGUCGAUGUUCAAACAUGGAUUUCAUUUUUAUGCGUCAUGUUUUUUUCCCCCGGCUUCUUUUUUUUUGUGUGCAAUCUUAUCCUUUUUCUACAUUUUAAUAGUUGCAAUAGGAUUUAUGUUGUUUUAAAAAAAAAAUUGGGGAGCUUGAGAAAAGACAUUUAAGAAGAUAGAAGACAUCUAAUGGUAAAUAUACAUAAAAUUUUUUUAACAGAAAUUUCGUUUAUUGGGCCCCCCUUUCUUUUAUUAGGGUGAGGUGGAGAUCAGUGGGGAGUUGGGGAAACCAAGCAGGCCAGGAGGUAGCCACAAUUUUUGGGGGGCAGCUACAGUAGUAUGUUCACUCCCUUCAUAUAUUUUAUCAUUAGCCUCCACCUGCUGCCAGUGUGGUGGGACUGGGGAGGACAAUUGGUCCCCCCAGUUAUUAUAUUUAGAGCCACCACCACUACUGCCUUAGUGCUUCUCGUUGCUUCUAUUUUUAAAUAAUCUAAUUAUAAGAAGUGAGCCAGUUGCUAAUUAAAUGAACAAAUGAACAGACAAAUUGCAUGAACAAAAUGUCGUCCAACAAGCAAUUCAUUCUGUGUUCAAUUCAUGGCUUUCUCAAUUUCGAAAGAAUGGCCAAAUUGCACGAAAUUCUGAAGAAAAUGUAUUCGUUCAAAAAUGAAUGCACAAGUCUACUAAUUUCUCUGUACUUAUUUUGCCAUUGUGUAUGCAUUUUGUUAAUAUACUGCUUCAAGCAAUAUGUUAUUAUUCUGCCGUUGUCAUUUCCAUUUCAUUCAUUCUGUUUUUGCUUGAAAUUCAGAGAAUUGAAGAUCAGAUAGAACAAAAGACUAAAGAAAUAGAGGAAAUUAUUCCGCUGGAGCCAGACGCUGGCACAAAACUUGAUGAUAAAGAGCAAAAUAUUAGAAAAAGAUUUCUGCAGCUUCAGGAGCCCAUUCAAGAGAGAAAGAGAAAACUUAAUUCUUCAAAACAUGUACAUCAGCUCCACCGCGACUUGGAAGAUGAAGUUGUGAGUUUUACGAUCUGUGUCUAUCUAUCACGUGGGUAGAAUUUUGUAAUAUGUUUAUUUCCAUCUCCAUGCAUACACAGGCCAUGCCUCCCCAUCUUCACCACUGAAACAACUUCACAUUUGUGACAAGGAUACUGGUAUGAGGGUAUAGAGUUGCUCUAACCCCAAACAAAAUACCCAGACCACUUCAGCUCAAUGAAGUAGUCUGGGUGCCAGGUCCAUCUAGGGUUAACCCUGCAGCUGUAAACAUAGCAGAACAGAGAAGCUGCUAUGUUUAUAUUAGGGUUAAUCUAGCCUCUAGUGGCUGUCUCAUUGACAGGCGCUAGAGGCGCUUCCGCGCUUCUCACUGUGAUUUUCACAGUGAGAAGACGCCAGCGUCCAUAGGAAAGCAUUGAGAAUGCUUUCCUAUGAGACUGGCUGAAUGCGCACGCGGCUCUUGCCACGCAUGCGCAUACAGCCGAUGACAUCGGAAGGAGGAGGAGAGUCCCCAGCACCAAGGUGAGUUUUUAACCCCUUCCUCACCCUAGAGCCCGGCCGGAGGGGGGCCCAGAGGGUGAGGGGGACCCAAGGACCCCAUAGAGCCAGGAAAACGAGUAUGUUUUCCUGGCACAAUAGUGGUCCUUUAAAAAUGUAUUUUUAAGUUAAUACUCCCCCUAAUUCAAAAAUACUAAAUGUGACACGUGCAAUUGUUUGGGCGCCCAAUAUUAGGUGGAAAUUGGAAAUCACGGCCCUCAACUACCUAACUGUUUUUCUAUUGAUUCUUUAGAAAUGUAUCCCUGUUUUUCCUUACAGAAUGCUUUCUAGUUUGGAAAUAGAUAUAUCUAUGUUCUUGUUUUAUUUCAGCUCUGGGUUCAAGAGAAGUUACCACUUGCGGAGUCACAACAAUAUGGAAAUAAUCUUCAGACAGUUCAGAUGCUCAUGAAAAAGAACCAGGUAGCUUCCUGUUUUUUCUUCAUAAAUUAUGUUGUUUUUUAAAAAGUUUAUGUUCUUACUUUUUUUAAAGUUUAACAAAUAUGUCUGCAUCCACUUGGUCGCAACAUAAGUAGGCUGUGAAGGGUCAUAUCAGAGAUCAUGUAUGAAGUAUGAGAAAUAAAAGAUUUACUUGGCACAAGCCAUCAUCGUUUCAAUCCUUCCCACAUACCAGCUGUCAUACAAUUUAUAUUAGUCUAUUAUACUUACAUGAGUUCUUUCUAAAAUAAUUGAGUUUGUGACAGUUUAGAAAAACUGGGGGGGGGAAAUAGUUUGAUAGGAUCAUCUUAAUCGCUUUGGACAGUGGUUUAUGGGAUAUGAACAGAUUCCACAGGCCCGAAUAAGAAAUUACUGAUUUGAAGUCUCUCCCAUGAGAUGGAGGAGUUUGUCUGUAGCUGUCACCAGUCUAAUGACUAGGCAGCAGUAGACAUGCCCCCACCUACUGUGCUGCCAAAGGUUUUAAGCUAUUUGCCCGAUGAAUGCUAAUGCUGCCAGCGGUCAAGUUGUUUGGAUUUUUUAAAAUUCAGAUUUGGAGUUGAAUUCUCCAAGCCUGGAUUUGCUGCAUUCAGCCCACAUUUCAACCAUCCAGCAAAGAUCAGCCUGGCUUGAUCAUUUUCAACAACAAUGUCUAGAUAUUGCAGUCCGAAUAAGUCCAAAUUUAGUAAAUAAACCUAUAUGUUUGUAUUUUGGUAUUAUUGCAAUAAUGAGAUGUCAGAAAUCGGCUUGUUCAGUGAUUGAUGUUAAGUGCAAUUUAGAAUGAAAAUGUAUUUAAUUUAUUUUAUGUUUGAAGUGAAUUUGCAAUAAUAUAUUUCAAUUUAAACUUUUAGACUCUGCAAAAGGAAAUAGCCGGCCAUGGUCCCAGGAUAGACGAUGUUAUUAAAAGGGCAGAGAAUACGGAAGGUGAACCAGACAUUGAUCCUCAGCCAAUUGAAAAGAAACGAAGGUCACUGCAAGAGUUAUGGGAACGCAUACAAACUGCAGCUGCAGAUAGGCAGAGAGCCCUAAACCUGACAUUGGAAGCUCAGCAUUACUACAUGGACGCAGCAGAGGCAGAAGCCUGGAUUGAUGAACAGCAACUUUAUUUGAUCGAAGAUGAAAAAACAACAGUAAUAAGUUCAUUAGAUCAUAUUUUUAAUCUUAACGCAGCACUGGGGACUUUGCAGAAUUUGCAAAGUCUCCCGACUGUGACAUUCCUGCUCAGGGUCUGGUGGGCGGGGGGGAGGGAGGGCUGUGGCAGGUAAAGGUGAGAUCUACUUACCUGAACUUGUCCCUCGCAGGUGCGGCCAUCUUCCUCUGGUCCUUUUCAGCUCCUGUGCUUCGGCACAAGUCUUGGUUCACUAUAUAGAAAAGGGUUUUAUGAUAGGUCACGCCAAAAAAAAAAAAUCUAGCACAUAGGUGCAGUAACCCAUAUAAAUGUACAUACAUAUAAUGGAUACAAGUUUCUGUGUAAUCAGUAAUGUUAAGCUUGGAAAAAAAAACAUCAAAAUAAUAGUGUAAUAAGUAAUGACAAAUGGAAGUUUAGUAGAUUUGACAAAAACACACUCACGCAUUGUGUAGCUAUUAAAAGCUCUAAUGAUGACAGCACAGACGGUAUAAUCCCCGUCUCAGAAUAUAGAACAGCCAGGGAUAGCAGAUAUAUUUAAUCUUAUCAGCUGUAUGUAAAAUGCAUAACAGUAUACUACUGACUAAUUCCAGAGCAUGGACCUGUCUGGUUAUGAAGAGUUAUUGUGGUUUGAUCCCCACUACUGAUGCAGUAGAGGCUUAUCCUCUGACAAAGCUCGUUUUAUCUCCACACUUGAGGGAUUUUUUCCUGGCUUCCUGCUUCCAUUGUGUCUGUGGUGUGGAUCAAACCACCUGUUCUCUUUAUAACCAGAGCAGGUCGAUGCUCUGGAAUUUGUAAGUAGGAUACUGUUCUGCAUUUUACAUGCAGCUGAUACGAUUACAUACUGUGCAAUUGGGUUCUCUUUUUUUCUUCAUUUGCAUAUUUUGUUGAGUUGCUACAUGGAAAUUAUCUGCUAUCCCUGGCUGUUAUAUAUCCUGAGACGGGGAUUGUACCGUCUGUUCUGUCAUCAUAAGAGCCUUUAAUAGCUCCACAAGGUGUGAGUGUGUUUUUUUUGGCAUAUCUGCUAAACUUCUAUUUGUCAAUACUUAUGACACUAUUAUUUUUUUUUAUUUUAAACUUAAAGGGACACUAUAGUCACCCUGACCACUUCAUCUCAAUGAAGUGGUCUGGGUGCCAGGUCCCUCUAGGGUUAACCCUGUCUGCUGUAAAAAUAGCAGUAUCAGAGAAACUGCCAUGUUUACAUUUGGGGUUAAGCCAGCCACUAGAGGCGCAUCUGCAACGCUGGAGGCAUUUAAUGCCUCCAUCACGCAGAGCGUCCAUAGAAAGCAUUGAAAAAUGCUUUCCUAUGGACACUUUGAAUGUGCGCGUGGCACUGCCGCGCAUGCGCAUUCCGCUCCAUUGACGUCAGACGGGAACUGACGUCGGCUGGGGAGGAGAGGUAAGCGAGCCCAGCGGUGGAAGAAGGUGAGUAACUGAGGGGGUUUUAACCGUCAGGGUACCAUAUUGUCAGGAAAACCGAUUUGUUUUCCUGACACUAUAGUGAUCCCUUAACAUUACUGUAUACACAGAAAUGUCCAUCAAUUAUAUGUAUGUACAUUUAGUUGUGUUAUUGUACCAAGGUGUUCGUUUUCUUUUUUUGGCGCGUUCUAUCACAAAACCCUUUUCUGUUUUACAUUCUUCACAAUGUGUUUGUGAAUCCUUGUGUGAUUUGCUGCUGUAAUUCCCUUUUAUUAAAGUGAGCACCUAAACAUUUUUAUUUACUUUGGUUCACUAUAUAACUCACUAUAGACAUCAAUGGUUAUUUAUGGACAGAAUCAUGGUUUACAUUGCAAACAAAGACCUCAAUUUAACGUUCUUGGAUACACUUUCAAAAUGAUUUAAUAUUUUGGAUAAACUUUUAUAAUUAUUUUUUUUAAAUAUAAAGAAAUAUAUUAUAUAUUAAAAUAUAUAUAUGUAUAAAAAAUUUCAAAACAUUACAAAAUGUAAAAAUUUUUUAUUAAAAUUGAUCAUUUAAAAAGUGUAUCCACAUAUAUUAAAUCAUUUGGAAACUCUUUCAAAUAUAUUGAAUCAAGGCCAAAGUUAGACAGGUACGAUUCAUUAUGUAGUAGGGAGAGUCUCUGCCACAUGCAGUCAAGUAGGUCAUGCAGUAUAUUGCCAUAUUUAUUUUAUUGAGAAAUGCAUUCUCUUGUUAUUAAAGGAUGAAGAAAGUGUGGUUCUUAUGGUGAAGAACCAUUUGAGCUUGCAGCAUGGAGUAGAACAUUAUGUAACAAAUAUUAGAGAAUUGGCCGACAAGUCUCAGAAGCUUCUUGCUCUAGAGCACCCUGAUAGGUAUGUAAUAUCCAUAUCUGUAUUAUGCCUAUAAGUUAAAAAUAAAUAAAAAUAUAUUAGAUGUUACAAUCCCUCCAAGUGGGGAGGAAAAACACAUUUCAUGGAGGCAGAGAAACAUAAAAAAUUUUGUGCAAACAUUAAGUUGCUAAUAUAUAUUAUAAUGAUCUAUGCCUUUUAUGUUUCCAAUCCUGUCUAUAUGUCUUCCUUUGUGCCUGCGUCUUUUUCUCUGUCUAUAACUAAAGAAUUGAGAUUGAGAAGCAUGCACAAUCAACUCAAAAGUAUCAAGUGAUGUACACUCAGAUGCCUACUGAUUGCUACAGUAGCCAGACUUACAUAUAUAUAUAAAAGUCUGGCUACAUAUAUUUUAGAUUUUCUCCCUGCACUUCCCCAACCCUUGUGAUUUCUAUUCUCCCCAAUGUUACUUUUUUUUUAAUGUCUUUGUGCAUAUUGGACGCACACGUAUUCAUUGUCACAACCUGGAGAUUUUAGGAGUCUUAACUAUUUCAUUGGUCACCAAUAAAAGGUAACUACAGUGAUAUGACGCAAACACUUUUUCCAUUUAUAUCUCCAUUCAUUAAAGUGAACAAAUAAUCCGACAGCAAGGCAAUAUAGAAAAACAAUAUGCAGCUUUACGGGAUAUGGCAGAUGAGAGGAGACAAAAAUUGGACAACAUCUAUCACAUGUUUCAACUAAAACGUGAAGUGGAAGAUUUGGAACAGUGGAUUGCGGAGAGAGACGUGAAGGCUUCAUCCCAGGAGUUGGGACAGGAUUUAGACCAUGUCACUGUAAGUUAAGUAUGUUGGCGCUAUGUGACUGGUAAGCUGCUGUCCCAUACCUUCUUUGUCAAACUGAGUGCCCAUGGAGCACAGAUCUCUAUUAGAGCGCUCUCCUACACUCAGUAUGAACGUUGGUUCCUGACCAGAGUCCUAUAUCAAAUCCAUAACUAGACACAAGAGAUAAGGAUCCCCCCAGCUAUGUAUGUUUGCAUUUCUUCUGUUAUGUUACAUGGUUAAAGUAAAGUACACACUUAGAUAUACUGAUAGAAAUUAAUUUUACAUUUCUUAGUUGCUGCUAGCAUCUUAAGAGGAACCGUCACUUUUCUAGAGACUACGUCAUUAAAUAAAACAGUAAAAUAAUCUAUAACUAAACUUAAAUGCAUUUUCUUUAAAAGAUUUAGCAACUGAUGUCACAAACCAGUUCUGUCCAUGCAAUGCUUUGAAGGAGGAAAAAGAGAAACAUUGUUUCUGGGUUUUUUUUGUUUUGUUUUUUUUAAAAACCUCUACAUGCUACGUUUAAUGAUAGAUAAGGGAAGACUUCAUAAUUAUGGUUAGCAGGGAGCAAGAUGGAAGCACUCAGGUCUAGGAUAGAGGUAAAUACAGCACUGUAGAUUACUACGUUUAUUUUUAAUUUUCCGAUCUCAUAACCACGUUUUUAGAAAGUGACAGUUUCCCUUUAAGCAACAUCAAUGAAAAAUAUUUCUCAUUUAAUUUUAUGUGUAAUAGUUCCGAGCAAUGCAAAACAUUUUGUUUUCUUAAUUUCUUUUUACAUAUCCAGUCCCCCUCUUUGUGUGAAACAUCAAUGUAAUUGUGUAGAUAAACUGCCAUUACGGGUGGGCCAGCCCCAUGCUAAUGAGUGAUCAAAAUUUAGUUUGAGAUCUCUGAACAACCAGUGAUGUAAGAAUAGAAUUCACAUCUGAUGACAUUUUACGAACCACAAAGUAUUUAUUUAUUUUUUUUUUGCGAAAAGUUAACAUAAGGUACGAGAAUACUUGUAUUUUGCAGGAGUGUGGCUCUGACCUUGUCUGCAGCCCCAACUGUUUUCCUUAAAAACCCUUGGUCUGAUUUUGGCACCCUGUCAUUGUUUGCCCGAGUCCAUGUUUCCCAACUAUCCUUGGUUUGACGGGACCAUCCUGAUUUCACUCUAUGGGUCAAUUGGCCUCAUGUCCUGGUCUUUUUGCCGCGUAGUAAUAUUCCUGUUAUUUUGUAUAAGAAAAUAUAGUAAUUAUGUACGCAUUUCAUUUCUCACAAAAUCUUUGCUAGGUGCUGAGAGACAAAUUUCGAGACUUUGCCAAAGAGACAGGGACCAUAGGGCAGGAACGCAUUGACAACGUGAAUAUCUUAAUUGAAGAACUGAUUGAUGCUGGUCAUUCUGAAGCCGCCACAAUCGCAGAAUGGAAAGAUAACUUGAACGAGAGCUGGGCAGACCUGCUGGAGCUUAUUGAUACCCGAGUACAACUUUUAACUGCAUCCUAUGAGCUUCACAAAUUCUUUUACGAUGGUACAGAAAUCCUUAACAUGAUACAAGAGAAGUAUGUUGAAUUACCUGAAGAAGUGGGUGCAGAUGAAUACACUGCAGAAUCCCUGCAUAGAAUACACACUGCCUUUGAAAGGGACAUUCAUUAUAUUGGGUCGCAGGUAUGUAGAUGUAAUGGUAUUCUAAUAGAAUAAUUUAAAUACACUAGUACUACAUUCUUAAAUGCUGCAGUGUAUUCAGCAAGCUAUUGAAAAAUAUAUCUGCAAAUGAAAAGAAUAUAAUGCAUUUGGCAUUCUGUAAUCUAAAAAAAAAUCUUUAUGUUAGUCAACAAAGCGUAAAAAUGGUCUAUAUUUUGUGUUAACAUUUUUAACAAAUCUACAUUCUUUUAUAAAUCCUAAUAGGGAUUUCACAAAAUGUAGGGGAGAAUAUUUUUGGCCAUUUGACAAAAUGACUUGCAGUCUAGUCUGUGAGAGUUAUUUUCUCGCUUUCUAAAAAAAAAUAUAUUAUGAUAUGAUAAGCUAACUAAAUCAUUUUUAAAGUUAUAAGCAUGCUACAUAUGCACUGGUUUAAAAAUGUUACACUCCAAGCAUAACCAAUAAAUAUUGCUGUAGUGAUUAUGGUGCCACGUGUGCCCUGGCACCCAUCAUUGUAAGUAGUCAAACCAUUUCAGAAUGGUUUGAUUUCUUACCUGGGUCCCCAGGUGUCACUACUAUGGCUGCUCUCUGUCUGAGAUAAGCCCUGCUCUGCAUGGAUUAGAUUAUUGGUUGCAAAGCGAUCAACUGGGGCUCUAAGCCAGUGAAAUAGCACUUGGGAGAGAUGCUUGAGUUCUUCUGGCACCAUAACCACUACUAAUAUCUGUAGUUGUUAUGGUACUUGAGGUGUUCCUUUAAAAAUAAUUUGACAAAAAAAAACAACACACCUCUUAGCCGCAGAUGUAAGAAAACUAAUUCUGUUGCCAAGGGUAGGUUACAGAGGUAAUAAGGGCUUAACCUUAAUUAUACAAAUAGACUAAGAAUACAACUAAUGAGGUCAGACGACUCCCUAGAAAAAGGGAGGCGCUGUACCCCACCGGAAUUACCUCUAAAUUAAAAAAUCAUCUUAUAGGUAGUAAACUGUUACGAUUGCCCCCGGUCUAGCAGGGGGGUUGAUCGCUUGGAUGUCCUGGUUCCCGAAAUCAGAGAGUCGAACGUGGUUCCCUUUGGUAGGAGCUGAAAGUGUAGAAUAUCCCCAUAGCAAAGAAAGCGUUAAUAUUCCCGGAUUCCUACAACACGAGUCGAGGCUGCAAGUUGAGGGUCAAACACGAACUGGCUUUACUGGCACACAAGCAUGGCAAUUUAUGCAAGUCCCCAGGUCCAGGGACAGUCCCCCAUGGACCUGACGGGAUACAGGUACAGUACAAGUACAUAACCAAUCAUAACACAGUGUAUCAUUCAAACUUGUACCCGCCCAGCUUGGAGAUAAUGAGGCCAACGGUUAUACAAUCUAAUUAUCUCCAAGCGCCCAAAACGACCAUGCUUUAUUAUGAACCAGAAAACAACAUAAAAAUACAUAACUCAGCCAUUAUAUAGAGAAUAUAGUUCCUUCUACAUAUCAUUCGGUAGCUCUCCGUUAGAUGUAUUGAGGAUGCGAACGGCGCUCUGUUCCCACGAACAGAGGACGAGAUUUCCCCGUAUGAAAAUCUGUUCGGCUGUAGGUUUCUAGGCUCUCGAUGGCGGCCAUGUUUUUGGGUCCAUCAAUGGCCAGCGGGACCUCGACUGUAAAUGCAUGGAACGGAGGCCGGGUGUAAGUUUAUGCAAAUCCCCGCUACCUGUCUGGUUGUCCCAUCCGUUCGUGGUGCAAAUGGAGCCCACCCCGGAGGGGCCCUUAACCUGCGGUUAACCACAAACCGCAAUGCCUGAGGGCAGGUAUAUAAGCAGCACCCUUGGCUCGCAGGGUGGCCGUUCGGUUCUUUGCGGGGUGACGGGGUUAAGUGGCGGCACACGCCUAGGGCUGGGUGGUUGGUCAUUCGUACCGACGAAUGAAGCUUUAAAACAGUUUGUAUAGUCCGUUCGCCUGGCCUGCAGGCUGUUAAACAGGGUUUCAAUAACCGAAUUGUACAUUAACAAUAUAAGCAGUCUGUGGAAUGGAGACUGUGUAACAUAAACUUUAUUUAUUAUAAAUUGACAUACAAAAUAGGUACCACAACAAAAAGUGAAAAGUGAUAAUCACUAUCAAUUAAAAAGGAGGGGAAACCUACAUAGAACAGUGUCAAUUAUAGUCAUAAAUAGAAACCGUGUGAGCUACUAAAAUCGAAUUUAAACUAUAUCCCAGAUUGGUAUGUAUCAAAAACAUGUAUCAAAUUCCAGUGAACGGGAUAUAGUAUUAGAAGGGAGAAGCACUACACACUUAAAACAACAAUCCACCUCUAGGGUAGUCACAAAUAGCCACAGGUCUACAAAGAAAUCCUGUUGGGAAGUACUUAAACUCCCAGGGGUUAAAUUGAGUAAAUAGAUAUAAUUUAAAGGCUCUCGUUUAUGCAGGAAAAUCCUGUGGCUAUAAUUAGUUGCAUAGCUGGCAGAGAUAGAAAAAGAACAAAUUAAAUAAAUUCCAUCAAUACCCACAAUACUGCGGUAUAUUCUGUGGUUUAUACAGGAAACGUCCUGAGGUUAACUUGAUACCCGAUACUGGUGUAACCCUUAGGAAGCCCUAGGUACUAGUAGCUCACAAUUUAUUGGUUUAAGUAUUACUUCAUAUAGAACAUUUAUCUAAAGUCGAUGUUAGAUGCAGGAGUAAAACAAAAUACUUAAACAUAAAUCAAAGUGAUAUAGUCCUAAUUGGUAAUUCUUAACAGCAGAGACACAGAGCGUGAAGGUGGUAUUGGGGAAGGAAGGGGGAGUAAAGUAAUAACAUGGCUAGGGUGUAGAUGUAUUUACCUAUACAUGAAGCUGGAGCGAAACUACGUUAUCCAGACCCAUCUACCCUAGAGUACAGCUGCUUUGAGGCAGCCACCCCCCUUUAUUGAGGUUAAAUCUAGACUCAGUAAAUCAUGGCCCCAGGAAAAUAAAUGGUAGUAUCUCUCAACCGUAUAAGUAAAUAACCCCAUCCUUAGACACACAAACCAAAAAAAGUUAUAAAAUCAAGUAAAUCUCGUAUUAGUGCAUCGGCACAUAGGCUCAACGCGCGUGUUGCCGUAACUAUCCGCCUUUAUCAAGAGCUCUUGAUUUUAUAACUUUUUGGGGGUUUCUGUGUCUACAUCUGUGGCCAAGAAGGGUGUUUUCUUUUUUGUCAAAUUAUUUAAAGGAACACCUGGAGUACCAUAGGGAGCCGUCCGACCUCAUUAGUUGUAUUCUUUUCCUUGAAAUAAGAUUGGCUUACUUUUAUUAUCUGUCAUUGCAGGUUCAGCUUUUCCAAGACACGGCUGUACGUCUAAAUGCUGCCUAUGCUGGACAACAAGCUGUCGAUAUACAGAAAAAGGAGAAAGAGGUUGUUGACGCAUGGAAAGGACUUUUGGAUGCUUGUGAUGGGCGCCGCACUGAGCUAAUAAGUGCAUCUGAGAAAUUUCGAUUUUUUAGCAUGGUUCGGGAUUUAAUGGUUUGGAUGGAAAGCAUGAUUAGACAGAUUGAAACACAAGAAAAGCCAAGGUAAAGAUAAUGCUGUUAAUAAUUCACAGAAAGGAAGGGUCUACCUUAAAGCACACUACACAAGUUGUAUUAUUUUGGAGUGCCAUAAAAAAGGCAAGUGUUGGCGAAAAAUUGUUCCAAACAUUUACUCUAAUUGACACCCAGUUUCACACAAACCUAUCCCCAUUUCACAAUGGACUUUUUUUUAUUUCUUUCUAAUUAUGACACUUAAUUUAAUAAAGAGCAGUGUUCACACAGUAUUUCUUCUAAAACAAAUAAAAAUGGGGCAUGGUAAAUUUGUAUAUUUGAACUGUUCAUGAACUGUAAGAAUAUGUCAUCAUUCUAGUGUUGUAAAUAACAAUAAAAUAUACUGGUGAAAAAGUCCUAACAGAAAAGGUGCUACAAUCACCUUAGUGGAGCCACAGAAACCACUAAAUAAACACAAGUGAAAAUAAAAAUACAAAUGGUGAGAGCACUCAAAUAAAAUAAUUACGAUACAGUUACCCAAACUGGAUUAUCAUCUGGAAGUAAACACAGAUAAAAAGAGAACAUAGGGUAAUAACGUAAUAACAAACAAUUGGAGACUCAAUUACUGGUCGCACUCACAUAACAAGAGCCACUUCAAAAGCUGGCUCAAACUUGCAUGCCUUGAAUCACAAACUCUCUCUGGGCUUUCACUGGGUCCUUUCUUGUAGUUCUGUUCCAUGCACCACCAGGAAACGCAGGUUCAAGGGGUAACCAUAUACUUUAUUGUAAAAGGAAUAAAAACUACAUAAAAAGAAGGAAGUCCCUUAAUAAUAAAAAGUCCACAGAGCACCUAUUCUAGUGUUGUAGCCUAUGAAACUUUUGUCAGCGCAUCAUGUUCGGCUCUGAGCUCAGUGGAUGAUGGUUGCAUUCUAUAUGGAACACCAGGUGUCAGGGUUAAGCAGGCAACAUUCCAUUGGUGGUAAUUGUCCCACUGUUGCAAAUGGUCAUAUACAUGAAUUCACCCAGUUAACAAACUCAAGCUCUUGAACAUGCUAUUUCGUAACACCUGCCUCAAAGAAAUGUUUGCUGGAUAUAUAGACAUUCAAAUGAGCAUAUUUAUUGUUUUGAUGAUGACAGUCCUAGAAAAACGAUUUACUGCGUUAUGUGUGUACUUGGAUGGCUUUCUGUCUUGCAGAGAUAUAUCAUCUGUUGAGUUUCUGAUAAAAUACCAUCAAGACCUCAGAGCAGAAAUUGAAGCUAGGAAUGCAAACUAUGCCAAUUGUGUUGACCUGGGCCAUACCCUGCUUGAUAGAAAUCACCCUGCUUCUCAAGAGGUACGUAAAGGAAUAUUGUAUCGUAGAAGACCUGCAGAUAAUACAGAGGUGACAAUUUUGAAAGUUGCCCAAACAGUCAAGAAAGAGACUUUAUUUGAAUAUCCAAGUUUAUGUAUUACUUUACAGGAACACUCCAAGCAUCAUAACCAGCACAGCAAGCUGUAGUAGUUCUGGUGGUUGGAGUGUCCAUAAAGAUAAGUAAGAUUCAAAAGGCCGGAUAGACAAUUAGAUAAGUAGACAGUUUCUAUAGAUUGUUACAUUCAGCUCCAAUCAUAUAUUCAUCAGUUACCAGAAUCAUUCAAUCCAUUUUAACACUUAUGGAAAUAUAUAUAUGUUUUUUUCUCCUACUAAACAGAUAAAAGAGAGGUUGGAACAGCUAGCAGAAAAAAGAGCUGAAAUGGUGGAGAAAUGGGACAAGCGUUGGGAUUGGCUGCGCUUAUGUGAGUUGCAAAUAGACAUCCUGGGAAUGUGGUACUUUAUGUUAAUUUAAAAAAAGUCUUAUAUUCAAGAUAUUUAAACAAUGUUUCUAACAGCGUUUAUCUUGAGUUUGAUCACUCAUAUUACUGCUCUACUUUAUCGCCAGCAAAAUGAUCCAUUAUUAUAGAUGGUUUUUCUGUAGUUCUAUCUCUACGUAACACCAUAAACACAUAAAGCAAUUCAGCUGUGAAGAUUGUGUCCUCUUUUUUUCUUUUCAUAAAAGUGCAGUUAUAAAACAAAUUGUUGCUAUGGGAAAUUGGCAAAUGUUAUGAACCUUGUUAUACCUGUGCCUUUUAAUCAGACAACCAGUCGUGGUACUUCCUGGUUUGUUUGUUUUUAGCUCAGUGGAGCCAUAAGCAUUGCCUUGCAGAGAUUUCUCAUUGAACUGGAAGAAGUCGGGAGGGGACAUACAGGAGCUGCAGAUAGUAGAUAUAUGGCUAUUGCAAGACUAGAUUUCAAAUACCUUCACAGAAAACAUGCAAAACAAACAACUGGGGAUUCUAAAAAUGACAGCUGAAAGAAGAAGUCGGCUUACGAAGCUAAACUAGGGAGGAAAUGAUGACGUGUAUCCAGGUUUAUAUUUUAUAUCCAAUUUUAGGUAUCUGUUAUGGUGAGUGGACAAAAACCAACCAUUCUUGGAAGGAACAAGGAGAUCAAUGAAUUUACAAAAUGCUUACAAGAUUUAUAUUGUGAGAGGUUUUGGCUACAUCACUAUCGCUACCUAAAUUAAGGGUUUAGUAUUCACCAGAGUCAUUAAUUUUCUAAAAACAGUCAUGUCUCUUUGUAGGCAGGAGUACCAGGUUUUGCACUACAGUUGUAAGGUUCAAAAUACAGCUUUUUCAUGACUGCAUGUUGUUUGUUUCAGUGCUAGAGGUUUGUCAAUUUGCCAGAGAUGCGUCCAUGGCGGAAGCCUGGCUAAUAUCGAAGGAACCUUACCUGUCCACCACCCAGGUUGGAAAUAGCAUUGACGAUGUAGAAAAGUUAUUGAAAAGACACGAAGCUCUAGAGAAAUCUACUGCAACAUGGGAGGAAAGAUUUGCAGCUCUUGAGAGACUGACAACAGUAAGUUUGAGGCACAAUAGUUCAACAUUACAUUAACAUCGUAAUAAUUAUAGUUGGUGUUAUCCAUGGGGAAAAUCACAGGGAUGCCUUAAUAAUGCCUUAAUGAUCCAUAUGAUUUAAUUAACUGCAUCCAGUGUUAUCUUAAAGGUUUGUAGCACCUAAGGUCUUCUGCUAUUUUUAUUGUUUCCAUCUAUUACAUUUGUUUUUACCUAAACAGAGCAAAAAAAUGGCCCUUAAAAUUUAGAGAACACGGCAGCAGCCAUGUUUGUCCCUGUUUACAGAUUGAGCCUCUAACAUAAUUAAUUUAUGUGGGUUUGGGCACCCAGCUUCUUUAAUUUUUGGAAUGCUAGGAUACGUUGCUUUCUAAUCUCAGCUGGAUGCAAAUGACUAUUUAAUGGCUCUUUCCUUCUGCCUCUUAUCCUAUGUGAUGGAAACCUUUUUCUAGCUAUUAACCCACCUGUCUAUACCCUUAUUUUUCCAUCACCAUCCCUAUACGGUUCUUGGCAAAUCUAGAUAUCUUUAUGUAGACAUAGUAUAAUAAUGGAAGUUACUUUAGAGUUCUAUAUUUCUACUAUAAAAACAUUUCAAAUUAUUUAUCUAAAAAAAUUCCCAUAUAUGUUAAUGGUGACUUCUGUAGAUAAGUAAUUAAAAAAGUUUUUCUAACAGAUCAUAUUCAUUUGAAAAGCUUACCAAAAUAUUAAAUGAAGACCCACGUUUGAACUUUCUAAAUCUGACAUUUUCACCAUAAAGUGAUGCUUAAAAGUACUGCAGUAUCUUAAAAUUAGCACUUAGCAUUUAUUGAAAAUUGUAUUCUUUCAGUUGGAAUUGAUGGAAAUAAGGAAAUAUCAGGAAGCUCAAAAACAGAAAAUGGCGAUGGCUGAUGAAAGAGAAUUGUACCACAUGGAGACAAGGUAGGUUAAACGGAAUUCAAGAUUAAUACAUUGGCAACAGCAUGGUUCCAUGGGGCUAAAAGCACUGAGAGCCUUGACGUGCAGGAAAAGUUGAAGUUUUCCAAAUCUGCUGUUAUUAGCCUUAAGAAAAAAAAUCUGCUGUUUAUUGAUUCCCAUGGCAGUAAUCAAAAAAUAUAUAUUUGUUUCAUAUUAUUACAGAUGUAAUUAAACGGUAAAUAUGUUUCACUGGUGUUGAUUUAAAAGAAUACUCCAACCACCGUAACCAUUAGAGGUGGCAAUAUGCUUUCGGUGGCCAUAGCACCCUUCUUCCCAAUGUAAGGAAGCAAGCUGUUUUUUUGAACAGUUUGACUUUGUACAAGGAAUCUGCCGGGCCCCGCUUCUCAUCUUCACUUCUUCCAACAGAGAGCUCUCCGUGCACUGCACGGCAUAACUCAGGGGAGCUAACGGAAGCUCCUGCCUACAAAAUUUCGGAUCUUGUGUGUUAGUAGUGGAAGCGGGGAGGGGCGUUUGGUAGACCUCAGAUAAGAAAUCAAACCAUCAGGGCAGUUCCGUUACAAAAACCACCAUAACACACUACAGUGGACAUUGCGCUUGAAGUGUCCCUUUAUGUUCACUUAUACCCUCUAUACCCAUAACAAAUAUUUGUUUGUGAGGUUUGAAAUUAAAAUUAAAUGUAGAAAUCCACACUAACACUAAUGUACGUUUUGUUAUGAAGAAAAGGUAACAAAUGUAAAUCUCUUUGGUUUGGAAAAACGGCACCUCAGAGAAAAUAUUAUAGCAUUAUACAAAUAUAUUCGGAAAGAAAGGAGAUUUUAUCAAAGGCAAAAUAAAGAUAUACACAGUAAGAACAAUAAGGAUGAGGAAUCCUCUGCCUGAAGAGGUGGUUUUGUCAGAGUCCAUACAGAUGUUUAAACAGCAAUUAAUGCAAUUGGAUAAAUACUUGCAAACACAAUUCAGGGAUAUCAUUUUUAAUAUGUGGGCUAAUAGCUGAUUAAACCAAGGAGCGACCUGAUUGCCGUUCUGGUGUCAAGGAGGAUUUUUUUCCCCCUAGUUUGUUGCGAAAUUGGAAACAUUUCAGACUGAGUUUAUUGCCUUAUUGUGGUGAAAAACAGAUGCGUGAAAAGCUGAACAUGAGGAACACAUGUCUCAUGUAACAUGUCAGCCAUGUAACUUCUCUAUCCUUGAACUUGGCACCAUCUUCUAGGCUCCUUUUCAAUAACCAUUACAGGUUCUGGUAUUUACACUUGUAAGUCAUUAUAGAGAGAGCAUAGCAAGAGAAGGACACAAGCAACCAAUUUUUGAGUUUCUCCUCCCUCAGUGCAAUGUGUGCCCUGGUUUUUCCAGGUUUGAAUUGGAUUCUGAUGUUAAUUCCUAAAUACAUGUUGUACAUUUAAGAAGGAACCAGGCUGGACAAUACAGAUAUUGUCAAUACAGAAGUAAAGCAAAGCAGAUUUGCAAUUAUGUUGAAUCAAUGUUCAUGAUAAAUGCAGAUUUUAAGAGCUUCAAUACUAAAUAGUUUCAUAUUACUACAUUAUUUGUUUUCUGGAAACAAUAUGGCAACUACAUAGGUUCAAGUCAUUAUUUAUUGGCUUUUUUGUUAUUUUUAGCUUCCAACAUGAUGACGACAGAACGCAGGUGGAAAUACAUGAGAGUCGAGGACUUGAAGUACCCGUUGAAGUGAGUUCAUGCAUUGCAUUACAAUAGCUUUCGGGAUAACAAAUAUUAAUUUAUGUCUUGUGGUAUUUAUGGUCUCAUCCUGCUGCUUUGAUGCCAUCUGGGGCUGAAUUAAGCAUUGACUGUGUUAACGUUUUUCUGGUAUUGAAGUCAGAUAUAAAUAUAGGCAUUGAUAUUAAUUGUACAUAUAUAGAAUUUGUAAAUAGUUUUUUUUUUUACAUUUUCAGUGUUCUUUUAAUGAUGUUAGUGACAGACAGGGGCACCGAGAAAACCCCUCAGAUUUAGUCUUCAAACAGAGAGGAAAUACUUAGAGGAUAGUGGGGAAGGACAGAUGGAUAUACACAUAUAGUAUAUCUAUUUACUAAAGAGAGAGUUCAAAGUAAAAGUAGUCAAACCAGUAACAUUCUCUAAGUCAGAUAUGCUUCCAGUUUGCCUAAUGUGGCCUUAAAAUUUGAAAUUCACUUUGAAAUCUCUCCUUAGUAAAUACCUCUGAUAAUUGUUAUUUUCUCGCUAGAAAUUAGCCUUUAUUUGUCAUGUGAAUGUGAACUCCAAGAAGAAUGCACAACUAGAUUCAGAUUCAUAUUAUUUCCAUAUAAGAAAAGGUCUCAGGCACUCACUGUGAUAUGUUUAAAGCCGUUUUAAUGGAUCCGCAACGUUUCGACCUGUGACUAGGUCUUUAUCAAGCUUGUUAAAGACCUGGGUGCAGUUCGAAACGUUGCGGAUCCAUUAAAACUGCUUUGAACAUAUCACAGUGAGUGCCUGAGACUGUGUGUAUUUUUGUCAUUGAGUGCAACCCUCUUUUGAUUCAUAUUAUUUGCAUAUCAUGAACCACAAUUCUGCCUCCAUUGGACUAAAAAACAUACAUGCUUUCUAUGUUUUUAUGUCUGCAAUAGGUAGAAGAUGUUAAAAAAAGUGCUGAAACACAGGAUAAAGAUGACUGGAAAAUACAAAAGGAAGUACAUGAGACAGAAAUUACAGAACAGACAGAUUACAGUAUUUUACAGCCAGCUUCGAGGAGGACUGAAGAAGGACAGACAUCUGUGAGAAGGUCUGAAGAAGGGCAGACAUCUGCGAGGAGGUCUGAAGAAGGGCAGACAUCUGCGAGCUGGACUGAAGGGCAGACAUCUGUGAGCUGGACUGAAGGGCAGACAUCUGUGAGCUGGACUGAAGGGCAGACAUCUGUGAGCUGGACUGAAGGACAGACAUCUGUGAGCUGGACUGAAGGACAAACAUCUGUGAGCAGGCCUGAAGAAUGGCAGACAUCUGUGAGCUGGACUGAAGAAGGACAGACCUCUGUGAGCAGGCCUGAAGAAUGGCAGACAUCUGUGAGCUGGACUGAAGAAGAGCAGCCAUCUACGAGCAGGACUGAACAAGAGCAGGCAUCUGGGAGCAGAACAGAAGAACAUGUGUCCACUCUCCCAGCAGAGAUUGGACAUUCUACUAACAUUCAAAUGCAAGGAUAUCUAGCACGAAAACAUGACCUCCAAGGGCCACUCAAAAAGGCAGCAAGCAGGUAAGUACUCUCUUCAAAUGGGAAAAAGACAAUUAUUUUUUUCAAAAGGACACAUUUAUUUAAUAUUUAUGUCCUGUAGUAUUCCAAGAAACCAGCAUGUAAUCCUCAUCUAGCUCUGAUAACACACUCUGAAAAAGACGUAUAAACGUGCCAAUAGUCGGACCAUGGGAAAGUUCUAAACAUUGAACAAUCACCAUGGCAACCAAUGGUAUCUGCAUAAAUAUAUUACUUAUUUAUAUGGUGAUUGCUCCACUUUUAGAUAUUUCCCCCCGCUUUUUCACUUGAAAUUAAUUAUUUUAUAACUCCCUCUAUUGUAAAAUGGCCAUUUUAAAAUUAAUUCACAGUAACCGGAUAAUCAAGUGCGACCUAAAAUGAAUAUAUGCGAUGCCUGUUCCUUGAAUUUGUUUUCUUAUAAGACCUGUUUUUUUUCUGUUUGGUUAAGUCUGUGUACCAUCAUAUCAAAAUAUGUGUUUCUUUAUUAAAUCAAUCCAAAUAAAGGAUUUCAAACCUUUUCUAAUGAAUUCACACACAUCCCAAAGAGCAAUAUACGUUCUCAUUGAAGUGAGGUGCUUUAAACAAACACUCCGAGCACAAUAACCAUUACAGUGUGCUGUAGUAAUUAUGGUGACUGUGGUGCCUUGGUAACCUCCCACCCCAGUGUAACUUGUAAAACCAUUUCUUAAAGGGACACUCCACUGUCCUAAUCCAUAAUAAAUAGAAAUCAUUGUUUAGUACAUAUAACCAAAAUGAAAGCGUGCAUGCAUUUAAUUAUGCAUUCUUUGAUUGUAAAACCUACAGUUCUCUUGUCUGUAGCCUUUGCAAAUCCUCUCUUUCUAACCCCGCCCAGAUUUUCUGUGGCUGUCCAAUCACAGACUUCCCAAUGCAGUUCAGUAAGAAAUCUUUCCAAGGCAGGUGCUCUGGGCAAUUGCUGCCUCUUGAGUUCAGCUCCACUGAGCUAAACAACCAGGAAGUUGCAUGACCAAUUGUCUGAUUGACAGCCAGGUGGGUGUAACAAGGUAACUUUAUAAAAGUGUCAAUUUCUAUUGAAAUCUGCACUUUUUGUAAAAUUAAAAAAGAGGACACAGUUUUCACACAUAAUGCUUUUUUUUUUUAGCAAGCUAAAGUGCUUUAGGGGUCUGGAGUGUCCCUUUAAUUGUUUUUACUGCUUAUGUGGUGAUUGCAAGGCACUGCUCCAUGCCUCUCCCUUUCCAGUGCUGAGAACCAGAAGCUUUUGCUAGGUGCAGGGAGGUACAGAGCAGCACCUGUCGGACCCCAGGUAAGAAGAAAAACUGUUACCAAACUGUUUGACUACUUACAAGAGGGGAAAGGGGCACGAGGGCACUCCUGGUACCAUAACCACUACAAUGUGCUGUAGUGAUUAUGGUGCUCGGAGUGCUUCUUUAACAGGGAUGUCAAAUACUUGUUUCUUGUAAAGUGAACAAAUGCACUGAGCUAUAAAUAUAUAUAUAUAUAUAUAUAUAUAUAUAUAUAUAUAUAUAUUAUUCAUGUAUGCUAUAUAAUAGUGAUUGUAUUUUUUUUCUCAUGCAGGUCAUGGACAACAGUGUAUUGUGUGCUAAAGAAUUAUGACUUAUUUUUCUAUAAAGAUGCUAAAAGUUUUGCUAUGAAUGAAUCCUUGCAAGGUGAAGAUCCACUGGUACUCAGCAGUGCAACUUGUGAAACCGUGGCAGACUAUAAAAAGAAAAAGAAUAUUUUUAGGCUACGGUAAGUAACAUUGCUAACACCAUUAAUUUUUUUUUUUAAAUUUAUUUAUUUAUUUUUAAAUUCUUUAUUUAAUCGUGCAUGUAAGGUACAAGUAUGCAAGCAAUGCCCCAACAGCUAUCGCUAGCUUAACUUUCAACAUUUAGAGUACAAUUGUCGGCAUUUGUUAACAUAGCACAUUUUGUGUUUUAUAAGUACAUAAUACAAGACAUUAUUAAGAGAAGUCAGCCAGUGAGCCCCUUGUGGGUGUGUUAAGAGUGUGAGUCAGCUUGGUGAGAUCCAUGACAGGGUUUUGCCUCCUUCCCCUAGGCUAUGCGUGUAGUACAUUAGAGUUGGUUACCCGGAAGGAGAGGGGGGAGGGUGGAUUGGUGAGCAAUAGUGGUUACUAGGCGGUGUGGUAUGUGUAGCAGCCCUUACUGAGUGCUAAUGCUCUCCCUCUGUUCUGUAUUUGUAGCGUUCGUUUGAGCAACUGCUUGGGUGGUCACAUACAAGCUAUUCUGCUUAGAACUGAGAAACUAAUAACAUAUAUACAUUUAAAAUAAAGCAUUUUUUAACUGUGGUGGAUACGGUGUGAAAUAAUAGUGGCAUACAAAGUCCCAUUGGGUGGUUCAGCCUCCGCUCCCUCAAGUGGGUGGUCUGUUAGGUGAGGCUCGUUGUUUCCCUCUCGGGGUAAAUUCCGGGAUGGUGGCUAUGUUUAGCCUGGACAGUCCUGUUCCCAUCGGCGGUGGGGCACACCAAACACCCGUUGAUUGCAAGUGCGCUUCCAGCUCCUGGUAUCCCUGUGCUCUGUGGGUAGUCCCGUUAUGUGUGAUUAUGACAACUCGUGGUGUUCCCCAUCUGUAGGGAAUUUCUUUGGCACGGAGGUGUUGCAGGAGAGGUUGUAGCGACUUCAGCCAUGUUAGGGUACUCCUGGUGAGGUCUGGGAAGACUGUGAUUGAGGAGCCCUUGAACGGUAUAGGAGUUUUCCCUCAAAGAGCGGCUAAAAGUGUGUCUUUGUCCGAGAGGGUUUGAAAUCUGAGAACCGGGUCAGCUGUUGCUGUUGCCGGCACUCUAGCAGGCUUUGGUAGCCGGAACAGACCAUCUAGCUUCAGGGCUUUCGCCUGCUUUGGUGGGAGCAAGCCUCCGAUGAAACGGCGUACGUAGUGGGGUAAGUCAGUGAUGUCGACCGAAGAAUCCCCCUGAUUUUUUUUUUUUAAAGUGCAAGUUAAACACAGAAGCAGGUAGUGUCACAACAACAGCUGCGUGCACAGUAGUUAAAUACAUAGUUAAACAGCAGUGUGACAUACUAAAGCAUGUAGUAGGACAAUUUUAUAAUUUUUUUCAUGAGUGUUACAAGAACUAGAGGUGAAUAUGUAACAGGUUAAAAAAUAUUAGGUGGUGUAACCUUGCCUGUGCCGCUUCUGGUGGCCUGUAUGGCCGUGUUGUCAACUGCCCCCGUCCUCCUUAGCUUGGGGUGGGGACAAGCUCUAGGGGCGUGCGCGCUAUAGCGGCUAGAGGCAAUAGUGGUAAGUGACACGGUUUUAUGACUCCUUAACCCCGGAGUCUGGGGGGGGGAGGUAAGCCAUCCGCCGGGCUGAUGUGUGGGGUUUCGUGACAUUAGUGCCAUGGGCUUAAUGACACUAUAAGUAUAAUGGCUCAUUAAUGUAGGAUAUCCGUCUACACGAUGAGAUAUUAGGUUGUUGAUACUAAACCAUAAGUAAAUCAAGUAGAAGACCAAGAGAAAAAAAAAAAGGAGAAAAACAAACACAACAAAGCAAAGCAUAAUACGUAGAUGUGGGAGCCAGGCUCCAACUCGCCCAACAUGUGUCAACACCAGGAUGGGGGGUUUGGUUGCAAUGUCUCUUCAUCCGACGGCUGCUCAGUCGGUUCAAGUGUCCUGGGGCUGCACUGGCCCCUGUCCAGCUGGUGUUAUCUGUCCCGCAGGGGUAAAGUCCGGAACGUUAGCUACGUCCUACUUGUGUGGAAGUCUUGUCUUGGCCCCUGCCUUCUGUUGGAUGCCCAACGCCUGCAGAAAUUGUGGAGCCUCCUCCGGUGAUGCUAGUCGGUUGUUUUGCCCAUCUCGCGUGGCGAUAAGAAGCCUUGGGUAGCCCCAUUUGUAUGGUAUCUCUGCUGUUCUCAGUUGUGCCGUGGUUUCUUUUAAGGAUGCACGCCAUUGUAGUGUCUGGCGGCUGAGGUCUUGAUAAAAGUUCAGGUUGAGGUCUUCAAAUGCAAAUGGGGUCUGGCCCCUGAUGGCCCUGAGAAAGCCAUCCUUAUCUGCGCGGGUUUUGAAGUUUAAUAUGACAUCUCUUACGGAGUCAGGUGCGUUGCGUGGGCGUCCCGGUAUGCGAAAUAGGCCGUCUAGGUUAUGCUUUUUGCCUGUUUGGGUGGUAGGGCGGCCUGGAGCAGUCUCUUAAUGAGGUGCGGUAGUUCCUCUGUUGUUACGGUGUCUGGGAUCACCCUCACCUUGAGGUUUUUUUGCCUUGCUGCAUCCUCCAGCUGCCCCAUUCGGGCGUUCUUCUGCGUGCACAUGGCUGUUAGUUCCAGCGUUUGAGUGGCGGUAGCUUCUUGCUGAGCUUUCAGGUCUUGGACCCCAGCUUCUGCAGUUUGUAUGCGGCCCGUGAGUGUAUUCAGCUCAGACUUGAGGCCUGCGAGUUCUGCCGCGAAAAAGGCCUUGAGGUCUGUCACCAUCCCUGACAAGUCGACCUUAGUGGCUAGUUGGUGGUCUAGUUGUUUCGGUGGUGCAUUCUGCAGCCUCCGUUGGGGUAUCUGGGUUGGUAUGUCACCAAGGUAUUCAUCGUCCGAUGCCGAAAGUGACUCCAUCCCCAUGUCGUGGUAGGCGUCCGCCAUCUUGGGCCUACAUGCUUGGGACAGGAGCUGCCCAAUAUCUUGUGUGUGGCCCGUGUUUUGCCCUCAUGGUUUUUUGGAGUGCUUCCCCAUUGCUUGGUGUAUCCUCCGUAAGUGAUUUGCCGGUCUCUGGAGGCUUUUUGGGUGAGCCGUGAGGCUUUUGUAGAGCAGCUUUGCCGGAGCUUGGGUGCCAUGCGUCUUGUCAGCUCAACCGGUAGCUCCCCCCCCUCCCCCUGACUUUUAAGUUGUAUCGCCGUCUCUGAUCCUCAAUAGCGUCCAGCCUAUCCAAUGUGGUUAGGUGCUGUUGUGGCAGAUCUGCUACCUCCUGUUCCACCUUGCUAAUUCUAGUUUCAUGUUUAUUCGAGCAGGCCUCUAAUUGUGAGAUUUUUAAUGCGGCCCCUUCAAUAGCUUCUUUAUAGCAGGCCAUGUCAGUCGCUAGGUCUUUGCGGAGUUCCGCCAGCAUCAUCUUGAGUUGGUCUGCAGUGACCGGGUCCCCAGCAGACCAACUCAAGAUUUUAGACCACGCGGCCUGCUGCGAGUUCCUCAGCAUGUCUCCUAUAUCCCUCCCUUGGGAGCUUCUGUCCGCUUUUGCUUUUUUCGUCUAACGACCCAUGGUAUGUCUCUUUUUUUAUUAUUUUAUUUUAAUGAAGCCAUCCAUCUAUUUUAACUUGGGAUCUAUAUUCCAAAUUCUGAAUAAUUAUAUGUUAAAAUUAAUAAUUAUGUGUAAACGAUAUCUCUUUGAUAUUAAUCAACAAAUGUUCAUUGUUUUCAGGCUGAGCGAUGGCAACGAAUGGCUAUUUCAAGGAAAGGAUGAGGUACGUAGGUUAUAGAUUAUCUAGUAUGAUAUCAGUUCUUAUUAGUAAAAACCUAAAGGGAAAGACUCGCAUGAACCAAAAGUAGAUGAAGUUCUUGUAGGCAGGGUCAGAUUAACAUAGGGGCUAAUGGAGCUGAAGCUCCAGGCCCAUGCCCAUCCAACAGGCAUAUUGAUAACUUAAAAAAAAUAAAAAAUAAUAUAUAUAUAUGUAUUUAUUUACUUACUACUCUUACUUUGUACAGAGGCUACAUACGAGAGAGUACAUAAGUAUGGGAACUUAAGGGGGAUGAAGUGGAAUAAAGCUUGUGUCAACUUACUGACUAUAUCUUGGUUAAGGUAUUGUUGCUGCUUCGGUCUCUCUGGCAGUGUGGCAUGUCCCCUUUCUGUUACUACAUUCACCUAUUUCUCUGUCCCAGACUGCAUAUUAGUAGCUUUUACAUGCUAGUAUAAAGGGAAAGAGAGAAGUGGGUUGCUGGGGGACACCAGGGAACUGUCCCCAGAAAGCAUAGAGCAAGAUGCGUUUGUGCACUAGGCACUAAAACAUUGUAUGUAUUAUCUGUCUUUAGUUGGCCAGCAUGCAUAAUUGGCAAGCAACCUGGCAUGCAUUCACGAGACUCUCUUUGGGUGGUACCAGUGACGUGAUUCAAGACACUGGCCCACAUUUUUUUACCUCACCCACGGAUGUCCCGCUUCACAGGACGCUGAUGUUGGGGGUGGGGGGAGGUAAGGAUUUGGUUGAGAGAUUGAGGGAUGAAAGCGAGAGAUUAGCAUACAGCAUGUGUAUUCUUAUAAAUGCAUACUUUGAGUUUCCCUCCGACAUCAAUUCCAACAGAUAUAAGAGACGUGGGAGGUAUGACUGUUUUAGUGUUUUCUAUAUAUAUGAUUCUCUAUUUAGGCACAUCAUAAUUGUCAGCACCAGGCCCAAUGGGCUCUUAAUCCGGCCCUGCUGUGGGGCAUUUAAUGAAGUACAUAUUCACUGUUUACUGUAAUACAGUCUUUUGAUCUCACCAAUUGGAAAACCACGGAAAAUGUGUCAGUAUUGUUUGAGUGCCAAACGGUGCCAGCUACUAAAUAUAGAUCUGGACAUUAACUGAGCACCCCAGGGGUUUAGUGAAAUGGAAUCCUGUAGUGCUCUUUUAUUCUCUCUAGAAACACUCCAACUAUUGGAGGGCAUUGCUUUCUUUUUUGUUUAUGCAGGACAUAUUACAGCCAGUGUGGUCCUAUUAAGAAAGCAUGUUGCAUCUUUGUGAAAGUUAAAAAAAAGUAGUCCUAGGCAAACAAUGUAAUCCAAAGUCUACAAAGGAUUAUGAACAAGACCAAUUCUGGUGGAAUAUCUUAAAAGAGGCACUCAAGAAACUAACUAAAUAUCUAGAAUAAUUGUAUGCUCUCUGCUCUGUCCGUGACCUUCUCCUGUCUGCUGCUCGCACACGUACGACCAACUCACGCUUGCAGGACUUCUCGCGAGCGGCUCCCUACCGAUGGAAUAGCCUGCCUACCCCCAUCAGACUCCCCCCUAGUCUUCAAUUGUUUAAGAAAUGCCUUAAAACCCAUCUCUUUGGGAAAACUUAUAGCCUCCCAGACUAACCUCUGCUUCACAUACCUGUCUCCUGAUUGCUAUUUCCUAUCCUAAUGUGUUUUAUACCCCACCUCCUAUAGACUGUAAGCUCGUUUGAGCAGGGUCCUCUUCAACCUAUCGUUCUUGUAAGUUUUCUUGUAAUUGUCCUAUUUAUUGUUACAUCCCCUCUCUUAAAAUAUUGUAAAGCGCUAUGGAAUCUGUUGGCGCUAUAUAAAUGGCAAUAAUAAUAAUAAUAUGUGUUGUUAAAAAAUUCUCAAACAUAAUAGGAAAUACUUUACAAUUCAUCAAACACAACUGUGAAAUACACAAAAUAUAUUAAGGGAUUCCGCUGUAACCAAAGCAAAACAAAAAGAGCAUUGUGUAAUACAAUUUAUGAAUGCAGUAUUGCGCCAAAUUAGAUUGCACUGAUGUUAUAGCAUACAAAGGGUGCUUUCCCCGAAAUACGGAGGGCCAAUUUCCCUCCAGAUUUCUCCACUUUGCUUGUUGGAAAGUCUGUUCAGCUUGGUAGAAACAAGGGACUCCAGCAAGGUGUAGAUGUAAAAAGAAACUGCUUUAUUAAAAGACAAUAAAACUAAAUAUAGGUCCUACGCAUUUCCUCUCUCCUGGGAUGUCCUGUGACCUUGUAGCUACUGGUUCCUCAGGGAUCAGUAGUUAAAACACAAACCAUCAAAAAUGCCAUAACCCACCUGCCGAGGCCCUCUUUUAAAUUGCAGCUUCCUCAACUCCAUUGGUCCUCCAGGGAGUUGCUACCUCCUCCUGGGGGUGCGCACCUAAUCCCAUGUAAUUCUGAAUAGAUGGAUCCUCCUUGCUCUUCUUUCCACUCCCCUCUCAGCUGAAUUUGAUAAACAAUGCCUCCCGGGGUGUGUGUAUCAGUUCAUGACUUGAAAUUUAUUUGGCCUAUUUCAUAUGCCUUCCAUGUGCUGACAUAUGGGUUCCACAUGUUGACGUAUGCGUUCCAUGUGCAUUCCACCAUAGUGGUAGUCAGAUGUUGUGGAAUUAAAGGCACAAUAUCAUUCUGCAAUAUAAAGGAGAUACUGGAUACAAACUAAACUAAAAAUAUGCUACUCAUUAAGGUAAUACUAUAUUACAGAAGUGGCAAAUAACCCUAAUAUGUACUCUGUAUGUUACUUAACCAAUAUUUCUAGUAAUACCUUAUUAAUGGUAAGUUGGAUAUACUGUAUAUAAGUAUCUAUGAAAUAAACAUAUAUACAAAAUAACUACUAAAAAAUGAAGUAACGUAUGCCUAUUGUAUUCAUAUAAAAAGUGAAGAAUAAUAGAAAAAAAAUCCUAAUAUCUAUUGAAUGCUCUAUAUCUGAAGUGUUAUCUUAAUAAUACUCGCAUUGAUAUAUAUAUAUAUAUAUAUAUAUAUAUAUAUAUAAAUGUAUCUCAACCUUCAUUGCAUUUACCAUUUACUCUUUAUUACUUAUUUUUAUAGUUAGAAAAAAAAACACUGGUUUGAUAAGGGAUAUCAAAUAUGUGAAACAGGUAACACUAAACUAAUAGUUUAUUGAUCAAUUAGAAGAAAACACAAUAUUAACAAUAUGAAAAAGAAAUAUAAUGAUAAACAAUUUAAUUAUGAAUAAAAAAAAAAAGGGAUUACAUUUUUUUUAAUAAAAAGCGGGUGAGGAAUUCCAUCCAAAGUUACAUAAAAUACUAUUACCAAGUUUAAAACUAAUAGUUUCUAGAUAAUUAUAUAUAUAUUUAAAAAUGUUCUGUUUUUAUUCAUUCUUUUUAACCAUUUUUACAUUCUCUCAACAGAAUGAGCGCCAAUCAUGGAUACAGGUUUUGAGAACAGCGAUUAUGGAGACAUCAGACGUAAAACCAAAAUCCCAAAGCCUACCUUUACCAUCAACAUCUACGACUGAGAGCAAACCGGAGAAAAAAGAAAAACGAUUCAGUCUUUUUACCAAAAAAUAGCACCGUAAACAUACCGAGACUGUACAAUAUUUGCCUAAAUAAAGACAUUAAGCAUAGCAGUUCUUGGAAAAUAGUGGUUAUUCACAGAACUGUAAAAACCAUAACCAAAGUCCAACUGGAACACAUUAGUAAACAGCCCCAUUAUUUAGAGGAUCCGUUUUUAAAGUCACUGAAAAUGUUAAACCAAGAAUGGUCAACCUUGGAUACUUUAAAUAUUAUUUGAUCACAAAUCCCAUAAUGCUCCAUUAUAAACAUGUAACACAAUAAAGGCUGUCAUUUGGGCUAGCAGCCCUAUCGUGACCUAAGGGUAUGGCAGGGGUAUGAUUAUAUUGCAGCAGCUGAGAUUAAAUAUCUCUAUCUUGUAUUUUUGUAUUCACUUUGAUGUUUGUCAUAUAUAUAUAUUUUUCUUUUGUAAUGUGUUGUUUCUCUUUUUUUUUUUAUUCUAAAAUCUUUUAUAUUUCAAACCCGUGGGCCUUAUUCUUCAACCUAAUGCCUUGCAUUGGUUACUUCUCCAAUUUCCUCCCUCUACGUUUCCAUUAAUUUUCCUCUUCUUUGUUCGUUGCCGCCUUCUGUCUAGUUUUAUGAUUUUGUUGCUGAGUCUUGCUCUUUCAAACCACAUGGACAGUGUUAAAUGAUAGGAUAUGAGUCUCCUGUACAUAAUGUUUUCAAGACUGUGUGUAAAUUCAAUACAUUAAAUGUCAUACUUAUUCAGUUUUUUCCCACCCUGAGUGUGGCCCUUGGAUUCUUGUGCAUCUGCUUAGCUGCCAACUCUACAAGACGACUCAUCCCCAGUCAUCCUUUGUUGUAUAUUUUGAGCCCCUCCACUCGUGGCAGACCCCUUUACUACAUUAUUUCCACCUAUCCACCCCAAACACUUUCGUAUCCCAGUGUUCAAGUCAUUAUGAAUUUGCAUACUGUAUUGUCAGUGGCUGAAAUGUAGCUGCCCAAGAAGUUCAAUUGCCCAUUUCCACACUCUAUUACUAUUGGCUGAAAAGAGGUUUUCAUUUAGUUACAUACUGUAUUCCCAUUGGCUGUCGUGCUCUGUUCUCAGUUGCCAUGAAAACUUAUUUAUCUAACAUUUGUUUUUAAAAUUCUUUACUGAAGACAGAAAUAUAUAGUUAGGCAAUUAGACAGUAGGUUAAUCUAUUGUGUCAAAUAGUAAUUCUAUCUAAUGCUGUACUUUGGAAAAAAUACCUCCUACCAUGUAAUAUAUUUCGUGGAUCCCUAGUUUAUAAUAGCACACAAAUAAAGCUUCAUUUAAGUGCUCCUAGUCCAAGCCAAUAGAAUAGUCACAUUUUAAGCAAGAUAUUGACGAUGUACUAAGGUAAAAGCAGGGCCAGCCACAGUGGGUGCUAAGCAGAUAAUGUCUCCAUAUGCCAAUACUGCAUUGUUAAUCAUAUUACGUCCUUUGUACCAGACCUAAAAGCAUAUUAUUGUAGAUUAGUGAUAGUUAUUGAUUCUUUCCAAUAUUAAUAAUACUAUGUAGCAGAGCAUUAAUUUUUGUUCCUUGGGGCAGUCCCACAAUGGGGCUCCAGGUUUUUCUCCUUGUUCUGCGGACACCAGGGAAAUGUCCCCAGAAGGUGAAGUGCAACAUCAUUAAUAGACACGCUUUUGCUGCACAGUGUAAUCUGUAAUCUCAGGCACUGAACCUAUGCCAGAGUGCUUUAGAUGUAUGUGUAGCUUUGAGCGAAAUUAGCUAAAGCGACUAUAAGUCAACUUGGCAUGUACAUGUGCCAUGCUGUAAAAUGACCUGCUCAUUUCCUGGGUGGGACCUAUCUUCACUGCUCCCUGGUGGCCUACCAAACACACGUGCCAUGUUCUUGCCUUCCUCAUGUUGAUGUUGUGUGGUAGUAUUGCUGUAUUGUGUGGUAGAUUUUAAUUAUUUUUUUUAUUCUUUUUAUGUAGCUUUUCUUGACUUUCAUUUCCACUCUACAAAGAUCCGAUAUACAUAAAACACAACCAGGGUUAUUCAAAAAUGUGUGAAUUGGCAUAAUUUCCAAGUGAAUUUAAAAUUUUAGACCAAAAUAGCCAAAUUGGUAGCAUAGCUGACUUGAAGAAUUUCCCCAAAUAUUGUGGACUAAAAGUUUAAAUUCACCUUGAAUUCCAAACAAAUCAUACUUAAGUGGCUAACCCUGUAAAAUGUCAUUACUGUUUUUUUUUUUUUGUUUUUUUUUUAAAAAAAAAGCUCUAAUAAAUAGGAAUAUUUUAUUUCAGCAAUUUGCAUGGGGUAGGUGCGUAUCUGUGAAUAGCUCGAUUCUACAGGCUUUUAUUUUGUACCAACGGCUACAUAUUGUUUUACUCAGAACUAUAAAAUGUCUUUGAUGUUCACGUAUAGAUAGGGGAUCCAAAUUAAGGACUGCAGCUUUAGAAAUUAUUUUCAAUUUACUAUGCAUUUUUUUGUUUUUUGUAUUAUUUACUACUGAUCUCAAGGAGGUGCUAUUACAAAUAUUUACGAUGGUGUAAAUGUUUGCAUAAAAUUAAGAAAAUAGAAAGCGUUGAUGAAUUUAAAGUAUUUUUGGAAAAAUGUUUACCCAAAUCAGUGAUCACACAAUUAAAGCUUUGAAAAAAAACAA